AUCUUCAGUUGUAAAAGAGUUCCCGCUACAGGUAAUAACUGCGCGGCGCAGGAGGACUUUGUCUCUUGCCUGGAAAGAGGGAAAGGGCGAAGCGCUCUAGAGCGCACAGGCAGAGCGCCUGGGACGCGCGUUCUGCUUGGCUUCCAGAAGGAAGAAAACUUUCGGAAGCUUUUCUCAAAAAGAGAUCCCUUUUCCGUUUGUUCCUUUCCCCACCCCCGGCCCGUCUUGCGCAUCAGCAGCCGCCACGAAAGAGGAGCCACUCGCUACGCCCGGAGGCUUCGGCAAGAGUGCGCCGCCGGUUGCUCAGCUCCCGCCGCCGUCCUUUGCGCCCUGUCCUGCCCAUCAGCAGGUUGUUGGCGAGGGCUGGGCCGCCUCGAGGACGAGAAGGAGACUGCCGUCGCCGCCGCCGCCGCUUUUGCAAGCAGGAGCGCCGCAGGAGGGCGACUGAUCGCGACCCGCGUGUGCGCGUCCCUCCCCGCCGCAGCCCAGGGGGAGGGGAGAGAGGAGAUGAGCCUCGUAUUGUUUCCCUCGUAAGCCAGUCCGCCCGGGCUAUGGGCUCCUCGCCUUUGUUCCCCGCGUGAGCGCAACCAGCUCGAGCCAAAGGCAAACGGAGGAGCCCGCCUCCUCCUCCUCCUCCUCCUCUUCGGGGAGCAACAUGGACGUGACCAUUUCCGAACUCAUGGAGCUCUUUCUGCAGAGCCCCUUGGUGACCUGGGUGAGUUUUUGCAAAGACGCCGCCGCGUUGCUGCUGCUGCUGUUGUUGUUAGCAGUUGUUGCCGGGGCGGGGGGCGGGCUGAGCGCCUCUCUGGCGGAGGAAAUCGCCUUUCCUCGUGGGGCACCUAGGAGAGGCCACCCAGGAAAGGGGGUCGAUUUGGGUGGGGAGGGAGAGAGGAGCGACUUGGCGGGGCCACUUGGGAAAACACGAACACGGAAAGUGUGCUUGUUGCCUUGCUUUUGUUGGCGCUGCUUUCCUCUCGGUUUCCGGAAGGAAAGAAGUUGAUGGAGUUUGAAGUGGGUGCCUUGUGCUCCCAUGUAAUCCCUGCAGGAUUACUUUAAAAGAGAGAGAGAGGAGAAAGAGUGUUAGAUUUCCUUAUUACCUAACUUGUCGCAAAAGUGGGUUUUCCAAAUUAAAAGUUCUUUUAUUUUCUUUCAAGCCAUGGAACUGUGUUUGGAAAUGGUCCAUUCAUUGUGUUCUUUAAAAAAAGAGAGCUAUCUGUGAUCAGGCUCAUUCAUGUUCUGGGAUAAAAGAUUCCUUUCUCUUUUAUGGGAUGUGGCACCUUGCUUUCCGGCAAGGUGUCGGAAACCCUAAAAGGAAAUAGGGAGUGGACCCCUUAAUCUUUUAAACUAGAAGCACUUGGGCAUUGUGACUGUUGAGGCUGCUUUGGCCUUGAUGCUGCCCAGAUAAAGCUUCUCUACAAGAAGAGUAGCGGCAUUCAAACCCCACCAAGAUCACCAGGAGAUUCCCUUUUGAAAGCCAUAAUUGGCCAUAGCUUCCUCUCCCUCGCACACUUCUGUUGUGCCCACAUGCCGAAGUAGACAUGUGCAUGAUUGUCACCAAGGGCCGUGGUCUUCCUGUGGUUUGUGUGCUGCUUCCUGUGCAGAAAUCCUGCUUAGCACUGGAGGUUGAACCAUGAAGGCAGAUGGGGCACUGCCCUGCAGACCUCAUUCUACCCAUAAUUCUACCCAUAACCAGCCCCACCCACCGGCCUUCUUGCUUACUGCCAGUCUAAGGAGUGGCACUACUUGCCAGCUUCCUCCUCCUUGAUCUCAGCGCUGCCCUUGCAGAACUCUGCAAGGAAGAGGAUUGGGGGCAAAAUUAGGAAUGAGUUGGCCUUGCCUGUCAUUGGUUCUGGCUCCAGCUUCUGUUGGUCUCCCUAAGCUUCCACCCCACAAGUUCCAAUGGGCACCAGCGACCACUGCUACUGUCUUUGGGAAUUCAUGGCAUUGUCUCCUUUCCAACACAUAAUCCUUCCUUCCUUGGAGCGGGAGUUUACAAAGGAAGGGGACAUAGGAUUUCACUUAUACAGUACAUGCUAAUGACUCUUUCUGGUGUUCCUCCUCCCCUCUGGACCUUUCAUCCAGGGCAAGAGAAGUUUUUUGAGGUUGGCCUUUGGAGCCAGUGCAGUUUUAAGGCAGAAACAGUCAGCAAAACCUUGCUUGGAACAGAAGGAGAGCUAGUUGAAGGAGAAAUAAUUGAAAAGGAAAGGUAGCAUGUGCUCUUUCGCCCCACUUGAAGCCUAAUAUGGUCCAUGUGUUUAACUCUCCAGUUGAAAUCAACUGGACCAAAAAGCGCCUCACCUGAAACUGGAUUGUGGCUGUGAGGUGUGGAAGGAAAUGAAGGAUGAUCAAUGAUCAAAUGCACAUCCCUUUGCCCUAAGCAUGAGGAUUUCCCCAGUCUUGAUUGACCUAUGCUGAAUUUACACAUGCAGUGGUAGAACUGACUGCACUACUUCAGGCAGUAGGGUAGGGACCAGAAUUUUUCAAUACUCCCCUGCAUAUACUCCCUGCACAGGGCCAAGCCACGUGUUAGCCAAGGUGUCUCAGGUGGCAGGUUUGGAGAAGCAGUGGAUCAAUUCCUCACCUGGCUCACCUGCCUGCCUGCAGAGCUGCCCAUCUCCAUUUUGCUGAGUGGCUACUGACCUUGCUCCUGUGGCCUGGACAACAGCAGUGUAGUGGCAGUGCUCCGAAGGGUUCUCCUGGUCACCACUUCAUCUGAUCAUGGGUCCUUUCUUAAGGGUGAGCCACUGUGGAUGAGGCAGCUCUGACAGUAGUAGGCAGUAGCAUUUGGUGUUGCAAACAGGACGUUGGUGGAGAUAAUCUUCAGGGCUGGCUCAUUCUGAGUAAGGUCUCUUUGUUCCUCUGAAUGUUAGGUGAGCAAAAUGCCCCCAAGGAGGCUUAGGCUUCAACCUUUCUCCCCAAGUUGUUACCUACUUGCGUGGAGUUGUUACACAGAGGAGGGUUCAAAAAAGCUCUCUCCUACCUGCUGUCAGAUGGGGUGCAGUCCGUUCUACCACAUCAGCAGUCUACCAUCUGAUUUCUAGACCGGCCACAACACCUCAUGCCAUCUGGUGUGCCAUAAUAAAUUAAUAGCAGCAAGCAACGCAUACCAGGCCUGUAGAAGAGGGCAAACUUUUCAGGUCAUGUUGUUCUCUUUUUUUAACGUGUAUGUGUCAAGAAGAUUAAUUGCGGAAUGGAAAUUGGUUUAAGUAAGAUCUUGGAAGGAAUCGAGACAAUGCCAACUGCUAUUGAGAUGGAUUUGUAGCAGAAAUAAUGGUGGGUGUUUCCUUAAAGUUAGUGGAUACUUUUCUCAGGCAUCUUUGCUAACAUGACUGAAGGUGACGGGGGCAAAGUUGCAAAGUGUUGCCCCCCCCUUUUUUGAGAUCAUUUCCUAAUAAAGCUUUUUUUUCCUGGCAGGUGAAAACGUUUGGACCAUUAGGGAACGAUAAUGAAGACAAGCUCGCCAUGUAUAUGGACCUUGCGGAUGGAGUCUUCCUGAACAAAAUAAUGCUGCAAGUGUGAGUUACAACUAAAGGGAUGAGUGGGGAAACUAUGCUUUCAGAACUGGUGGAAUGAAAACAUUUGUAAUGAAAGUCAAUGCUAUCGAUUCAGCACCCUAGUUUCGUGGGUGGCUGUUGCUGCCUCUUUCCUCCUGGGAAAAUUAAUCAUGUUUCACCUUUGGCUUUUGAUUGACUUGCUCUUCUGUGCUGUCGCUGAGGGCUUUUCAAAGCCUGAGGUUCCAUCACUCAAUAGCAAAGUGCACACACUCUUGGGGGGAAGCACAUGGUUCCAAGUUCAAAUCCUGGCAUCUCCAGUUAGAGCAGGGGUGAAGGGCCUGUGGUUGCCCAGUUGGCUUUGAACUGAAGUUCCCACCAUUGCUGACUGUUGGUCAUACUGGCUGGGGCUGAUGGGAGUUGGUGUGCAGCAGUAUCUGGCAGGCUGCAUGUUCCCCACUGUUGAGUUAAAGGUAUGGGAAAGCUACCUGAGACCUUAGAGAACAACUGCCAGUUGAUGCACUAGAUGCUAGAUGCAAAAGUACAAGACAGCUUCAUAAUGCCCAAGAGAUGCUUAGAUGCCGGGAAUGGGGAGAGGUUGGCUUUUAAAAAAGGGAAAAAAGGUCACGCCUUUUUAUUCAAUUUAUUCAAUAAUUCAGUUUAGACAGAGAGAACCUUUUCUUUUUAAAACAUGAAGUUUGAAUGUUCUGAAUGUGCUGUCCUGCCAGAAGCAGGGUGUGAUAUAUCAGACAAUUUUAGUAGCCUAUUGUUCAUAAAGCUUUUGCAAUCAUAAAAUCCUUUAGACGUUAACCUAAAAUGGUAACGGAGAGAGGGAGGAAACAGUGGUGCCUGGGGAAAUAUUAAUUUGUGCAUAAGUGUCUUUUCUUUCUUUCUGUCUCUGAGCUCAGUUAAGCCUAAUUUUGACCACAUCCCUUCCUGUUACGGAUUCUGUAACAUGAUGAAACAACCUGUUUCAUGUGAGCUUUGUGCUUGGCUUGAAACACAGCCACGUUUCAGAAGAGUUUAAUCUCAGCAGAAUAUGUGGACUUGUGAUCUUCUUGCCUUGCAGAAAGGUGUAAUGUUGUCUUCACUCUCUUAAUUCAGUUAUCACCAAGCGUCACGUCAGUGUAAACGUUCACAGGUUCGCAGCUCUCCAGAAAUACUAAGUUAGUCAGAUGUGAAACAUGUUUUUAGAGCGGUGACUGUCAGAGCACCUCAGCAGAGCUGGUUUUGCUUUUCCUUGUAGUGGAGUUUUCCGGGGCCAGUGUUGGCAGUGUGCCCAGUUGUGCCUCAGGAUCAAUGAAAUUAAAACCUUACUCCCGAAGGGUUGCAUCUGUUCAACAAGAAACCAGAACUGUGGCUUUUGUGUACAUCCAGCCUAACCUUGCUGCAAAGGUGGUCACAGCUACUGCCUAUGACUUUUGCCUUUCAUGUCAAGACAUUUAGAUUCUGCACAGCAGUUACUGCUUUGCUAGUAAAUCAGAGGAAGCCUUUUCUCCUCUGCUUCCCACCAACUCCUAAAUUGUUUUUUAUUGCGUCAGAGAAAGGAAUGAAUCUGAGUUUCUAGUGCAGACUCAUCAGUUUUUCAGGCCUGGUGUAAAACUGUCUUUUAAAGUGUUUGGCUCAAUACCUUUUAGUGCUUACUGAUUUCAGAUUUGACAGCAUAUUUUUUGACUGGCUGAGAUAAUGUAGGUUAUUUUGGCAUGUGAGCACUCCCUUUGCUUCCUGCUUUGAGCAUCAGUGCAGUAAGGUGCCAAUCCCCUUCUGUUAAAUAGUCUGAAUGCUUCUGGGUUUUUCUUGCCAAUUUUAUGUGAAAUUACAUCUGCAAUUGGACACUGCAUUUCACUGGUGAAAUGUUUUACCUAGGUGCCAUCUUGGAAGGUGGGCUUUGACUCUGUAUUUCUCUGAUUGCAGCUCACUUCAGGUUGCAGCCAGACUGUGUUUGCAGAAACUGGAAACAGAGAAGGCAGUAUUAUUAUUUCUGCUAUUGCUGAUUUACUUAAGAGCUGGAGUGAAUGGGUCUUGGUUGGAAAUGGAUGCAAAUACUGCCUCGUGCAUUUUUAUUUUUAUUUUUAUCACUGCUUCCCUAUUUGUAAAAAGGCAGUGACAUGAAUAUUAUCUUGUUCAUUCAUUCAAGGCUGAGUGGUGGAAAUUGAUUCUCAUUUUACCAUUGUGGGUGGAAUAGAACUAAAAAUGACCUUUUUUUGCACCAUUUGCUGAGUUCUGCAUUUGCACAUAUACUUUUAACUGAUCCAACGCCAAUCUAAAAAAAUGAUUUAAAAAAAUAUUACUAUCAAAGAUCCAAGUUUGGAGUGUGUGUGUGUGUCAUUUUCUUCUUUUAAGUGCAAUAAUCUUAUCCUCACUUUCCUGAAAGGAAGCCUUGUUGAAUUCAGUGGGGCUCAUUUCUGAGUACACAUGUAUAAGAUUGUGCUGCAUUUUGUUUCAUGUAGGAUGCAGUAUAAGGAUGCGGGUGGCGCUGUGGGUUAAACCACAGAGCCUAGGGCUUGCCGAUCAGAAGGUCGGCAGUUCGAAUCCCUGUGACAGGGUGAGCUCCCGUUGCUUGGUCCCUGCUCCUGCCCACCUAGCAGUUCGAAAGCACAAAGUGCAAGUAGAUAAAUAGGUACCGCUCCAGUGGAAAGGUAAACAGCAUUUCCGUGCGCUUCUCUGGUUCACCAGAAGCGGCUUAGUCAUGCUGGCCACAUGACCUGGAAGAUGUACGCAGGCUCCCUCGGCCAGUAAAGUGAGAUGAGUGCUGCAACCCAAGAGUCGUCUGGGACUGGGGUCUCUUUACCUUUUGGAUGCAAUAUGGUACUAUUAUACAUUUAAAAGAAGCUCAGUAGGUAGGUAAGUCUGCUAAAUUUCGUUCUUGGAGAGUGUGUGUGUAUAUCAGAACUGCAACUUGGUGGUUAGACAGCUGGGCAACCUCCCUGAAGAUGCUGUGUGUCUGACUGAUGGACUUCUUUCCAUGUAGAACACACAGCUUUAAAAGAUUAACUAAUCCAUUGGGAUAGAGAAUGCAAGGAUGGCUAGUCAAAUGAGUUUCUUGUGUAUGCUCCAGGGACUGAUUAAACUUCAGUAGCUCUCAUGACCUUAAAAGGCUUCGGAUAGACUUUUUCUCUCUCUCUCUCUCUCUCUCUCUCUCUCUCUCUCUCUCUCUCCAUACUGCCAUAGCCAAUUUAAAUUACUGCUAUGAAGUGUGCACACACACUCUACCCACGCCUUGCAAGUUGAGACAUAAUUGAAUAUCUUUAUCUCGUACAGCAUUUUUAGGGAACUAUCUUUAGAUCUUAUAGAGCGAAUGCAUGGGUGGGCAGAAGGGAGAUGUAGAUUUCUGGGUGAUUUUCGGUAGAUUGCAGGGCCGUCCCUGGAGGGGGGCAGCUGCCCCCCCCCAGUCAAGUCAAUAAAUAAAAAUACUUAACUAACUGACUAAUUGCAUCACAGAUAACUCGGUUCUGUGCCCCACCCCCUCACAUAAUGCCUGCUCCUCUAAUAAAUCCUGGCUAUGCUCAUGUGCAGAGCUCAGGACAAAUCAUAUUGUAUGGGACUCUCCUUUGCUUUCCUCUCCCCUCUGCCUCUGCUGUGCUCCACCUCUUUAUGUUGGUGAUAGUGGCAGACUCUGGGUGAAAUAGUGGCAGCUACACUCUCUAAGACCACUUAUAAAAUCUGAAGGUAGAGUCGAGUCCCAGGAGCUCCUAUGACUGGGUAAGGGUGGCUGGAAGGAGACAGGUGUUCAGAUAUGGGGAAGUUAUUCUUCCUCCUGAAACACCAGGAUUCAUAUGAAAGCAAUUGAAUCACCAGCAAAUUCAUUUAGUUUAAUUAAAAGUUUAUUGGCACAAACACAUACAGAUUGAACACAAUAAAAAUAAGGGUAAAGGGACCCCUGACCGUUAGGUCCAGUCGCGGACGACUCUGGGGUUGUGGCGCUCAUCUCGCUUUAUCGGCUGAGGGAGCUGGCGUACAGCUUCCGGGUCACAUGGCCAGCAUGACUAAGCCGCUUCUGGCGAACCAGAGCAGCGCAUGGAAACGCCGUUUACCUUCCCGCCGGAGCAGUACCUAUUUAUCUACUUGCACUUUGAUGUGCUUUCGAACUGCUAGGUUGGCAGGAGCUGGGACCGAGCAACGGGAGCUCACCCCGUCGCGGGGAUUUGAACCGCCAACCUUCUGAUCGGCAAGCCCUAGGCUCUGUGGUUUAGACCACAGCGCCACCCACGUCCUUCCACAGUGCCACCUGUGUGAGAGAAGAAAAACAAAACACAGAUACAGAGGAGGCUUUAAAAAAAAACAACCCAAGAAACUACUGAAAAUAAAGUGCAGCAUUCAGUUGUUGCCUAGGAGAAGAAAAGGUGGGUCAAUUGAGUUCUCAAUAAAACCUCUCCACAUACUUGUCUGUAGAGCAGGGGGUUUAGUGGGCUGUCCAACUGAGUUAGCAUAGGAGAGAAAUUUGUCAGCAAAUCUGGAACAACGAAAAGCAAGUUACUCUUCACACAAUGGAUUGUCACAAGGUGUGCUGCUGGGCCAGCCGCUUGGAUGGCUUUGAAAGCAUUCAGAUAAAGUAAUAGGAGGUUGGUAUAGCCAGUGACUGCUGUUUAUAAGCACAGAAAGUACUUCCUCUGGACAAAGAGACAAGGGUGGCCUCCUGGCAUCCUAGCCUUGGGAUUGCUAGAGGGUGUACUGUUGUCACCACUUAUCCCUGUUCUAUGGGGCCUGCAUGGCUAUUACUGUCCUAAUCAGAAACAUGUUUUGCUCAUGCUGGAUAACAGAUAUUAAGCUAAAUUCCCAAAUGGCUUUGUCAACUUUUGAGAAAACAUUUGCAUGGUCCCUCCACCCAGUGAAUGGAAUUUGACAUUUGUAUGUGCUGGGGGAAGGGGAGUGCAAUAACCACUGUGAAUACCUGAUACAGUCUCCUCUGCUUUUAAAUGGAGGGCUAGAUAACUUGGGUCUCUAGCUGCUUUUGGAUUGCAGUUCCCAUCAUCCCUGACUACAGUUCUUGCAAGCUAGGGAUGGUGGGAGUUGUCGUUCAAAAACAGCUGGAGACCCAAGUUUGGGAAACACCGGGUUAGAACAAUGUUGUCAGACUCUGCAACGCCCAACACACCUGACUGUUGACUAUGCUGGCAAGGGAUGAUGGGAGCUGGAGUCCAACAGCCUCUGGAGGGCCACAGUUGAUUUAAAGUACAGUGGUACCUCAGGUUAAGAUCUUAAUUCAUUCCGGAGGUCCGUUCUUAACCUGAAACUGUUCUUAACCUGAGAUACCACUUUAGCUAAUGGGGCCUCCUGCUGUCGCCGUGCGAUUUCUGUUCUCAUCCUGAAGCAAAGUUCUUAACCUGAGGUACUGUUUCUGGGUUAGCGGAAUCUGUAACCUGAAGCGUCUGUAACCUGAGGUACCACUGUAUUCUGGACAUCUUGCUGGGAGCAAACACGGUGUGGCUGUCUCUCCACCAUUGUCUGCUUUGUGCGCUUUCCAGAGGUACUUGUCUGGAUGGCGUUCGGAGAGAGUGUCGUAGACCUUUGGUCUGGCAAAGCAGUUCAUCCGUUUUCGUGUUAUGGUCUUGCCGUGCAUAGUCAUCCAACUGAGACCAAGGUGAAGGACAGCCGGCAAAUUGAUGCCUGUAAGACAAUCUACUUCUAUCCCUCCUGUGUUUCAUAGGCAUGUCUGUUUUGCCAGUAUCUGCACUUAAUAUUUUAUUAACCGCUUCCCAGGUGGUAAGCUGGAGAACCAUACCUUAGCCAUUGUUCCAGGGGCAGGGGCUUGUUAUACAAGGAGAGUUCAACAAGUUAUAUUGCUUGUCUUUCAUUGUCCCCUGUAUCAUAGCCUCCUUACUGAUCUCACUGGGCGGCCAGUAAUAUAUUUGUGAACCCAAAACUAAUGAUUAGAUGGUCAGUUCUCAGUGAACACUACUGAAAAUUACCAGAAGACUCUUAAAACAUGGACAGCCAUUCUUGCAUUCCCUCCUCACCACUCCCUGUGUACGUUUCGUAUGGCAGAGUGGCCAUGGAAACACUUUCAAGGAGUUUCACAUAACAACAGUUGUGUGCUGAGUUCUUUUAUUCCUAGCUAGAGAAAGCAAUAACCAUAUACGCCCCACAUAAUAAGGACAGCUGUAGAGAAAUGACUAAACUGCAUAGGCUCUAAAUAGUGCUGAAACCAGGAUGUGGUGAGAUCAGCAGCUGCCCAUCACCAGAAGAUAGGUGCAUGCUUUCAGCUGCUCAUCAUGAGUGCAAUGUUGCAAGCCAGAUCUUGAACACAGGAGCAGGUCAGGAAACUAUUGUCCAAGUUAGGGCAGCAGCUGGGACACUCUCACAAACUGAGUGCAUAAUACUGGCCAAAUUAUUUUGGGAACAGAGACAGAUUUCCCAGAGUGGGAUUUUCUAUUGGGGGGGGGGAGGCAUUAAUAAAUUGAAAUUCAUCUCCUGCCCUUUAUUUAUAAAUAUUUAUAUCUUCUUCUUUGGCGAUCACUUGUAGCUGAGUAAGGUUGUCUUCCAUAAACAUGGCAUGAUGCUGGUUUAUAGCAGUCUUUUUUAUUGAUUGCCAAAAUCAGAUUGCCCCACUUUGCCCAAUGGCUCAAAGGAUUCACUCUUGUGCUUUGCACAGUAUGGCUUAGCUGUUGUUAAGUCCCCAUAAAUGUGCAAUAAAAUGCUUAAUAAACUCACCUGCUCCCAGAAUAAUAAAUAAUAAUAAAUAACUAUAAUAAAUAAUAAUAAAUAACUAAAUAAAAAUGGGUGCAAUAAUAAGCUAAUAAGAACUUGAAAAUAUUGAAACAGGCAUCUGUGUUAAAUGCUCUGGAAUUUCUGAUGCAAUAGAAUAGAAUUGUGCUCAUGAGAUGCUCCUGCCAGCAGAAGUGGGGAACUGGCUUUCACUGAUAUCACCUUCCCCCUUAGUCCCUUGAAAAUCUGUUCCAGAGCAUUGGAGGACUGUUCAGCACAGCGUGAAAGGUGGUUCAAGGUACUGUAGGGGAAAGGGAGGAUCAAUAAAUAAAUGCUACUAAAGGCUGUUCCAGUGGGGGAACUUCCGCUGGAUCCCAGUUCCUUCUGAAAAUGGAAGGAGCCAUUUUGUUCACAAAUGGUUGGUUGGAAUCCCAGACAUACAUCUUUUGAACUGUUUGUUCCCUGGAGGUUCAUUGGAAGCUUCUCAGCAGGGUUCCUCACCAUAAAGAUAAGAAAGAGUGGACAACUCUGCCCACCACACCUGCUAUUUCCCCCCUGGCCUGUGCAGCCGCCGCGAGUGUUUUGUUUUAGAACCCACUGUCAGCUCAUCUACGAGGCAUUGAUGGGAGCGAAUUGGUUUUUCUACUGCCUACCACUACUGAGCGUGUCUCCUAUUUAUAUUAUUUAUAUAAUAUAAUAUCCUGCAUCUCAAACACAACUGUUUUUGAGGCGAGUAAAAUGCUCCCUGGAAUUCUCCCUUAAUGUAUCAGAGUUUCUUAGCAGGUGAGUCAAUGAGGAAAAGGUUCCCCGAAAUAGAGAAUAGCAUUUUCCGGCUUUUGAAAGCUUACCCAAGCCUCUGUUAGAAGCUCUUUGAACAAAAACAAUUUCCGCACCUAUUUGGCAUUUCAGUUAAUCUUGGCAUUUUUAGCAUAAAGGUUAGACAUGAGCUUGUUUUUCCAUCAUGUUCUUUCCAGUACACUACACUACACUGUGAUUACAAUUGCAAGCAAUAGAAAACUGGCCUUCGGAAGUCGUUUAUCUUUCAUGGCUGUAGUACAAGCAGUGGCAGGUGCCAAAUAUCCUAAAUCAGUGUGUUUUCUUUUACUUUCUGUUGACUCAGGACAGUGAGCUAACAGGUACUGGCUCUGUUGAAUAGCCAGAAGAGCCUGUUGAUAGGCAUAUAAAACAAUGUGGAAAUGUGAACAAAUCUGUGAAACCUCUGCUUGUUCAGUUCCCCACCCCCAACUUUGAUUUAUUUAUUAUAGGCAUUUGCAACCUGCUCUUUAUCCAAAGCUCCCCGGACAGAGAAGCUCCCAUGCCCCAAAUUUAUUAUAUAAACAAAGACAACUACAACCCACAGUCCCUUUCAACUCCCAGAAUUCCAAAAGUGCACCUGGACCUGACAGGCUUCUAACCCAGACAGGCUUCUGGAUUAGGUCAUGUUUGAUGCUGAGAGCUCAGUUGGCAGGCUGUCUGAGAGUUAAAUGAUUGAGUUCAUAUAUUCUAAAAUUAAAGGAAAGGUGAACAAAAGAAGUUUGGGCCCACAGGGCACAUGGCUGUGAUGUGAAUUUGCCAGAGUGUGGUGUUCACACGCUAGGCCUCCUGGUGCAAUUUGCUUUCCUUUUGUUUUUAAAACUUACUCAUCUCCCAUAUAUCAGUUUCCAAACUUUUUUCCCUACAGACCACCUAAUGGGUUUUCCACCUGUUGGAGCAAUUGUAAUGUCUUUGCACUUCAACCCUGGCUUUAGAUGUGAUUGGGGAAAACCCACAUUUGAAGAGAAUGGUCUGCUGCUGUCAUGUAGUUUGGGCAUUACCUGUGUCUGGCUUCAUCAUGGGCAGGGAAGAGAUAUUAUUUAUUUAUUAAUACAUUUAUUUAUUUGGUUUUUCAGCUUAAAAUGUUAUAAUCACAUAUACAACAUACAACAUAAAAACAAGAUUCCAAAGAAUCUCCUGGACUUCCCUCCUCCCCUUUCGUGGGUCCUAUUGUUAGUCAUUUCCUCCUGUAUCUUUUAUAAUAAUCCAAGUCUUUUACACCUCCGUUAUGUCCAAAAUUCACCAUUAAACUACAAGUAUUCCAAUCCUACUAACGAUUUUAGCUGUUCACAAUGGUUUUUAAGAUAAUUUAUAAAUUCCCCCCAUUCCUUAUUAAAAUUUUGGUCUUCCUGGUUUCUGAUACUUCCAGUCAUUUUUGCCAUUUCAGCAUAAUCCAUCAACUUAAUGGGCAGGGGAAGAGAUUUAGCCCCCACCUCAAAGUAGCCCUUUACUUCCCUGCCAGUGAAUAGCUGGCAGGGGAGUAAAACCUCCACUGUGGGUGGAAGCAAAUCUUGCCCAUUGCCCCUGGAAAUGGGGAAGCCAACCCGCUCCUGACACAGUAGAUUUGGAGUAAACGCUGUUCCUUCUCCUUUCCCCCUUUCGAACAUUUCCAGUGUAGGAGGGGUGUGUUGGUUUUUCCUAAGCUUUCCCAGCUUGGUGGGCUAUUGGUAGUGAGGAAAACAUUUAUCCUUUCUGAAGCGAUGCAGGUCCGUGCUUGGUUUGGGGGAAGAUGAGCGCCUCGGGUUUGGAAAGGAGACCUUGUGCCCCUUGUGCCAUCCAUGGCAACUGCUUUCCCCUCCUCUUCCUCCCCUUCCCCAUUCAACCUUGAUGGUUCAUCUUGCUACAAGUUAAUACAGUCAUACCUCGGGUUGCGAAGGUGAUCCGUGUGGGAGGCAUGUUUGCAACCCGCAUGCGCAUGGUGUGAUUUGGCACUUCUGCACAUGCAUGUGAUGCCAUUUUGUGUUUCUGUGCAUGUGCAAGCACCAAAACCUGGAAGUAACCCGUUCCAGUACUUCCGGGUUCAACACGGCCCACAACCCAAAAACGCGCAACCCGAGGUACAACUGUAAAGCCCAAAGUACUAUAUAGACAAACCUGAGUGAAAGGGGAAGUGGUCUGAUGAAAUGCUGCGCUGCGGAGUCUUAAUUCUGCUGCUCCAAGGCCAAACUUUGCCUUUUGUGAUGGAGCCAGUUUAACAGCCGCCAGUCUUGACAACCUAGAACCAAAAGCCUUUGGGUUCUAACCUUUCCCAGACAUCUUUGAAAGCCUCAAGCUUUUGCUUUUUGCCAUUGCCUGUUUUAUUUUAAAUAUUAUUAGUCACCAGAUCUCUGGCUUGUGGAUGAAUUGGAUUGAGCUCCUUGUAAGGAGAGCUUUCCCUGUUUUGUUUGUGAGCUGCACCGCUGGGCCUCUUGUGCCCUGUUUUCAUGCUGGGGCAAGAGGCAGAUUUCACCAGUUGGUAGAUCAGUCCUGGUGGCUGCACCAGCAGUUUCCUCUCAGUCAUGGAAAUCGCCUCUGAGGAAGGCUGGGACUGUGUGAGGAUGGGGAAUUUGUUUAAAAACCAGUUCUGAAUUUAAAAUUUCAGCCUUGUGCACCUGAUUUGAUAAGACUUGGUGAGUAGCUUGGGGUAAAAAACUAACCAAAUGUAAAAUGAUCACAUUGUUACAACAGCUCUUACACAACUGAGGUUUAAAUACCGUGAAACAAUCUGUUUUCCUUUAAGGUAAAAAAGACUACCUUAACUGAGAAAUACUCAGGGUUAGGCUGCCAAUGUGCUUGCCUUUGUGAAAGACUUCAUUUGUCUGUUUCUUUAUUAUAUAACCGCUACUGCUGUUUAAUUUUUGCACAUAAAACAUAUAGCAAGCUAGGUGCUUUUCAAAUAAGACAGUUUCUGACUAGUCUAUGCAUACAGUAGAAAGAAUAUUGAGGGGGUUGACUUGUAUCUGGAAGCCGCCCAGAGUGACUGGGGUAUAAAUAAUAACCUCAUUAUCAUCAUCACCAUUAUCACUUCAGUCUGUAGAUGAGCGAGUCACCUUUUUAUUCUGCCUGUUAAGUGGGGAAACAAGUACAAUGGUGAUAUGUCAUAGCUGGCUCUUUCUUUCUUUCUUUCUUGGUUUAUUUUUUUUUAAAAAAAACUGCAGUUCUUUACUUGGUAGAACAUAGACAAACAGCCUUCCUAUUUUCAUUCUGAAGUGAUACUGUUUACAGUACAAUAGUACUGUGGUACCUCUGGUUACAUACGCUUCAGGUUACAUACGCUUCAGGUUACAGACUCCGCUAACCCAGAAAUAGUACCUCGGGUUAAGAACUUUGCUUCAGGACGAGAACAGAAAUCGUGCUCCGGCAGCAUGGCAGCAUCAGGAGGCCCCAUUAGCUAAAGUGGUGCUUAAGGUUAAGAACAGUUUCAUCUUAAAAACGGACCUCUGGAACGAAUUAAGUACUUAACCCGAGGUACCACUGUACAGCACUGUAUAGUCUACUCUAUUACCCCAUUACCUUGGGAAGCAUGGUAUCAAAGUCAUUAUACAUGUUAAGUAGAAUGAGAUGUUCGUAUUUUGGACCACGAAAUUUAAUUCUGCAAGUAGUAGUUUUAAUUUUGGAAUAUUGUCUAUAGGACUCCCUAUAUGUAGUGAAACUAGCACAAUUCUCAUUUUCUCUCUCUCUCUCUCUCUCUCUCUCUCUCUCUCUCUCUGUGUGUGUGUGUGUGUGUAAAGGCUAGGUUAACACUUUUAGUUCUCCAGCCAUCUAUUUUGAAAUCUCAACCUUGCACCUUCAGCCUGAAAUAGACCACUUCUGAAUCCUAGCACCUCAUUCUAUCUAACUUGUAGAAUGACCUUGUGAUUACGAAGGUCAAAGAGGUUAUGGAAUUUACAAUGGGUUUGGAUAUUUCGGGAAGUAGCAAAGGAGCAAAUAAAGGGCAAUUGAGGGACAUAGCAAAGAUACUGUUUAAACAACAAAGUAAUUACCGAAUUCCUUUGGAUUUCCUAAAAUCCCAGCCUUCCUCUUUCAGAGAUCCGCGACCCACAAACCAGCGUGUCAACAAGCAUGUCAACAAUGAUGUCAACCUACGGAUUCAAAACCUCACCAUCUUGGUCAGAAACGUCAAGACCUAUUAUCAGGUAUAUCUUAUGUACUUUUUGUGCCUGGUAUGCUGAAGAGACACUUGCCACAGGAAAUAAAAGAGGAAGUGGUCUGUGAUGAAAUGUUUUCAGUUAAUGCUCUGAUCCUUGCAGCAAAUCAGGUGUGGGUGCAUUUAAAUGGGAAGAGUAUUUUAGCUCUACAUGACCACACAUUCCCUUUUCCACCUCCUGGACUGGUACUGGGUGGUUUGUGUAAAUUGUUGGACAGUAGACCUGGCUGCAAACUUGUUGAAAGAAGCUACCUUCAAACUAUGUUUUUAAAUGUGCAUUGUCAAUUUCCCAGAAACCCUUGACCUUAGUAGGCUUGCCAAAGAAUUCCAUAGUUCAACAUCCAUCACUGAUCAAUAAGUAGUAAUUUCCUCUGACAUUCUUCUUCAUUAAUUUACUCUUCUGUGACUUGCAUCCAGCUUGAAAUGCCUGCAAAAUGUAUACAUGGUCAAUACAAAAAAAUCCAUUAACAGGAACCAUGUGUGGCUGUAUGAAGGAUUUUGGUUUGUGUACUUGGACUAUUGGUCUGCUUGAGUAAUACAUUUAAAAAGAAUGUUACCCCAUAGCUCACAUUUUAAGAGGACUUCCAAUUUCUGUUUUGCAAUAAUACUUUGACACAAUGGAUAUCAGACACACCAACCUCGGCCCCCUGAAUAUUUGUUUUAAGGGAGCCAGGCCCCCUCAAAUUAAGGCAGCCCUGAGCGUGUCACAGAUUCAGUGGCCAGCUCCUCCAGAGCCCUCGGCCUCCUCUGUCGUGCACAGUUCGUCACAUGAGCACGACACGCGCUGGGCCCUCUCAGUCUUGGGGCAACCUGACACCUCUGAGGAAUAUCAUCCAAAAAUUUUAUGGAAACCAAAUAUCAAGUCUAAAAUAGAAUAUACAGUAGUAUUUUUCUCUAGAUGAAUGUGACCAUCAAAUAUUAAGUGUCUCAUGGUGAUUACUAUUCUGUACCACCAUAUCAUAGUCAGGCCAGUAUACAAUGAAAAGACAUGAAAUACAAUUAAAACCAAUGCAAAUAAAUUUCAAACUGUCUACCAAAAAAAGAAAAAAGCUAAAUUAAUAGGUUAAAGAUGUAGGUGGAAGAAUUCAGUAGUUAAUGCUGCACAGAAAAACGAUUGAAUAAAUUAUUUUUUAAAAGUCAGGAAAGGCAAUCAAACCUGCAAACAGUGGGAUUUCCAAAAACAAAAUUUGUGGUAUCUGUGAGAUGUUGGAAGGGUUAACUUCUGAGUCUCCUCAGCUAUAAUGCUUGAAUGUGCCAUCAAUGCAAUAAUUAGAGCAGCUUCCCUUGUGAAGUGCUCCCAUUGUGUAGUGUCUGGGAACUAGCUUUCAUUGUUCACCCUCAGUUUGCAUAUGUUGCAAAUGUUCCCAUAGAGCAGCAGAGGUUGAUCAGUCCAUGCUUCUCUUGGAGAGUCCCUGUUGUGUAUAAAUUAAUUCUGACUACUCAGUUGCGUACUGCUAGAAAGGUCAGGCAUGUUUCAUUGUUUCUAAUGAAUUAGGAAAACAUACAAGCAGAUGCGUGGGUUGCAUGCAUUCUGGAUCAUGCAUGCUUUGUAGUCCUCAAGAUAUGUAGAAAAACAGAGUUUACCUGCGGGGCUUUGUGUGUGUGCUGAUGUCCAAUUUCAUCAUGCAGUAGAUGAACUACUUCACUACAGAAGAACAUGUGGUUCCAUCAGGAUGGCUAUUUUUGCAAUCCAGAUUACAGUGAAAGUAAUGUACUUUACAUAUGCCAAUAUUUCUGUCCAGUGCAGAAGCUCUGACUUUCACUCCAAGGUCAUUAUAGAACCUGGCAUAUAGAAAUCAUGUCUGAGAAGUAUUAAAAGAAAUAAUAACACCAUAUAGAGGUGCCCUAAGAUUUUGCCAGUUAAUCACUGGCCAUCCUGCUAUUACAUUCCUGCUUUUCAGACAGAUGCUUCUCUAAAACACACAGAGUCAGAGGGCUUGGAAGUUGGUGGAGGAGAGAGAAAUAACUCGAAAUCAGGCAGCUAACCUGUUCCAGCAUCCUACCAGCAGUUCCAGGCUGCUGAAUGUAUUUUUAUGCCCUCAUAAAUCUAGUUGCUAUUAUUGUAAUGUGAAUAGUAAAAAUCUGCAUUUCAUAAUGUAGGAAGGCUGGUAGCAAGACAGAGUGUGUUUUUGUUUCUUUUUAUCCUGUGUCUCCAAAUGUCUAAUUACGUGGCUUCUUUGUCUUGCUGCUGCUUUUGUCUCUGGAAUAGGUUGUGUUCUCUUUCAGAGUGCAAAAAGGGCACUAUUAGAACAAGUGUGUUGUUUUUGUUUUUGUUUUUUAAAGUAGAGCAGCUUUUGAAAAACUCCCAUGUGGGUUUAGGAAGACCCAGAAAAGACUUUACAUUUCGUAACCAAUUUCCAGCAGGCCGAACCUAAUUUUGUGCCGUAUGUAAAACCAGUUGUGCCGUCUGAUAGUUAUCAGAGUAAUUUCUCAGAGUAACCCCCUCUCUGCCCUUUUCAUUUUUAAAUAAAAGCUUUGGGUGCGCUACAUUUUAAGCAGUAUCUCCUAAUAGCAGGAGGUAAGCUGGGUUAGCAAGGGAAAAUAAAUGUGAUUGAUUUAAAUUGCAGCCUGGAAACUGGGGGGGGGGGGGGGGAGGUUCCUGAGAAACAAUAGAAGUGAGAUUUGCUGCUUCCGCAAGGGAAGUGUGAACUUCAGAAUGCCACAUUUUUAAUUAUGGUUUUCCUUUGUCCUUUGCUGAACAGCUAUAUCUUUGUAGGAUUGUGUCUUGGGAUAAACAAAUGCGGCAUGUUUAACUUUGUUAUUCUUUGGCAGGUGAAACUGCAUAGUAGUCACUUUUUUUAAAUCCCCCGUUAUAUUAUAAUCCUUCAGCUUGGGCUUCUUAAGAGAGCAGGACCAGUAAACCUUUGAUCCAUCCCCAUCUGCCUGAAAAUCAGAUAUGAAUACAUUCCAUAAUGUAUGUGUUUUGACAUUUCCUGUGUUUUGCUUUUUUGGUUCUGAAAGAGAGCGCAGCCUUGAAGCCACACUGCCAAUUAAAGCAUGUUUGGCUCUGUCCCUGGCCUCUGAAGAAUUUAUGGCUGUAGCAAAAUUCUGAUCUGAAAAUCCAUGUGACGACAUUUUUGCCACACUUUGGGUGGUAGCGUUUAUUAUUUGUACAAGAGCUGCAACACUCACAACAGUACCUCUGUUUGUUUACUUGCAAGGUCUCUUGCCCAGCCUUCACUAUAAGGGCUUGGGGCAGGUUAGAAAGCAAAAAUAACGUAUGAUGAUAAAAGCAAAUAAAACAUUUGCAAUUAUGAAACAAACAAACCCAUUCCAGAUGGAAGAGAACAGCACAAAUUCAGCAAAAGAGGAUGGUCCCACAGGGAAAAAAACCCCAACCCAUGCCUUAACUGUCAAGUGAAACACAGACAAUUGUAGUAUUGCAAGCCAUGUUGAGUGUUAGGUAAGACAAGUGUUGCCUUCCAACAAAACGUUGUAGUGUGGAGUGUUCAUGUUUAGGGUGCCAGCCAGCUUGUCGUUCCCCUUUGCAGGGAACUCUGUUCCAUCCCUCUCCGCAACAGGCUCGCCCGGCAUCAGUCUGUCCCCAAAUCGGUGCCCUCCAGUGGUUAGAGAAGAUGGGAGUUGUAGUCCAGCAAGGGACGGAAACAAUAUAAGGAAAGGAGAAACAAGGUGAUUAUUUGUGUGACUUCCUGACACAAAUUUGUUGUACUCAGGGUGAAGGAUAGACUCAUGUGCCUAAAUGUGUUCCUUAUUGCUAAUCAGGUGUUCCAUCAACUUCGUUUGAUGAUCAGCUCCAUCAAAACCAAUAAACCAGGGAAACCACUCCGGCUGUUUACUGCAAAGCUGUGAGCACUAAAGCAUAAGGAGAUAUAGAUACAUCUGCACUGGUGGUGAAGCAGAAAAAUGCAUCCUUUUAAACCUGGGGAUCCUUCUCUGUGGGUUACAUUUGUUUUUAAAAAAGAAAUUCAAGAGAAGGAAGCGAUCAAGAAGAGAAGGCAGCAUUUAGGUGUGUUCACUUAAUGGGAACAGUUGUCCUUCCACUGUUUCUAUAAGUAUUGUCUUGUGUGCAAAGCUUAUUUCAAAUGUAAUCUUGGUGGGGAAUUGUUCUAACCAGGAAUUCGUGAGAAAAGAUUAGUUACGUUUUCGAUUUACAAUAAACAUUGCACUGCCUGGCAAAAGAAUUGUCAUUUGCUUUCUGAUCUGUUUUCAUUCUUUGGGACUGGUAUGUACAAGUUUUGAAGUUGGGCAGCUGUGGCAUCUAUGCUAUGGCACCACAUGUUUCCAUCGAUCCCAGCUGGUAUUUUUAAUAUGCCAGGAGGAUUAGCUACUUCUGGUGGCCAUGCAGGGUGUGUAGGGGCCCACAGGCUCUAGGAAGCACACCAAACCUGGAAAUAAUAAAUUACGCCGUGCAAUAAUUUUGUUGUCCAUUGUUUAUAUGAUUUAAGUUUUUCUUCUUCGUGACAAAUGUUUGAUGCUCGUUGUCAUGUCAGUUAAUAUCAGGUAUAAAGAUGCAACUGUAAUUCAUAUGCAUUAUGAAGAUACAUGCUUAAUAGUAUGUGUUUUAUGGGGCUGCGUCUGGGUGCUACCCAUGCUGGAGCUUGCAGAGCCUCCUUGGUGGUGGCUCCCCAUUUGCAGAAUGCCCUCUCUGGUGAGGUGCAUCCACCUUCCUCAUUAUUAACAUUCAGGAGGAAUUGAAAAACAUUCCCGUUCCCCCAGGCAUUUGAUGGCUGGAAGAUACUGUUUGGGGCAAACUUGAAAUUAUUAACUGUGAGGACAUGUGGUUAUUUUUACUUUUUUAUUUUCAGUUGUGUUGUUCUACUGCUUUGUAGCUACCCUGGGAAAUUUUGGGAAGAAGGGUGGCAUAGAAAUGUAACAAAUAUAUUCCCUCUUCUCAUAACAAUGGUUCACCUCUGAUCAGAGAGUAUGUACUUAAGAUACUGGAAUAUAUUCAAACUAAAUUGGGUGAGGAGGGCCACAGUGUAUUUUGCGCAAGGGCCGGAGUAUGGCUGCCACAGCUUUUUAUGCAGUUGUGUUUGAGGGCUAAAGUUGGUGUUGUGCAGCCUGAAAGCCUUACUUUCGCUAUACGUUAUUCUCCACGGGAUCUUGAAGGGGAAAUCUUUUUUCCCCCUUUUGGAACCCUCUGGCAUUGAAUUUAUAAGGGAUAAAACUAAAUGGGAAAUACAGAUAAUUUUAUGAUGGUCUCAAGCAGGAAUCAGACACACAGUGUAUGAAAUGAGUGGCUUAAGCAUUGUGGUUCCCUAGCAACUCUUAUCUCAUUUAAAAAUUGCUGUUAACACUUGUGUGUACGAAGAUUGCCGAAAGAGGUUUCCUAGAUUUCCUGAGUUCAGACUCUCUGCUCAGAGCAGGGUAAAAAAAAAGCAACAGAAACUUACUUAACUCUUGGCAUGUUUGGCAGUGAACCAAUUUUGAGGCCCUUGUGUGGUAAAGUAGCAUAUGCAUUUUUCUCUUUAUACAGAAAAAAAUAUUGCCCAGGUAGUAAAAUAGGUUGGUAGUCCAGGAAUAUAGAUUUGAUCACUAGUGUAUAAUCAUAAAAUACUUGAGUUACAACAAUUUAAAAUACAGCAUCAUUAACAGUUUAAAGCAAACUAACAAUCUCAAAAAUAGGAUGUGCCCUAAAAAUGUACCUCUCGUGUGCCGAAGGCAUAAAGAAAUGUGUCUUCAGCGUACGAGGAAAACUACUGAUUCACGAGGGUGCCAGUUGCACUCCUUUGGAGAGGGACUUCCACAGCUUAGCAGCUGCCACACAAAAUGGUGUCUCCUGAGCCGCUGCCACCUCAAGCUCCUGAGGGGGGUGGGAGUACCAAGAGGGUCACCUCUUCUGAUUAACACCUAAGAGGGUCUGUAGGGAAGGGGGCAGCCCUUCAGGCAUUUGCGCCUAAGUCAUUUAGGACUAUAAACACUAAUGUGAGCACCUUGAACUGGGCUUAGAAAUUGACUGGCAAACCCUUGUGACUGUUUUAAAAGGGAGGUUGUAUGAGGUCUAAAUGGAACCUCAGUUAGUAAAUCUGGCUGCUGAGUUUUUGAGCCAGCUGAAGUUUCAGAGUCUUCUUCAACAGCCUCACAUAGAGGGUGUUGCAAUAACGCAGUCCGGAAGUUUCCAGAGUAUGGAGUACAGUGGCCGAGUCAUUUCUGUCCAAAAGGAGCUGCAGGUGGCAAACCAGGCAAACCAAUGCACUCCUAGCCACUGAGGUCACCUCAGCAUGAAGUGACAGUGUGGAAUUUAAGACUACACUACAAGGAGCAAACCUGCCCUUCCAGGUGCAACCACACCUCUUGGAUGUGAGGACACCAAACACCUCUGUCUUUUCCAGAUUCAGCUUCAAUUUGCAUGUACUCAGAAGGAUAAGGGAGACAAGGAAGUAAUAUCUUCUCAUAGUGACAUUUAAGACUAUAGUCCAGGCAUAGGCAAACUCAGCCUUCCAGAUCUUUUUGAGACUACAAUUCCCAUCAUCCCUGACCACUGGUCCUGUUAGCUAGGGAUGAUGGGAGUUGUAGUCCCAAAACAUCCAGAGAGCUGAGUUUGCCUAUGCCUUCUAUAGUCCUAUGCUCACCUGCCUGGGAAUAAGUCCCAUUGAGCCAACCCUUUUUGGUUGACAAGCCUAGGAUUGAACUUUAAAUUUAACCAGGUGUUGCCCUAGAUCUGACUGAGGUGUCUGAAAGGUACCAGAGUAUAACGUUGAAGCAGGAUACACCUCUCUGGGGAGAUGGUGCCACAGUUUUGGAGUUGGUGCAGCCUCGGUGCAGACGCUUGCAAUAAUACAUGCUUUUAUUGGCAUGUUUGGUGUGGGGGUUUUCAACCGAGCACAGAUAUUGACUUUCGGGUUUUAAGCCAUUUCACUUCUAUCGCUCUUUAAUCUGGCUAAUAUGAAUUUAUUCAACAGACUGAUAUACCUUCUGUGGAGCUGUUGCUGUCAGAAUCACUGAACAUGAGAUAUAAUUGCAGCAAAGCAUAGGAACGAGACAAAAACAAACAAUCCUCAGCCAGCCAUGGUUGAAGCUAAUGUGUGCUAAUGCAUAAGAGAUUGGCAUGGUGGCAUCUGGGGCUGGGUAACGUCUGCAGUUAACCAUGCAGCGUCGAGACCAUUUUGACAUUCAUUGGGUUAAAGGGAGGAAAAGGUCACUCUGGGGUUAAUGCUUGGCUUAUUUGGAACAGCUGUGUUGUGCUAAGGCUUAAAAGGCUAUGUUCCCCUGGGAACUUGGAAGAAUCCAUAGCUAGAAAAUGGAAGCAGGUGGAUCUCCUUUAGGAAUCCGUUGGCUUAUGGAAGCCCAACAUACUCAGCGUAUUUCGGAUUCGACACCUCAUAAAAGGACCAUAAAUGUUUACAAUUGUUUGACCCAGCGGAAAGUUGUUCCUCUUUGUACUGCAGCAUUGCUGAGUGUUGGGUGUUCCCCUCUCUCAGAGCUACAAAUCCCAGAGUUCCCUGGGAAGAGAGAUUGGCUGCUAAGCCACUCUUGAGAACUGGAGCUCUGUGAGGGAAAGAGGGGUCUCCUAAGAACUCUCAGCACCUUUAACAAACUACACGUCCUGGGUUCUUGCAGGGAAGCCAUGACAGUUUAAAAUGGUACGAUACUGGUUUAAAUGUAUAGUGCAAAUGGGGCCUGUGUCCUGCUCCUCUGCUUCCAUUUCCAAUGCUGCCACCUCCUCCUGGAAGAAAAUUAUUGUUGACCAGAGAGUUCCCAUAUUCUUUUUGAUAAUGAAAUAAUAUUUGACAUGCAUUGAUUACCAUAUAGAAAAGCAACACACUGUAUUCUAGAGAUGCACUUUAUACCUGCAAUGUAAGCAUGAAUCUGGGCUGCGCUUUCUCCGUAACAUUAUUGGAAAUGCAAGCAAACUGCUCUCUAACAGUCAGCGUCUCUCUUGGUAUAUACAGUGGGCUUGCCACUUACAUAAUUGCACCUUUAGGUGUGUGGCCGAAAAGGAAACAGAUAAAUGAAGAGCAGCAGAAACUUGCCAGAGAAAUACUUUUUGAGCCCUUGGUUAUGCUUAUCAGGCUCUGGGAUGGCCGUGCUCCCAGGGCCCUCACACAUCCUUCUCCAGAGCCCAGUAAGCAAGGCAGAGGGCUCAAAAAAGCAAGGCUCAGUAAGCAGAGCAGAGUCCAAUAGCUUUUGGAAGGCCACAUGUUCCCCAUUUCUGAUUUGGAGGAUUUGAGGCUCCUGAUAAAUUCCGAAGCCCAUCCUGCUUUGCAAAUGUUGUUGUUGUUGUUGUUGUUCAGUCAUUUAGUCGUGUCCGACUCUUUGUGACCCCAUGGACCAGAGCACGCCAGGCACUCCUGUCUUCCACUGCCUCCCGCAUUUUGGUCAAACUCAUGCUGGUAGCUUCGAGAACACUGUUCAACCAUCUCGUUCUCUGUCGUCCCCUUCUCCUUGUGCCCUCCAUCUUUCCCAACAUCAGGGUCUUUUCCAGGAAGUCUUCUCUUCUCAUGAGGUGGCCCCAUAGGCACGACAAAAUUCAACGUGUACUUCACUUGUCUUAUGUUGCAAAGUUAGCAGUGCAUCCUGACUUACACACUGAGCACCCAGCGUUUUGUCUUUUCUGGGUUCAUUCCUGUUAUCUGGAAGCCUGAUCAUGUGAGCUGUUCCUCAGUAUCUUAAACUGCCUUGACAACAAAGCAACUCGAGUGCUAAGCAUUGUUGCUGAAUCCUUUGCAUAAUUGAUCGUUUAUGUACUGAGUUCUUGUACUGAGUAAUUCUUGUUUUUUCGCCAUUGCUUUGGCUCUUUUGCUUGACAACCUGUUGAAGAUUUCAAAAGCAACAGUAUAGCCAUCACAGAUGACUGGAACAUUUGUUUUUAGUAGCCAAUUUAAAACCAUCCUCUCUGGCUUAUUCCACCAGAUUGGUUGAAUGCAUUCCUUUUUUGUUUAAUGUUGGUGAGUCACCCUGUUGCCGAUGAAAAAGUAUUUGCACUUCAUAAUUGGUUUUAGUUACUGUUGCCUACAAAUGUUAAGAAACGUUGCUGAUUUCUUCCUAGUCAGAUUUCAAGACUGGUUAGCAGCUGGGGCAUACAUAUUUCGGCUUCAUUAACUACGAACCCCAAAAUCUGGGAUCCCCUCAAAACUGGUGCCAAAGUUUUGCAACUGGAAGCUGCAGAUUUCCACAGUGAACAAGAUACAUUGAUUUCUUCACACACCCUCCAGUGCUCCCUGGAAUAAGGUUGCCAUACAGCUGGAAUUUCCUGGACAUACCUGGAGUAUUGCAGUCAGAAGCAGUGUCCGGGUGGAAAGCUAAAAAAUGUCCAGACGUAUGGUGACCCAUGUCGGCAGUGUCAUUUUUGGCAAUUUCCCUUUAAAAAAAAGCUCAGAAACGAUUUUGCCCAAAAUGCUCAACGUCUUUCUUCAGGUUAAUGAACAUGUAGACCAGAAUCUUCAAAUGACAAUUGAUAAUCCACUUUAAAGGAGGUGGUUGUGCAUCCUCUCUUUAAGAGGACCUCUUUGGACCUAGAAGUGUUAAAUAACUAUUGCCCAGUGGUGAAGAUACCCAUUUUGGGCAAGGUACCUGUGAGAGUGGUGGCCACCCAGCUUCAUGUAAGUUUGAAGGAAAGCUGAUUAUUUGGAAAAUUUGGAUAGCUCUGAGUUUCAAAGUACGGCUCUGCUUCAGUUCUCACUGCUUCAGCUCAUAACAAUUUAGGGUUUGUAUAUCUGAAGGACCACCUCCAUACCUACCAACCUUCUCAGGUGUACUUGGAGAGGACAUUCUCUGUGGUAGCCCCUAAACUGUGGAACUCCUUGCCCACAGUGAUGCUUCUAAGCAUAUUCAUUGUUUUCAGCUUUCGCUGUAUGCUGAAGACACACCUCUUUGGCAUUUAAGGUACUGUACAUUUUCGUGUGUAAGACUUGGUGUUGGUUUUUUUAAUGAAAAAUCAUGUUUAAAAUUGGGGGUCGUCUUAUAGAUGGGUAGUGCCUAGGGGGGACGUGGGGUUAUUGGUGUCUGCGGCAAGGGGUGGUGUUGAUUGGGUGUUUCUGUGGCAAUUGGGCAGGCAAUAGGCUGCUUCUGCCGGCGAGGGGACAGACGUUGCGAUGUGCGCGACUGUUAGUGUCGGUCAGGCAGGCCAGCUCAACAACUCUGGGCAAUCUCCCUGCAAUUUCUUAAUUUUUAGUCCCCUCAAAUAGGGGACAUAUUAUAUAUGGGGGCGUGUUAUACACGGAAAAGUACGGUAUUUUAUUUUCUAGAACCCCUAUCCUUUGCUGAAUUUGUACUGUUCUGUUCCAUUUGUCAUUUUUGGUUUCAUUUGUUUUUAUAACAAACCUAGGAACCUGCCCUGGGACCUUAUGCUAAAGGGCAGGUAAGAAUUUCCUAUAAGCUAACUAAGUAAGAGGUGCAAUGCUGUACCAAUGGCAAUAAAAUAAAUUAAUGUGAUGUACCACAUGCCGUCUGGGACACGGGUGGCACUGUGAGUUAAGCCACAGAGCCAAGGACUUGCUGAUCAGAGGGUUGGCGGUUCGAAUCCCCGUGACGGGGUGAGCUCCCGUUGCUCGGUCCCUCUCCUGCCAACCUAGCAGUUCGAAAGCACGUCAAAGUGCAAGUAGAUAAAUAGGGAGCACUCUGGCGGGAAGGUAAACGGCGUUUGCGUGGGCUGCUCUGGUUCGCCAGAAGUGGUUUAGUCAUGCUGGCCACAUGACCCGGAAGCUGUAUGCCGGCUCCCUCAGCCAAUAAAGCGAGAUGAGCGCCGCAACCCCAGAGUCGGCCACGACUGGACCUAAUAGUCAGGGGUCCCCUUUACCCUUUACCUUACCACAUGCCGUACAUUUCAAUAUGUGAAUGCCAUGUAUUGCAUGGCUGCCAUUUCCACCACUUUACAUAUUAGGGUAAAUGAUCAAAUUCAAAAGAGCAGCUGUGCUGCUAGGUAUAAAAUAUUCAGGAAUGGUAGAGGAGCCAAUCUUGUUUGUGUCUUCAUAAGAGCUCAUUAAGCCGAAAAUUGUUAUCUGCCACUUUAUUACAGGCCCCAGAAACUGGGACGAAACCUUAACAGCAGCUUCUCACCUGUGUUUCAUCUUUCAAAAACAAAUCCUUUGAAAAGGCUUAUUUAAAGUUGCCAUCAACAAAAUGUGUGGCAUAUGCCCUGGAGGCAAGUGGUUAGAUGUAUGGGUGGUAGCGUGGACUUACUUUGACUAGGCAACCUGCAUUAGCCUCAUUAAGAAGAGCUUCCUCUGAGUGUCUCUGUGUUGCGUAUGUGCAGUGAAACAUCUUCCUUGCCGUUAAUGCGAGAAUCAUCCCCUCUGCUGUGCGCAUCUCUUUCAUGUGCCCUGUCAUUGCCCUUCAUGCCGUUUAAUUCAGAACUUAGUGGCCCUUGAAAUAACUCCUUCAGCUCUUGAUGGACAUUUUUGCUGAGGCAAAGUAGUCCAUUUGGUUGCGUUUGUUUAAUGCAUUGCAGUGGUAGUACGAUUGUCAUAUUUCCUAAGCGGGCUGAGCAUCAGCAGAGGCCAAGAGGUAUAGAAAUGAAAUUAAUAAUAUAAUAGUAGCAAUAAUAAAUCUGAUUGGGGGUGGGUGGGAGGAAUGGUGCCUAGACACUCUGUUGUGGUGACUAUGACCUAAGUUUAAGGUGCUAUUUGGUGAUUAUCUUAUACAGUGGUACCUCGGGUUAAGAACUUAAUUUGUUCUGGAGGUCCGUACUUAACCUGAAACUGUUCUUAACCUGAGGUACCACUUUAGCUAAUGGGACCUCCCGCUGCCGCCGCACUGCCAGAGCACGAUUUCUGUUCUCAUUCUGAAGCAAAGUUCUUAACCUGAGGUACUAUUUCUGGGUUAGCGGAGUCUGUAACCUGAAGCGUAUGUAACCCGAGGUAUCACUGUAUAUCUGAGUUUCUAACACUGAGCCUAUGUACAGUAUUCAAAUUGGAUGUUGCUCAUUAAAAACUUUUUGACAGGCUCCUGCAGGAUUAGCUUUUGCAGAGGAAUGAGCUAAUAUCUGUAGCUGUCUUGUUUCCCACCAGCCAUUUCUUAGAAUCAACUAGUCCAUGGCAUUCUUUGUGUGUAUGGGGGGAGAAAACUGGUUUGACCAGGUAAAUUAACACCUUGGCAUGGAUAUCCUUUCACAAUGACGUAAGCAGAGUUUAUUGUUGUAGUAAGAAGGGUUUUUAACAAGGCUAUUCUUCUUUUAACCAGGCCUCCCUUACUUUUAUAACAUUGCUUGAUACGUUUGCGUAUUUCGUGAGGAGUGUGGUAGCAGACUACAUGAAUUUUAUGUUUCCUGCCAUUUGACAUGCUUAAACUAUGCAUUCUUUCUAUACUUCCUGGUGUGGAAGAUGGUUUUGGUUUUGGUUUCUGUUCCAAAGAAUAGCAUCGGAACUGCCUCCAGAUAAGAGUUAUAACUACUGUAGAUGUAUUGUCUUCUGUGGACUCUUCUUCAUUGGAGGCUUUUAAGCAGAGGUUGGUUGGCCACCUGUCAUGGAUGCUUUAGCUGAGAUCUCUGCAUUGCAGGGGGUUGGACUAGAUGACCCUUGGGGUCCCUUACAACUCUACAGUUCUACGAUUCUAUGACACUCUGACGUUUCCCCCCUCCUUUCGUUUCCUGCGUUUGGUGCCUACCUGUCUUUCAGAUGGGAGCCUAACACAAACUCCCUCCAAAACACAUUAAAAUCUACAUUUUGUAUGUGUUUUUUCUCUCAGACAAUUCUAUACCAUUCUAAAUUUCCACAAGAAAAAAGACUUUAAUGGCAUUAUUCAAAAGACCAUAACUCUUAAAACACAAACAAACAACCCUCAAAACAUAUAUUUUUAAAAAACCGAAUCAGCCAAAUGAAGAAAGUUGGCAAUGCUACAAGGAACCUCAAAAACUGGCUUAACCGGGAGUAUUGUGUGGGUUAAUCUUUUGUAAAUGUUAAUGAUUAUACGGUGCCUCUUCUGUGUUUGUGACAGACGGCAGGAUAAAGAGAUCUUAGCAGGUCUGUGUUGCACCUGUUAAUUAUUAUUUUUUAAUUUUUUUUUGCUGGUGACUUUCCUGGGCAAUCCCAGGAGAAGUAUUAAAUAUCUCAUGAUUUCUAAAAUGUAUUAAUGAAGGAAAGACUGGUGAACUUUUCCUUGACAACCAAAAUGUAUUUUUAAAAAGCCACCCUAGUCAGAAACGUUUGGCUGAUUAUGGGAGAUGCUUCAUAUCAGUAGGAGGAAAACCCCAGAGGAGGAGAAACUAAAGCUCAGCAAAUGAAUUAGCGUUAACAGUAUUAGUUCUACACAAGAUGCACAACAGAUUACUUUAAAUGGAGAUAAUGGGUGAUGUAGCCUUGUCUCAGAUUCUUGAGCGCUGAUGAUGACUAGUGAUGGCAUCUGAAACAUCUGCCAGAGCUGGUGCCUGUGGUCAGCAUAGCUGGUCACCUGUCAAGGCCAGUGCCUCAGCAAGGACCCCACUGCCAGCUUCUGGAGCCCCCUGGCUCUGCCGACGCCUGGUCAGCUGCUCUCUCUGAAUGAGUUAGUUGUGAGAGAAGCAAGGAGGAAGUGCAUUAUCCUUCAUUCAACUUUCUUGCUAGCUGGUUAUGCACACAGUAGCCAGAGGAAAAAGUUUAGUGAAAGAGUAGCAGUAACACUGGUGGGAUGCGGGUGGCGUUGUGGGUUAAACCACAGAGCCUAGGACUUGCUGAUCAGAAGGUUGGCGGUUCAGAUCCCUGCAACGGGAUGAGCUCCCGUUGCUCGGUCCCAGCUCCUGCCAACCUAGCAGUUCGAAAGCACAUAAAAGUGCAAGUAGAUAAAUAGGUACCGCUCCGGCAGGAAGGUAAACAGCGUUUCCGUGCGCUGCUCUGGUUCGCCAGAAGCAGCUUGGUCAUGCUGGCCACAUGACCCGGAAGCUGUACGCCCGGCUCCCUCGGCCAAUAAAGCGAGAUGAGCACCGCAACCCCAGAGUCGGUCACGACUGGACCUAAUGGUCAGGGGUCUCUUUACCUUUAUCUAGCAGUAACAACAGCACUCUGGAGUUUUUGUCCAAAGGCCCUCUCAAAUCUGAACCCCCGUUUCUCUUUUCUGUGGGUAUAUCAUGGAGCCCUGCCCCAAAAAGCUUACAAUUUAUGUUGGAAGAGUUUGUUUUUGCAAACCUAUACAGUAUUGCUGAGAAUGUAUAGCGCAGCUGGGCCUCUAGUUUUCCCUCAAGGAUACAUGUGGGCCUUUGAGACUCUGGCAACAUGUGCUGAGCAGCUGGAUUUAAUUUUUUAAGCUGUCUGUAAUCUUAAGUGACAGGCUCUUAACACAACCACACUUUAUUAUCACCAGUUACUACAGAGAAACCACCACUGUGCCAUUCGGGAGUGGAAUCAAAUAAAAAUCCAGGGUAAUUUAACUGGAGAGCAAUAUAAACAUGAAGAGAUACUUGCUUUAGAGUGAAAAGUUGAGGAUAAAUCAAUAGGAUUCUUUCUUUUCUUUUUUUAUUUCCAGUCAGUGAUUAAAUUAGUAAAAUAUGCUGCUGGCAGUAAAAGCUUGCAAGCCUGUGCUUUCACAAUUGGAUUUCUCUUCGGAGAAUAGCAGAUAUUUGAUUAAAUGAGCUUUAGUAAUGGGACUUGGUAAAAUAAAAUAAAAAGGUACCGUAUUUUUCCGUGUAUAAGACUAGAUUUCCCCCUUAAAAAAUAAUGUCCAAAAUUUGGGGGUGUCUUAUACAUGGAUAGAUCUUUCCCCAUUUUCUUAAAUCUGAGUCCCCCAAAAUAGGGGGCAUCUUAUACAUAGGGGCAUCUUAUAGAUGGAAAAAUACGGUAAAUGAAGUUUUGGAUUUUUAGAAGAAUGCCAGAGUAGAAAUUUCAGAGUUGAGUUCCUUGGCGUACAUUCUGAUUUUAAUUAUGAAAAUGUAUGGCAUUGACUACUUAACAUCGGACUGUAUCAUAGUGUACAUAUCUGGUUGCGGCAACUUAAGAGCUUCCUACUUUGCAGAGUGCAAUCCUAAGGUACAGUGGUACCUCGGGUUAAGAACUUAAUUCGUUCUGGAGGUCCGUUCUUAACCUGAAACUGUUAUUAACCUUGAGGUACCACUUUAGCUAAUGGGGCCUCCCGCUGCCGCCACAUGAUUUCUGUUCUCAUCCUGAAGCAAAGUUCUUAACCCGAGGUACUAUUUCUGGGUUAGCAGAGUCUGUAACCUGAAGCAUAUGUAACCCGAGGUACCACUGUCCUUUUUUUUUUUUUAGGAACACAGGAGAAGAAAUGCACACUGCCGAAACCUUUGUAUGUGCCCUGUGUUAAUUAUCACACUAACUAUAAUACAGAUUUAUUUAUAUGUUUAUUUAUAACCUGCCAUUAACAGGAAUGUCCCAGAAAGGUUUACAGCAUAUAAAAACACAACACAAAAGACUACUCCCUGCAAAUAUGGUAACCCCCAAACAAUACCAUACAGGGAAGAUACCAAAACCAAUUCUUCAGUUUUAAAAGGCCAGAGGUGGUACUAGGUAUGUCUCUGGGAGGAGGGCAUUCCACAUGCCUGGGGGCCAUCUCUACGAAGGCCCCCCUCAUGAACCAAAUCUCUCAGAGUGGCAGGAAGGGCUUCCCACUGAUUUUAAUAAACCUAUAGGGAAAGAGGUCCUCUUUCAGUUGUAUGGGGCCCAAAUCUUUUUAAAAACAGUGCAUUUAAAAUAUUUGAAACCUUUCACAUUUAAUAUCAAGCAUUCAGUCCUUUUAUUUGUAUGCCGCCUUUACAAAGUUAAAACCAUGCUCCAGGCGGUUUACAACAUAUAAAAACUUACACAGGUUCAAACAUAACAAAAAUAGUCAUAAGCAAUAAACAAAGCAAAAAAAAUCAAAAACUGCAUAAUCAAGUUGAACCACUUCCACAUAAAUCAUAAGAUCCGAAAUAAAUAAACAAAGAAUAAUAUCUGGUGAUUGUGAUUUACACACCCCUUGGAGAACAUUUUGAGGAGUUUGUCCAUUUUCUAAAUAAAUAAAUAUACAGUAUUAUCAAGAACAACAUACUGACCAUAUUAUUACAAAUAAAUCUAUAUUAGCUUAUGUAUAAGGAUUGAAAGUUGAAUUGUCAUUUUAUUUUUUAUGUAUUUAUAAGGGGAAAAUUGGGCAAUUUAUCCAUAGACUGCAGGUUGAUAAGGACCAUAAGGACAGUUGUGAACAUAUAGAUUUUUGUGUGUUUGCCUAUUAAUUACAUGUGAAUAGCAAAAGACUGCUCAGCAUUGUCCUGUGGGUAAUCAACAAAUGGAAUUUACUUGGCUCAGGCAUUAGAUUACAAGAAUCAGCGGAUGGUACCCUGUGAAUUAUUUAUUUGGUCCCCUUUUUAAGUUGGUACAAGAUUGAAAUGUGAUUUCAUAUUAGCUCUGUUCAUUCUUUGGAUUAAAAGAUGAAUCCUGAAAGUUAACGUAAAGACAUUGGCGUCUGAUCUAAGGCAGGAUGAGAUUGCCUAUCUAAGCAAGGUGGGGAUGCUAGGAUCUUGAUGACUCUGUGGUGAUAGUCUGAAGCCAAAAUAGAAUUGCAUGUUUGUGGGUUUAGGUCAGCGUUGCUUUUCAUGCAGGCUCAGUUGAUUCUGAAUCCCCAAAGAAGCUUGAAAACAAGUGGGACAUUUUAUCUGCAACAGGUGUUCAUAUAAAACAUGCUUGAGGUUUGGUUGGGUGUUUGUAGAUUGACUACUAGAAUGCUAUAAGCAGCCCCAGCAAUUGACAGGCAUACUACUUCUGAUUUGCAAGCAAAUAUGACAGUGGGGUCUAUAUUGGCAUGCAGAAGUAGGGACAAAAACAAGGGAUGACCUUUUGAUGAUGGGCAUGUGGUGGUCCCAGCAGAUGGUGUGUGUUUCUAAAUUUAAAAAUGUGUGUAUUAAGAAGCUACAAGCAUGAAUGUACUGCAAUGCGCAACCACAUGGUGGCUGCGUACUUUUAUGACAUGAGGAAACGCCUAGUCAUCCUUGUUUCAGGCUCCAAGAAUGAAGCCAAAUUUGUUAAUGAAUUAAAAAUUCUCUUAAGUGCAGUAGAAAGUUUGUCCUUGAUGGUAAUCAGGUCCUUUAGGCAAUAAGAAACCUGUACAAUCUCCAGAUGGGCCACCUGUGGCAUCUUCAGAUGUUGUUAGAUUCCCAACUCCCAUCAUUCCCAAUCCGCAUGGCCCCAGUGGUCAGGGAUGAUGGGAGCUGUAGUUGAGCAGCACCUGUCAAGGAAUGCACACGGCAGAUAGUUAAUUCUCUGUUGUCAAAGACUUGGGAUACGUUGAUCUUGGUGUCUCUGUUGACAGUCUCUUCUACAGCUCAGGAGACCUAUACAUACCAAUCUAGUGUUUAGCCAGCUAUUCCCAAGUCUGCACUCCAUGGAGCAGUUGAAGCAACAGGGGACCCCUUCCACCUCCACCAUGUUAUGUAACUUCCCCCGAUGAGCUGUGCGCAUGGAGGCUACACUUGCGUGGACGCUUCCUCUGCUUAGCUCUUUUUAAUCCCCUCCUGGUUCUGGGAGACAGUGGUGCAGGAGAGGGUGAGGAAGCACCUGACCAGCGGCAAGUGGCACCUGCCCAAUGAGCAGAAAAGUAAGAAGUAGUAAAAUAUUAAUGCCCAUCAACUUGGGGGCCCCUCAAAUUUUUUACUGGGUGGGGCUGGAUGGACCUUGACCCCUAAGAGUUUGCUCCCAUACAGGGGUUGGCAAAGUUUUUGUGGCUUGGGCCGGUUCACGGUCCUGCAGACGCCGCGGUGGGCCGGAGUUCAUGUGCAAACGCUAUUUCCAGCACGGAGGAGGUGUGCGCAGCUUCCCAUUGGCUGCAGGAGCUUCCUGCAGCCAAUGGGAAGCCGGCCAGCAUCAUGGAAGGCGGUCCCUGCUCCGCUCCGCUCUGGUUUAGCGCACGGGAGCCAACUGAGUGGGCAGCGGGGGUCCAUGGGCCAGUUAAACAACCCCCAUGGGCCGCUUGUAGCCCAUGGACCUUAGGUUGCCGACCCCUGCUCCUACACGUCCAGCCCCAUUUGAUUUUAACAUAUGCUGUAUACUAGAAUGGAUUUUGCAGUUAGUUUUGUUUGAUCAAUGUACUGCAGAAUGAAUUAUUUUUAAAAAUCCAGAAUCUCUAGAAGUUCAGUGCUUUCUUUUGGGUGUGCAGCUUAAUUCAAAAGGUCUAGAGUCUACAGAUUCUUAUCGACGGAGCCGCUGAAAAAUAUGCCACUAUGCUUACCAGAAUUGCUUCCAGGAAGCAGCACCUGCCAACAUGGUUCCACCAGCUCAUACAUUACUUCCUGCAUGAGUCUGCAGCCACAGGGCCUCUCAGUUGGGAGCAUUUUAGAGUACGCAAAGCUGCCCCUAGACGGGAAGUGGAAUUUAUGGUUCUAUGCCCAGUUGUUUCACUUCACAUUCAUUUGAAGGCAUUAUAAGACCUUUGCAUUCAGUAAUGAUGAUAAAACCGCUUGGCAUUGUACACUAUUAAAAAGAGCAAAUGUUGCUGGUCUAAAAAAAUGAGGGAAUUUGGGGGAGAGGCAGAGAUUAGAGGUCAUUUGCAAGUGAAAAGCUUCAUACAAGGGGCAGGGGACCCCUUUUUAAGCCAAGGGGACACAUUCCCUUCUGGGCAACAUUCUGAGAACCACGUGCCAGGGGUGGGAGGGGCCAGGAGCAAAAGUAGGCAGGGCAAAAAAUGUAAAGUUUUUAAAUUGUACAGUAGACUGGUUUCUAUGCACUCUGUCUCUCACCCCUCUCUGUAUUCUAUCCAGGCCGUCAAGAGGCAUUAUAAGAGUUCAAGGAAACAUGUCAGGCAGGAAAAAAGACUUAGGGUGCAAAGCAGUGAGGGGGGUGCUCUGCAAAGAGGGGGGCUGGCAUGGGGAGAGCGCUGAGGGCCAUAUAGAGGGUCCCAGAGGGCCACAUUUGGCCCUUAUGUCUGAGGUUCCCCACCGCUCAUUUAAACAUUUGCAAGGAAGGAGAGAUGUACAUGUCUGGAUGCUGGAAUGUUAAGGGGGCGCAAGUGAAAAACAAGGGGGGCAUAAAAUGAGAGCAAGUAGCCCAAGAGGAGGAUAUUGGCACACUGAAGACAAAAUAGGUUAAGAGAGAGAGAGAGAGAAAACAAGAGGCUGGAAAAAUAAAGAGCUUUGAAAGCAAAAGUAGUGGUUGAAAUGAUCUUACAAGGAUCUUAGAAGGAAAUGGAAGAUAAUAAUCUGUUGCAACCUCCCUACGUCUGCUCCAGCCUUAGCACAGUACAGUGGUACCUCGGGUUACAUACGCUUCAGGUUACAUAUGCUUCAGGUUACAGACUCUGCUAACCCAGAAAUAUUACCUCGGGUUAAGAACUUUGCUUCAGGAUGAGAACAGAAAUCGUGUGGCAGCAGCGGGAGACCCCAUUAGCUAAAGUGGUGCUUCAGGUUAAGAACAGUUUCAGGUUAAGAACGGACCUCCAGAACGAAUUAAGUACAUAACCAGAGGUACCACUGUAAAGCACUCUCAGAAUCACCCCUGCUGCUUUCUCUUGUCCCCCCGCCCACAAAAAAACUAAGCAAACACACAUAUACAAAUACAUGUUAUGGAGGAUCUCGUUCACCAAAUUAGCAAAUGUGCAGCUGUGCUCUAAAAGCCCAAGUCUCACUUAAUGAGUUUUGAUGCUGCUUCCAUGAACAAUUUUACUUCUUCAAGGCAGUAGUCUGUUUGUCUAGGCAAGUCAUAUUAAAUAACUAGUAAAGUACUACAUUCUCAAAACUGCUUUAAAAACAACUGUCUCUAAAAACAACUGGCAUUAGUUUUCAUUAUUUUAUCUCCUCUUUUUUCAUAUUUUAGGAGGUCCUCCAGCAACUGAUCAUUAUGAAUUUGCCAAACGUCUUGAUAGUUGGCAAAGAUCCUCUGUCUGGUGAGUAGCCUUGCGACGCUCUGUCCUCUUAAAUUUCAAAAAUAUUGACUGUAUGGAACAGGAUUUGCAACUUUCUCAGCUCAAAUUAAUUUGGUGCUGAAGAAAAUAAGGAGAAUAAAAGAGAGGUGGGCAUAAGCAAGGGGUAGCCAUUUACAGUAUACGUGUUCUGCAUCCAUUGGAAAUCAGCACUGGAGCCCUUUGCUCCUGAGUCACAUGGGGCAAAUGCAUUUUACACUGAGUCAGCGCUGUGGAAUUGCAGUCAUCCGAAAGGUGAGAGCAAGAGUUGUGAUUUCAGCUGCAGCACCUUUUCCCUCCGCAGCUUGUUGCCAAACUUUGUGCAGGAGCAGACUGUAAAAAUAAAUAAAUCUUGGCUAUAUUGCCAACUAGGGGCAAGGUCCUGUGGCCGCAUUUUGAACCACCUUUAUGUUUUCUGUACUGCUAAACAGAACUUGAUCCAGAGCGUAAUGGAAGCCAGGUACAGGUUCCUCUGCUUCGAAAACAGGAAGCCAGUUGUUCAAGGCUACACAGCAGGUGCCAAUAGUGGGUUGGUUCCCUCUGUGGUGUAAACUUCCAACAACAGAAGGUGGGUCAGUUCAGAACAAGCACGCCCAUAUAUGUGUCCCACAGGACUCAUAAAUAAAAUUGAUGGGGCCUUUGUGUGGAUGUGCUCAACUUGGUUCAUUACUGCACAAACCCCUUGCAGAAAACAGCUUGAAAUUUUGAUUUAGAGCUGACUAGGACGAAGGUUCCAACCUUUGUUCAGCAUGGUGUAUCAAUGAACAGAAUUGAGCACGGCCGCACAAGGGCAUCAGAUUUGGGAUUUUUAAAAGACAUAUUUAUUUCUAUAAAUGUUUAUACACUGCACUUCUGGACGGAGCACACCCAUAUCUUGCAUUGAUAUGGACAUGGCAUUGCAGUAGCGUCUCUGAUCGGUAAACCACUUUCUGCAAUAGUUUGAUCCUCCAGUGUCUCUUCUGAAAGCAUAUCCAGUGUUGGGUUUGUAAAACUGCCUUGCAAAAUGAAUAAAUAAAACCUUGCCCUCCAAAUCCUCUGGGGUCCUCACAGUCAUCUGGUAACUUAAAGGAGCUGUCACGUCUUAGUGAUGAACUGGGGUGUGUGGGGUGUGUGUGUGUGUUUAAAUGAUGUGGCUUGAAGUACCCUUUCCCCCUUCAGAGCUCCUUCUCCUAUCUAGCACUAUCAGCUGAUUCCUCUUCUCCUUCUCCUUCUCCCUCUCUCUCUUCUUCUUCCUGUGUCUUGAUAACUUCACUUCCUACUCUUCCCAGACAGUCACACUGCGAAUCUGUAUACAGUGGUACCUCGGGUUAAGUACUUAAUUCGUUCCGGAGGUCCGUUUUUAACCUGAAACUGUUCUUAACCUGAAGCACCACUUUGGCUAAUGGGGCCUCCUGCUGCUGCCACGCCGCCGGAGCACGAUUUCUCUUCUCAUCCUGAAGCAAAGUUCUUAACCUGAAGCACUAUUUCUGGGUUAGCGGAGUCUGUAACCUGAAGUGUAUGCAACCUGAGGUACCACUGUAUCUGAUACUGAACUAUGUGGAGUCCCAACAGUUGCUUUGAGCGUUCUGUGCUUGCUGCAGACUUUUGUUUUUAGCUCUUAAAUGUCAAAGCAAUUCUUUAUUUUCUCCCUCCCUUUGAACUUUUUAGGGUUACCCCAAUCAGACAUUCUUGCACCUUUCAUUCAAUUAUUUCACUGAACUUAAACGUUUCAUAUUGAGAACAAACUGCUUUUACCCCGCGUUCAGAGGAACUUGUGGAAGAGGGGAGAACAAGAUGUGAUUCAGGUGUUUUUGGGUUGCAAUUAGACAGAUAUCAUUCCUUAAGUCUUUCAGCCAAGAUCCACAUCCCCCCCCCUCAAAACUGUAUGGUCAUAGCAUAUCAUUAAUAUUGUAUCUGUGCAGAAAUCAACCAGUUCAGAAACUGGAAAGGCCAUAGCUCAGCGGCAGAGGGCAUGCCUAGCAUGCAGAACAUCUCUAGGAUAUAGAUAAUACAGAAAAGAGUGCUUAAGCAUGCACAGAGUGCCUUUAUCUCACCACUGAGCAACUGCAUUCAAUCAGGAAUGUGUGACUUCCAGAGAAGCUUGAGUUCCAGGAGUAUAAUAUGAUGUAAUCCAAUAUAGAGGCACCUUUUGUUCUCCUGGCUAAGCUGUUGCUGCUCCAUCAGUGACCAGCACCUCUCUGGCAUCCACGUUCACUGCAGUCUAUUAAGCCCAUGAAAGAGAGGAAAACAAAGGAACCAAAAAAUGUAUAUAGGGAAGAAAAAGAGAGGACAGAAGUCAGGAAAAGGGAAAAGGUUAGCAAUAAAUUUGUACUCAUGCACCAAUCUCUUAUUCAGAGAGAGACUGUAAUCCUGAGCUGUCUCUGCCCAUCCAUUAUGGUAGCAGCCCCAUUGUAAGGUGUUCAUUGAACUAAUGCCUGAGACCCAAGAUCAUUGUUGGGCUUUGGCCAUCUCAAUGAAACCGAUCUCUCCCAGCAUUCACAUCUCCAAAGAAUCGGCAUUUGUUUGUAAUGUGCGUCUUUAAUUUUGUGCCAACUACAGGUAUUUUUUUGCCUUUUCCUUGCAGAAGUGUAGGCAGUUGUGUUGGUUUUCCCGUAACAGGGAAGCAUUCUGAAACUGGCAGCAUUUGCCAGAGGGAGUGAGGAGCCCCAGUCUCGGGCAGGCAGCAAAAAACGAAGGCUUUUGGAGGCCCUAGUAGGGCAUGGCCAAUGAGCCACAUUCUGCUUCCUGGGUCUUGUGGCUUCCUGGGCUUGCUUUAGGAGUUCAGAGGACAUAUUUAGGGAUUCAAUGAGAACACAAUGUGCACAUAUUAGUCUGGUGGUCUUGAGAGAUUUUUCAAAUCACGCCCCCCCCAAAUGAAACAGAAGCAAAUUCCCUCCCCUUGAACGAAUGUGCCAAAAUAAAGUCCUUGUAGAGAGGAAAGCCAGGAGCCUCCCCCAAUGAAUGUCUGUAUUUUUGGUCCUUUUAAUCAUUAAAGGUUUAAGCUCCCACUUCCAUAUUUACUUUUCACAAACAGUUUCCUUCCUCAUUUUGUUCCACAAUUCUCCAAGGAGGCAAAAUGUAGUACAGGAUAAAAUGUGUCUGCAUAACUCUGAAGUGAAAAGUUGGGUGGCGCAAGUCAGCAGAUGCUAGUGUCGGAAAUUUAGACGAUGAAUUUUUUUCCUGCAUCCUUUUAGAUACCAUGUGGCAAUAAAAAAAAUUGGGACCACGCUCAGUUUCUGGUGAGACCUGAAUAGCCAUUGGCUCAGCGACUUAAAGCAUUACGGUAUCUCUGUGAGCGUUUUAGCUGCUCAGAGGUUUCUGUUGGCUUGCAAGGUCUAGAGACCAGUUGGAGCUGCUGUAGCAAAAUGGUGCAUGCCAGAGGCAAGGCAGCGGGGGUGGCCUUGCUAUAUAGCAGGCCAAAGCAACCUGCACCAUGGGGGGUGGGAGAGAGAAUAGAUGAAGGCAGGAAUUGGUAUCUGAAUGACACAGCAAGAUUUACUAAGAUGUUUGCCUUUGUUGUCCCUGAGAGAAGUUCAGUUCAACUUUAACUCUGCACGUGUACCAAGUGGUUAUUUUGGCUUUGCUCUGAGAAGUGAGUGCAGCACCAGCGCAAGGAAUCGGCGGAGUUUAUCAAGGGAAACCCCCACUGGUUUGUGCCAGAUUUCCUUCUCAUAGUAAAAGCUGUAGGAUUUCCUUGUUCUCACCGGUAUUCAUAAUGGAUUGUGUAUGCUCAAGUCUGAUUGCUCCUUGGAAUUCCUACCAUAUCUAAUGCUAAGGUAAAGGUAAAGGUAAAGGGACCCCUGACCAUUAGGUCCAGUUGUGGCCGACUCUGGGGUUGCAGCGCUCAUCUUGCUUUAUUGGCCGAGGGAGCCGGUAUACAGCUUCUGGGUCAUGUGGCUAGCAUGACUAAGCCGCUUCUGGCGAACCAGAGUAGCGCACGGAAACGCUGUUUACCUUCCCGCUGGAGCGGUACCUAUUUAUCUACUUGCUAGGUUGGCAGGAGCAGGGACCGAGCAACGGGAGCUCACCCCGUCGCGGGGAUUCGAACGGCCGACCUUCUGAUCGGCAAGUCCUAGGCUCUGUGGUUUAACCCACAGCGCCCCUCACGUCCCUAUAUCUAAUGCUAGUAGAUGCCAUGGUAAUUGGAUUGCCUAUCUUUACAUUUCCAGGGAAACUUUUCCGAUUUUCCACACAAAGAACAUCUCAGGCACAUGAGAUUUACCAAAGGCCCCUUGUGGUUACCCUCCCACCAUAUGACAAGAAACUGGUACCGAUCUAAUGACCCAGUACAUGAAUUAACAUGCCCCUCCUCUCCAGCCCUAUCCUUAACAAGAUCAUCCAAUUCUUUCCAGAGUCAUCACGUCCGUUGCAGUAGCCUCUGUGGUGUGUGGUCGCUUCCAUUAUAAGUUUCCCUAUGUGAUAGUUCUGUGAACACAUGUGUAUAGACAGAAACAUAUAUGGUAACCUGCUUCUGUGUGGGGGUGCAUUUGAGCUCCAAUCCUGACAGCCAAAUGGCGUGGGCUGGCACUGAGGACAGCACUGGUACAACGGUAGCCCAGAAACUGAGUCGGAAAAUGUAUAAGGGUGACUAUAUACAGAAGGCAUUACAAAGAAAUGUGUCUGCAAAUUUGUGGGCCACCUAUUGGGCAAUCUCAAAUCUCCUUUAGAAAAAAAAAUCUAUUAAGGGGGCAAACUAGAUAAAUCAAAUGUCUUUGUUUUAAACCAAAGUUCUCUUGCUGUCUUCUCCCAUUUUUCCAGCCUAUGGCUUUUUCCCUCCCUCAUUUUGUUUCUUCACCUUUCUAUCCCUUUGUUGUUGGUGUGCUAAUCUCUUUUUCUCGGCCUCCCACAACAAUCCUACCAUCUGUUUUUCACCAUCCCUUUCCUGUGUGAGUGUGAGGGGUCCAGGUCCUGUACUGUAUGUAACACAGCUUCCAGAGUACAGGUUUUAUUCCCUCUGGACUUGGCCCACUGUGGGGAGCAGAUGGCCUUCCUGCAAAUCCCUUGGUUUAAUGGCUCAGUGACCUAGUGUGACAGGGGCUGCCGUGGAAUUUUUUAGAAAAUAAGGGAAAUGCCAUUGUGUUCGUGUUUUUUUUAAGAGCCUUGGCUGUUUGUGCAGACCUAAAAUACCAAAAGUUCUGUGAUGCUUUAAAGUUUUGGUUUAUUGUGGGAUAUAGUUUCUGUAGGCAAGAUGAACCCAACAAAGACAUUGACAGAGAAGGAGCUAGAUAUAGAUAUAGGUGCAUUGCUUGAUGUACUAUGAAGAAAAGGUUAACCCAGGUUUGAAUCCCUUACUUCGCAGUGGCACUCGCGGGGUAAUCUUGGACCAGUCACUAUCUCUCUCAGCCUAACUUACCUUACAGAACCACAUGUGCUACUUUGAGCUGCUUGGAGGAAAGGCGGGAUAUAAAUGUAAUUGCAAUAUUAAUAAUACAAAACCUAAUUUAAAAGGAGUCUGCCUUUUCUGAAACUGUAAAACGUGGGUGCUGAAGAAUUGCCAUUUACACCAAAUGGAGAGCAGCUGGCCGCCUGAUUCCUCGAUUUAGCCCUGUCAGAUAUUGUUAACUGAUUCCUGAUCUACAGCUUUCCAUGCAAGCUCUUCCUUUAAUUUCUGUUUAAAUAUUUAGGCUGAGAACUUAAGUCUCCCAAGCCUCUUGGCUGAUGCCUUCUGACAGCACUUAACACACACACACAACUACCAUUUAAUUAUCGGUAUGGUUUCACCAGUCUCAGCUGGGCUGCGGAGCAAGCAUCUUGGUAAUGCAAAUCUAGACAUUAAAAGGACAAUGCAGAAGGGCUGCUGUGGCCGGGCCAUUCUCAGAUGUGUCAAUCUGCUAUUUUAUGCUUGGCAUAUGGUACAGACCAGGAGGGUGUUAGCACUAGCCAGCUCUGUCACCGAAUCUAAUUAGCGUUCCUCUUUGCUUGUUUCUCUUCAUGCAAACAGGGGAUGGUGAACCUGUUAACUUCACCCCCGUGAGCGUUAAUCCAAGGGUGACUUAAAGAAAUAAUGUAUAUGGGACUAGACCACAGAUGGGCAACUUGAAGGAAUAAUGUACAUGUGGCCUCCAGCAACUCCUCUGGAUCCAUUAUUCCAUUCCAUCGGAGUUCCUUAUUAUUUAUUAAUAUUUUAAUAUAAUAAAGAUCUCCUUAGAAGUUUACGGGAAAACAACAAAAAUACAGCAUUCAAUAACAAUUCCUGAAAACAAGAUAAAAACAAAGCUGAACUGUCCAUCACAAAUGUAACUCAACACUGUGUGAAACAAAACAAAAAAGAAGUUAAAAGUCAGGGUCUAAAGAAGUUUGUUUAAACAGACAAGUUUCAAAGAGGCAUUGCAAGGGCUUUCCAAUUUAUUCAAGGGAGGGCAUUCCAGAAGGUCCUUCCUGCACAUUUCCAUUGUAUUUUUCCUUCCUUUUAAAAGUGGCCCUUUCUGUAUAGCUUCAGAACAAUAAUGCUGGUUUUUUAUUCUUUACUUUUUUUCUGAUUGUAUGACUUGGAGAAAAGGUCUUUUCCCCCCACCUCCACAACUGUCUUGAAAUGAAAUUAGUAGGCAUGAAUAAAGUCAGGAAGGAGUUUUAAGUACUGAAAAGCCAUUGCAGGAUACAUCAAUUUGCAUUGAACAUUAAGUGCCACGAGAGAUAAAUAUGUUACGAAGGAAAAUGAGUCAAUUUACAUUUUCAUUAGGUAGUAAAUUUGAGGGUGGGGGCAAAGUCUUCCUUUGGCUAUUUGAGAUUACAUUGAUACUAUUUUGUUAUUAAAAAAUUUAACCCUAACCCUAACCCCCCAAAUCUGGAUUUUAAUUUUUUUUAAUUACAUGGGCAAGGUCAUAGCCAUGGCAUGAUACAUGCAGAAUGUUUUAAAUCAAUUUAAUAAGAACACAAGAGCAGACCUAUCUAGUCUAGCCUCCCUGGCCAGUGAGAAGCCCAGAAACAGAACAUGAGCACCAUAUUUAUUUAUUUAGAACAUUUUAAAACCCUCCCUGCACCAGAUGAUUCCAGGGCAGGUUACAGUAGCAUUGUUAUGUAUUCAGUGUUCUGUGUUUGCCUGAGUUUGAGUCGGGACUAAGGAUUCUGAGCGCCUGUGUUCUGAUUCAAUACAUGAUAUCCAGUCACAGAACACUUCAGGAUUGGGGUUUCUGCCAUUGGCCCUUAAACUCUGAGUCGUGAUUUGCAGCUUGGAAGUUCAGACAGCCAAUCACGUUGGGAGUGGAAGUGGCCCAGGCAUUCAGAAAUGUAUAUAGCUCAGCUGAGGCUCUUUUAAGACCAUGAGACUCUUAAUCUCAGGGUUGUGGGUCCAAGCCCCAUGUUGGGCAAAAGAUUCCUGCACUGCAGGUGGUUGGACCAGAGGACCCUCGUGGUCCUUUCCAACUCUACAGUACAGUGCUACCUCGGUUUAAGAACAGCUUAGUUUAUGAACAACUUGGAUUAAGAAAGCUGCAAACCCGGAAGUAGGUGUCUUGGUUUGUGAACUUUGCCUUGGAAGCAGAACAUGUUCUGCUUCCUGUUGAGUGUAAAUUGAGUCCCCCGCUGCUAUGGGAAAGCACGCCUUGGUUUAAGAAUGGACUUCCGGGGAGGUGCCUCCGGUAAUGGCGGAAUUCCUCUGACCGGGAGGAAUCCGCUCCGUGGGAAUCUGGGUCUGGCCGCCACGGCAAAGGCGGAGACCCGUUAAAAUCACAGGCGGGAGAAGCCUGUGAGCGUGGGAUUCGGCGGGCACCUUUUGCACCUCCCCCACUCGCGGGGAACCCCGUUUUUUGGGGCUCCGGAGCGGCGCGGGGUGAGCGGCGCGGUGCAUCGAAUCGUCUGCUUCUUCCACAGAGCGAAGCCGCAUAGCUGUUGCCGGAGAGCGCUGACCUUUUCCUGUGGACAAUUUGACUUUAAAGUAAUCACCCGUGAGUAAGCUGAAGCGGAAGAAUUGGAAUUCUAAAAGUUUAAUUUGGUAUCGUAACGGGGAGGUUCAAAGCAGGAAGUCCGCCUUCCCCUUUUGUAAAUAGACUGAGGCAAUGAAAUUGCAAGCUGGAGUCUUGGGAAACCUUUUGUAAAAGAUUAAAUUUCCAUCGGUAAAGAACAUUAAACCCCCUUUUGGAGGCAGGAGAAGAGAGGGGGAAGUUGUGGAUUGAGUAUGCCUGUGGGAGAGAGCGAAGAGAUUUAAAACACCGCCGCUCUGACCCUGGAAACGGGCUGCUAGCAGAACUGAUGUCUUUUAGAAUGUCCAUUGACAGCGCUUAGAACGUUCAUUGACAGCUAGUUAAAUAAGAGAAAUACAUUGUUUCUACUGUCUCCGGCUGCUUUAAAAAGGAGUAAAAGUAACUGAAAAUUGAAACUAAUUUGAAACUAACUUUGGAUUGUCUAAAAGAGGAUACUAUUGACUAUUACAAAUAGAAACUGUUUCCCCCUAGUGGAAGCCUUUGAAAUUGGUUGCUUUACAAGAGCUGGGCUAGGGGAAUUUCCAGCUGCAAGUUAAAAACCGUGAGACUCUGGGACUGACCUUGAAUCUUUUAAGUGUUAUGGUAAAUGGAAGUGGAAAAACAGACCAGUCAACUGCUGACAAAACAUUAAGGUCUGGGAGGACUUGGCAACAAUCCAGGAGAGGUCCAGCAUCAGGCCCCUCUGCUCCUUCUGUUACAGCCUUUGUACCAGUAUAUUGAAAACCAAGAGGAAUGUCAACAGAAGAGGCUUUAGUGGCUGCAUUAUAUAAGAUAAAUGACUCAUUGGAUCAGCUUCACAGGAAAAUGGACACGAUAAAUGCGAAAGUGGAUGUUUCAGUUACUAAAAUUAACUUAAAUACAGAAAGUAUAAAUAAUACCAAGACAGAAACCAUCCAGAAAUCGAUACAGGAACCUACUUUGACACGGCAAAUUGCGGAGAAAGCCAGGGAAAAAGCUGCUGUUGCUGAAUGUAAAGAAACACAACUGGAGAGAAAGAGAAAGAGAGCCCCAGCCCUACAGAGGCAACUUGAUGAACAUAAGUUGACGCUUGCUAUGACUGAACUUAAAGAAAAACAGAUGAAUUUGAGGAUUAGAGUUCACCUUUGGUGGACAUGCCCAAGGAUUAAGACACUUUGGGAGAUGAUUCAUAACGAAAUGAAAAAGGUAUUUAAAUAUACCCUUUUGAAGAAACCAGAGGCCGCAUCUCCUGGGCAUGGUCAGCCAAUUGGUGUUAAAGAAGGAUAGAACUUGUUCCAUGUAUGCAAGAAUACUCAUUGUGAAGUACUGGAAGACACAAGAUUUAUCUAUUCGGGAAGAAUGGCAGAUGAAGUUGAUGGACUAUAUGGAAUUGGUGGAAACGACUGGCAGAAAUCCGAGACCAGGGAGAAGAGUUGGUGGAAGAAGACUGGAAAAAGUUUAAGGCUAUUUAUAGAAAUACUGUAAAAAUAAUGAAUGUUAGAGAAAUGUUGGAAUGAAGUUAUAUGGCUUCAGUAGAAAUGUUAUAAGGAAUCAAGUAUAAAUAGAUUAAUAGAGUUGAAAGGGAAAAAUAAGGUUAGAAUAUGUUAAGAUAAUUAUAGGAUAGAAAACAGAGGAAGAUGGAAAGGAAUUGCUGAAACAAUUAACAGAAGUGGAAUACAAAAAGGGAGAUGUGAGGAGGUCGUGGAAAUAAGGGAACGAAUGUUAAGAUAUUGACAUUGUUUUUGUGUUUUAAAUGGUUUGUGUCUUGUUUUGUUAGUCUUAUUUUUUCUUUUUUUUCCUUUCUUUUUUCUUUGUUUUUCUGUUUUGUUGUGUUUAAACGGUUGGAAAAUUAAUAAAUAUUAUUAUUAUUAUUUUUUAAAAAAUGGACUUCCGGAAUAGAUUAAAUUUGUAAACCAAGGUACCACUGUACUAUGUUUCCAAAGCAGUGGACUUGUUUGCAUUUACAGUAUUUAUAUAUUUGCAUUUGUAAAUUUCUUGUAAAUUUGUAAAACAUCUCAAAGCCAUUAACAAAAAUGUUAACAACAAGAACUUAUGGAAAACAAUCUUGGAUGUAAAACAUUUAGAAGAAUUACAUAGCUAAAAAGCCCAGGCAGAUGGGUUUUUAACCUAGUGCCAAAAUGCAAAGAAUGAUUGUGGCAGUCAUAUUUUGUUGGGGAGCGCAUCCUAUAAUUUGGGUGCCACUAAUGGGAAGGGCGUCACUAGUGUAACCACCCAAAGAGCUUCAGCCCAUUGUUUUCUCCUGCAACUGACAUUUCAGAGGCAUGGUAUGUUUGAUACUGGAGAUUACAAUCCUUUGCACUGGUAUGCGGGUCUGUGUUUUUAUGAUUUGUUGUUAAAAAGUUAGAUCUGUAUAUGUUUUGAUUGAUGUUUGAUGUAUUUUGCUCUUAUGUUUGGUUGUAUAUAGUGCCCUGAGCUCCUUUGGAGAAACGGCAAUCCACAAAUGCCCUAAAUAAAUAAAUAAACACCAUGACUUCCCCUCCUGGCAAAAUACAAGCACAGGUACACAAGGGUACACAAGGAGUAUAUAGUCAAAUAUUCAGAAUACAUAUGGCAAACAAUUGAAGAGAAUUUAUAACAUGGUAAACCCGAAUUUGAUUUAUUGUGAUGGAAAGGAUGCAUUUAUAAUCCGUUUAAUCUGCAUAUUUACUACUCAAUGUAAUGAAUCAAGCACCCCAGCUUUCUCCUUUUUUAAGCAUGCACAAAGGCUUAUAAGACCUUAAUCAAGCAGAGUAGUUAACAUGGGUAUGCUAGUGUGUAUUUUAUUAUAGGAGUUUGAUUGCACCGUCUAAUGCAGAACCAGUGGCUUGACUCCUAAAACCCUUUGAAAUCUCAGUCUAGACAGAACCAAACAGUUUAUGCAUAUUUGUUUAACCCACUGUGUGGCCCAUGUUUCCUGGUUCGGUUCUGCAGUGUACUUGGAAGGAUAAGUGUACAUUUUUCAAACGCCAUGGUCCUAUCAGGUAUGCAGCACAAGAAGGCACUAAGCAGGUCUUAAAAUAAUGAAAUGCGAUGGUGCUCAGCAUAGCAAAAUGCAUAGGAACAAAGUAAUACAAGGCAGUAUUUGAUAUGCAAUCAGCUUCAUCAGCAUUUGGCAGGAGCAGGUGAUAUCUUUUAAAGAGCUGCCAUCAACUUCACUGCAUGUCUGCUGCAUUUUUUACUUGCCUGCAAUUGUUUCCCAUUAAUGUCUAAUAAGAAUUCUUUUGUACCAUCUGUCACAUGAGCAUCAGUCAUUCAAACAGAAGCUGCGAAGAGCAGAGGAGUUCUGCUUAACUUAGCUGUAUAAUCACACAACAUCAGUCAAAGCUAUCUUGGUUCUUUGGUGUUAAGUGCUGUGCUUGAAAUCACUGUCUGCUGCGUGCCUUUAAAAUAUACACUAAAUUUUGAAGUGCUUUUAAUAUGUAGCUCUCCCCACACCCCUUUUACUUAUACUACAGUUUAUCUUUUUGUGUUAAAAGUAGCUGCUAGUGAAGGUCAGUCUGCAUGCAUGGAAAAGUCCACCUUUUGAGGAAGGCAUUGCGGGAAACAGUAUUAAAUAGCUUUGUAUUGGAGGGAAAUUGGGGUAGGAGAAUUAACUGUAACCAGUGAAUUACAGUUGGAUAGAUACAAUGCUGCUAUACAUUGCAACAAACCAUAGAAAUGUAAUAUGGAAGACCGUUUAGCAUGCCAACAUUGUGUUAAAGCAUGUUGUAAAAAAAGUUUGGCUUGGAAAUCAGUUCUAAGGACUUAACUAUUUUAUGUACAUUGGAUGAAUUCUUAAAAUAUACUCCAGGGGAAAGCAAGAAAUAAAAACAGUCCUUUUCUCUUGCCAGUAUUUUUUUUUAAUGGUGAAAGUUUGCCGUCGUCCCCCCUGCCUUCCAUACUGAAUUUCCACUCAACGUUGAUUAGUAGUUGGGUUACUGUGUCUUUUUGUUAAAUCUACGUUAGCAUAAUUGAUUGACUCCAUUCCAGUUUCCUGUAGAUAGGAUCAUAUACUAGCACAGUCAAGGGGACAACUAUUUUGGACAAAGGCUCACUCAUGGAAAGGGCUGUAGCUCAGGGGUAGAGUAUUUUCUUUGAAGGCACAUUGUUCCAGGUUCAAUCCAUGUUAUCUCCAGAUUAGGCUGGAAUUGUCCCCAAUCUGAAAACCCUGGAGAGACACUGCUAGUCAAUGUAGACCACUGGUUCCCAAGCUAGUACAUGGGAGACCCAUGUAAGCUUCAUUGUAUCCUGGUCUUCAUUGCCACCUGGGUGCAAUCCAUGCAAGCUUAUAAAUCAAUAACCAUCUACAGACAAAAAGCCUUAGCAAAUGUAGAAAUGUUAUUAUUGCAGCAAACUGUUUUUCCCCCAGGUCUGGGCCCCAUGGGUCUUUGUAUCCAUGUCUUAAAAGAAUAAUUGAAGUGUAGUACAAGAAUAUGAUCAGGGGAGUGUUUUCUGUAAAAUAAAGACUUGAUAUUGUGAUGGUCGUUCCACACUUUGGCCCCGAUCCAGGAAAGCACUUAAGCAGAUCAGCUAUCUCACCUGCAGCUACACAACAGCUUUUGUGCACUUAAGCUCACUGGGAGGCCCAAAUUAUUUGGUGGGAGUGGAAAUCAUUUGCAUAUACAAGUCUAUGGAGCCCUUUACAUUUUGGUGCCUUUCUUUAGAUUGGGGGCAGGGGGAAACAACCUUUAAAUGUUGAAUGGAUUUCACUUACGUGAAUGGCAUUCAUGUAAUGACAUUGCCGGUAGUAGAACUCAAGUCCAGAGUGGCAGUGUAAGUGAUAAGCGCACGUCCAGAGGAAGAAACUGAUAUAGCUGCUUGCCUGGGAAGCCCUUUCUGUUUCUUCUUUUUGCCUGCCUCUCUCCAGUCUCCUUGGCUACCACCGUUGUAGCACUGAUAGGCCAGGUAUGUAGCUUUUGAAAGCCUAAGAAGUAGUUGGCUUGUUGGGCUGGAACUGAAGACCUGGUGUCAGGGUUCAGCCCUGCCCAGACUUCAAUCCUGAGGUCUCUUUAGAGGAGGAGCCCCCUGAGCAGAUUUUCACACUUGCAGGAGGUCCUGGGAAUGAAGAUCCCAGGACCACCUUCCUGGGUUCCUGGCCAACUCUCACAUUCUGCCCGCCUCAAUGUCACCCAGGGCCACAGGAACACAGAAGACAGCAUGCCAAGCUUUAGAGUUGUCACUAAACUUACAGUGCUCUUCAACCUUGGGUGGCCAGCUGUUGUUGUAGUGUAUCAUCUCCCAUCAUCUCCAGCCAGCUUCUUGAGUGGUGGCAGAGGCAGGUGGAAUGCCCACAGGGCUGCUGCCUUAGGGGCUUCAGCCGCCUGUGGCAGCCACCUCAGUCUUCCUAAUGGCUGAGCUGGCUCUGGCCUCCAUUUUGUUUCUAAGUUCUCAGUCUAAGCUGCUUCACUGCUGAAGGAACAGCCCUCUUCCAAGCGCCCGUCUUUCUGACCCAGACACUUGAGUUUAGAUACCCACUAGGUCAAAGAAGCUUAUUGGUGAUCUUGAACUAUUCUCCACAGACUGAUUUUGUUCUGAGGAUUUAGAAUAAAAAGUACCACUUUGCAUUCAGGAGAUUACAGGUUCAACCUGGCAUCUCUAGCUAAAAGAACCUUCCAGAGCAAAGGUAGGGAAUUUCUUAUGCCGCAGAUCUUUGAGAGCUGAUGCUGGUCAGACUGUAUGGCAGUCCAGUAGAUGGGCAGGUGACACAUCUCCUGUAACGCAGCUUUUAUGUGUUCAAAUCUCCUGAAAUGAGUCUGAUUAUUUGGUAUAGAUCAAGGCAGUGAUAUUUCAUGGCGCCUUUAUCGUCAUGCAGACAAACUGCAGGGAAACAGCAGUCAUUUUAAUCACAUCUAAAAGAAGCUGUGUGAAGAGUCAAGGCACUUUAUUCUCAGCUGAAACAGAAAACUGCCUUUUUUCUUUCUUUUUUGAGCAAAUAGGUAGGAACACACAUGCCGGUACCUUGGGGGAAAGCAACUUGUUUCACAUCAGCUAUGCGUUGCUGCAAAAAUAAAUACAUUUGCACUGAUUUGCAUCAAGCGCAGUAAAACCAUCCAUUGCCUUUCAUUGGUUUUAUAUUUAUAUAUACUGCUAAUUGUGCCAGCUUGUUCUUUGAGUUUUAAAAAGAAUUCACAGUGCUGAGGUUUGGGGUUUUUUUUCUUAACAUCUACAAGAGCUAUGAACUGUAAACACAUCAUCUCAAAGCUGAAACAUUUCUUUUAAAAAGCGAAGAAAAUUUGUUCUGUGACCACAAUUGAAAUGUAGAGAUAUGCGGCCUUUUUAAUGCUAUGUUGCUGAGAAUACGUUGUUAGAAAAUCAUUGGCCUUUUUCAUUUUAAUAAUCUUCAUAAUAAUUUUCUAAUAUUUAAUGGUCAUUUUUCAUCUCCUAGGGAAAAGUAUGGAUGAAAUUAAAAAGCUGCUUCUGCUAGUUUUGGGUUGUGCUGUGCAGGUAAGUUUACUCCUAAUUUAGUACUAUAGUUACAAUUAGUAAACCUAAUGAGCUAAUUACCAGUGCAAGUUAUUAAAUAUCCCAGCCACAUUUGUUUUAUCAUUCCCUCUCUAAUGUUCAGGAUAUGUAAAAAAAGAAGGUGCAGUGCAUUUUCAGUGCUCAAUAAACAAUUAUGUGAUGUGCCUUUUUUUGGUCCUCUUGAUAGUGUGAAAGAAAAGAAGAAUUCAUUGAAAGGAUAAAGCAACUAGAUAUUGAAACUCAGGCUGCAAUAGUUUCUCAUAUUCAAGAGGUAAGAUUCUCAACUCCUUUGUUCCUGUUCUCUUGUGUUCCAGUGGACUUUCCUCUAACUUUUCAUUGAGUUUGUGAGUACAGGGGCAUUCGUAUCAUGGCUUUCUGGCUCAUGAAUGUUUUGCUUUUCCUGUCUGUAUUAGGGCCAUAAAUGGGAAAUGCAAAAGAAAGAUACUCAAAUGGGCAUAAAAACAACAACUGGAGCAACUCUUAAAUAAUAAUGCAGCAUUUGGUCUAUAAUAACACUAUUAUGUGUUAAUGUUAGAGGAUAAAAUAUGUGUAGAUCAUCCUUCUGCAAACUGGUACCUUCCAAACGUUGUCUGUCUAUAGUUCCUAUCAGUCCCAGCCUGCCCAGCUGAUUUAAUAAUCAGUUUAAGGCAGGAGAUAGGAGAUUUAAAAGGGAAAUGGAGAGACUUCUAAAGGUUUUUGCCAUCCUUUGUGAGUCUUCCUCUCCUUCUUUUGAGAUGUCAGUAAGAUUGGGUUUAAAAGGGAAGGCAGAGACUUCGCUUCGCAUGUUGUCCAAAACCAGGAUCACGGUUAAGACCUCGCCUCUUUAACCAUGAUGUGUAGCCAAACUUUAUCCUAUGAUUUAGAUCAUGGUUAAGGAGAACCCUUAACCAUGAUUCUGAAUUUGAAAGACAUAGUGAUCAAACUUUGGCUUAGCUGCCAUGCUGUGCUGUACUAAAAGGACAGGGAAGGAGCAAAGUGGGUGUGAGCUCCUGUCUGGGAAGCCAGCACAUAAACACAGUCCAGAUAACCAAUAGUUUGGCUUGCCAUGAUGUGCGAACCAGGCUAGUGUCUCAAGAAGCUUUUGAAGCUUUUAAUGAUGCUGUAUUAAUGGUUCUCUAAACUGGAAUUAUUCACUUUAAUCCCUGGCGAAUAGGAGGAGGAGGAGGAAGAGGAUGGUUAAGUUUCCGAUUGUCACCAAACUACUUUUCCAAAAUGGUGGAAUGCAAUCUUUUGUGAGGCUAUUGUCCUGCCUCUAGAUAACUAUGAUUUGAAGCAUUUUCUGCAUUCAUUGGAGUUUACAUUUGUGCGGAAGACAACAGUUUGAAUUUCAAGAAGAGUCAUUUGCCAAAGCAAUAUGGUCUCAUAUGAUAUAGGCAAAUAUGAUAUUAGCUAAUGCAGCAAUUAUGGAAUGUGGGUGGCGCUGUGGGUUAAACCACAGAGCCUAGGACUUGCCAAUCAGAAGGUCGGCAGUUUGAAUCCCCAUGACAGGGUGAGCUCCCGUUGCUCAGUCCCUGCUCCUGCCAACCUAGCAGUUCAAAAGCACGUCAAAGUGCAAGUAGAUAAAUAGGUACUGCUCUGGUGGGAAGGUAAACGGCGUUUCCGUGUGCUGCUCUGGUUCGCCAGAAGCGGCUUAGUCAUGCUGGCCACAUGACCCGGAAGCUGUACGCCGGCUCCCUCGGCCAGUAAAGCGAGAUGAGCACCGCAACCCCAGAGUCAGCCACGACUGGACCUAAUGGUCAGGGGUCCCUUUACCUUUACCUUUAAUGCAGCAAUUACUAUGGGAGUCUGUUGGAAUGUGAAUAUUAACUUGCAAUCCUAGCCAUUAUUUACAGGAACUAGUCCUGUUGGACUCAAUGGGACUCAGUGUUUGCAGAAUCAGCCUAAUAGAAUUGCAGAUCUUACUGUGCAGCAGCCUUCUCCAGCCUUGCUGCUCUCCAAAUGUCUUGGACUACAGCUGUCAUCAAAACCAGCCAGCAUGGCCCAAAGGUCGGAGGUGACGGUUGUUUGAGUGAGGCUGCUCUUCAGGCAAAACUCAUGCACAGCUUCCAAAAAAGGGACAAAUCUCCUGCUUUUUUCUUUCUUCAUUUCAGGUAACCCAUAACCAGGAGAAUGUAUUUGACUUGCAGUGGCUAGAGCUCCCAGAUAUGGCUCCAGAAGAACUCGAGUCUCUUUCCAGAAAUAUGGUUUUCCAUCUCAAGAGGCUGAUCGAUGAGAGAGAUGAGUGCACAGAGGUAGGGAUAAUGUAUCUCGAAUUGCUUUUUAUUUAUGUUAAAGACAAUGCAGUUUGUUUGAAGUAUUGUGCUAGACUUUCCUUUCCCUGUUAACCUUUUGCUCUUAUAUUGAUCUCUUCUUUCAAGUACUGGCCGUUUGGGGCCUGUCUUUUUAAAUUAAUAAAUAAAGCCUCUGUUUCUCUCGGCCAUGGUCUUAAUUAACAAUGCAAGUUUUCCACCUGCGUGUUUCCAUAACAUGAAGAGCACAGCUUCCUAGUUAAAAACUCUGCCAGAUGUACUGAAAUCUUUGAUGUUUCUGGUUGGCUCACCUUGUAUCUGAGGUGUUCUACAUAAUAUGCAGAAUGAGGCGAUAAAGUCUUGGACUGUGCCAUUUCAGACUGCAGGUGUGGGCAGGAUCAUAACUUUCGAAUGCUUCCCCAGGUAAAAUUAUCCAGUAAGUCCAAUAAACAGCUCAGGAAAGCCCUGGAUGUUAUCUGUGCAGUACCAGCAAGUGUCGGCUUUCUUUGCUGUAUCAUGAUUAUUGCUUAUUGAUGUUGGGCAUGUGAGAUAAAAUAGCACAUCUGGGAGAAGGGAGUUCUCUCUUUUACAUGCUAGAUUACUGCAGUCAGAGAGCUUUUUGUGUGCAGGACUAUGCAUAAAAUAACAAAACAAAACAGCCUCCAUCUGUAGUCUGAAGCGGCACAGAACACAAUUUUACCACCUUGCUCUGUGUUCUGACUUGCUUCUUGACAAUCAAGUUAUUUUCAUUCGCUCUCUGCACUCUUUGCUCUUGACUUAGCGCCCUAAAAAGCCUUCCUCCUGAUUCUUGCCAAAUACACUUGGGCCAGGCUAGAUGUGAUAGCAGUAGGGCCCAACUUGUAAAUGUGGAUCUGUCCUGAUCACAUCAGGAAUCACGAGAGGGAUGAGAGAGCUGGUUUUAAGAGCAAAAGGACAUGUGGGUGAGUGCUCUCUCUCUCAUCUUGCCUCUCCACAGUCUAGGGACUCAGCUACAUUAGUAAAGAAAAAUAGUUUUAAACGCGUUGUAAUACUGUGACACCAGAUGGCGCUGUGGAGUCCCAUCUUUCGACAACAUGAUUUCCCAUUAUGAGGUUUACAACACUUUUUCGCAAAACGUUUUUUUGAUGUGUCUAGAUCCAGCCUAGCUCUUCCCCUCCCCCUGACACUUUUCAAUUGGGUGCAGUCCUGGUAUCGGAACUCAGUGGAGAGAAAAGAGUGCAGGCGGGAGAUAAGCCGCAAGGUGCCAGUCAGUUCUCUUCUCCCCCACCCCACCCCAAUGUACAUACUUGAGGCAGAUCUACAUUUCAAGUGAUAAAUCUGCAUCUGCUGCAUAUCACUGUAGGUUUGGGUAAGGGAUGACAAGACCCUUUCUCGUACCCAGCUUGGUCUUUUUAUGCUCAAAUAUGGAAUUUUUAGGAAGCAGUGUAAAGGACACUGCCCCCAUGCUGUUGUAAAUGUAUCUCAAUAUUACUUUCUAUACUGUGUUCGUUAGAAGCUGUACAUCAAAUACGAAGCAGUUUACAUUAACAUAAAGGUCUUUAUAAGGAAGUAUCUUAUAUUGUAGUAACUGAAAAGAAGAGAAGGGGCAGAUUUCCCCAGAUCUCAAAAAGAGAUUGGGAUUCGUUAGCCUAGGAAAAAGGCCAAGAAGCCUAAGGACGUAUGACGUUGUUAUAGUUCUCAAAUUGUAUAAUAAGCCAUCUCAACAACCACUUCAAAAAUUUACAGAACUCUGAAUGAAAAAAUAAUUCCAUGUAGGAAUUGGCAAGUACCCUGCACUCUUAGCUCCAGCCGUCGACUGCUGAGAUGUGUAUUUUCAAGACCCACCCUUGUUUUGUGGUUGCGUUUUUUAAUCGUUAAGUUUUCAGACUCCUUUUAAUGUAUUUUAAAUUGCUGUAAGCUGCCCUGAGACCUUAGGGUGAAGGGUGGUUCAUAAGUUAAAAUGCUACUAUUACUACUAAUAAUAACAACUACUACUACAUGGUCCUUGGUGGACCGUGACUUCUGAUCAUUGUGCAUUUGUCUAUUUCACUGGCUGUGCACUCACUUUAGACAAUGUACAGCUUUCUACCAUAUGUGUGCACAGAAAAAGAGGUGUGACAGUUGCAUGGGGACGUAGUGGUCUGCUUUGCACAUCGCAACAAGCCAAAUUAUGGCUUGCCAUGAAUGUGGGGAACCUUUGGCCCCAUUACAUACUUGAUUUCUGUGCUUGUGCAAUUAAAGCUUUCUGUGUCCAAAUCUUCCUAUAAAGUCAUCGACUUUCAUAAAGUGGUCUGAGAUCCUUUUAUGAAUGGAGCUAUGUGCAAGCUGUAUUCUUCACAUGGGUUGUUUUGUUUGCUUGUUCCCAGCUCAUUGUGGAUCUCACUCAGGAGAGAGAUUACCUGCAAUCCCAACAGCCGCCCAGCCCAUUAAAAACUUCCAGCCCAGCCUCUUCGCCAAACCCAGCCAGCCGCCUCUCCAAUGAGGACAAACAGCAUCUGUCUGUGGAGCUGGCAGACACAAAGGCUAAACUAAGGAGGAUCAGGCAGGAGCUGUAAGUACUGACACUAAGCCCCUGGAGCUGCUGGAGAACUAUUGGCCUCUUGGUGUCCUUUGAUAACACAGAACUGCAUGCACAGUGUGUAGCAUUUAGCUUCAGUGUACAGUGGUACCUCGGGUUACAGACACUUCAGGUUACAGACACUUCAGGUUACAGACUCUGCUAACCCUGAAAUAGUACCUCGAGUUAAGAACUUUGCUUCAGGAUGAGAACAGAAAUCGUGUUCUGGUGGCGCGAUGGCAGCGGGAGGCCCCAUUAGGUAGAGUGGUGCUUCAGGUUAAGAACAGUUUCAGGUUAAGAACGGACCUCCAGAACGAAUUAAGUUCUUAACCCGAGGUACCACUGUAUUGAUCAGUACUGGUAAGUCCUACAUUUAGCUGUGCUUACAGAACAGGGUUCUCAGUCUCCCCUGCUGCCUUCCUGAAGAAAGCAAUUUGGGGUUCAUUUGUUUUCCACAACACAUGCCUGCUUUUGCACACUUGCUCAUCAACCCACUACAUUUUCUUACCUUCGCACAGUCUGCAUUCUUAAAAAUGUAUAUACCAGGGUUUCCCAAACUUGGAUUUCCUGCUGUUUUUGUACUACAACUCCCAUCUUCCCUAACUAGCAGGACCCCUCCUCAGGGAUGAUGGGAAUUGUAGUACAAAAACUGCUGGAGACCCAAGUUUGGGAAACCCUGGUAUAUAGAGAAAAGAAGACGGAAAGUGGUGGAAGUUGUCGCUGUAAAUAUUUGAAUGAUCACGUGACACAGAUAGAUGGCAAGGCGGCUUUUCCUGCCUUUAUAUGCUUCAGGGCAGAAGGCCACAUCUCACUUGACAUGGCUGCUGCCAGAAGCUGCAUUAUCUUGCCACACCUGCAUCCCCCAACCCUCACUAGCAACAGGCCAUGACGCUGAGUCCUAACUACUCAUGUGCUAACAAAGAUGCACGUCUUUAUUCAUGGUCCUGCUGUUUCCCUGUGUGCAGUUUUAGCAGGACCAGCCCAAUACAUUUUGCUGGCUGGGGCAAAGGACGAUUUGGCACCCCACGCCCACUUCAGUUCAUGUACGGAAUCUGGCAACACUGGGCUGAGCCUUAUUUUGACACUAGCAAUGGGGCAGCAGCUUCAACUGCACUUGAAGGCAGCUGGUUAGCUUGGGGUGGAGGGGCAUACCAGGCUAUGUGCAGCACACAGCUCUUUCCUCUCCUCCCCUUGGCACCUGCAGCCUGAGCCAGCUGCCCCCUCUGCCUAAUGGUAGAGAUGGCACUGAGUUCUUUAAAAAAAGCACCAUGAAGAUAUAACACCAGAUAGCCUUAUUUUGCCUUGACUCUUUUUCUUUUCUUUUUCUGUUUUUACUUACCCCUUCCCAUGUGUCAGUGUUACUGUUGCUUCUCUUUAUUUUUUGAUGUAUACAUUUUUUUUGUUGUUCUUGGUUGGUAAUGGAUAAACCGGAAAAUUAAAUGACUUUUUAAAAAUACUGUAAUUUGAAACUGCUUUUUAGUGGUAUGUGGUGCUUGCUAAAUUUGGUAAAUUAGCAACAAGAGAACUUGAAUCGUACCACAUUUCUCAUCUAGGCCUAGAUAGGGGAUAUUCACAGUGCAUUAAGGGUUCUUGGGACUAAUGUGGCAAGAUGUUAACCAACUUUUAUGAACUCUUCAGGGAAGAAAAAUCGGAGCAACUUGUUGACACUAGACAUGAAGUAGAUCAGCUAGUCCUGGAACUGCAGAAAAUAAAGCAAGAGGUAAGGAAAUUAUGCAGAAGUGCUAUUCAGUUCAGAGGUGGGGAACCUUUUUUCAGCCAAAGAGCCGCAUUCCUUUGUGAGAACCACAUGCCUGUGGUGGGUGGGGCCAGAGGCAAAAGUGGGUGGAGCAAUGGAAUGUGGCUACAUUCCAGCCAUACAAGGUCGAAUCCCCACGACAGGGUGAGCUCCCGUUGCUCUGUCCCAGCUCCUGCCAACCUAGCAGUUCAAAAGCAUAGCAGUGCAAGUAGAUAAAUAGGUACUGCUGUGGCAGGAAGGUAAACGGUGUUUCCGUGUGCUCUGGUUCCCAUCCUGGUGUUCUGUUACACCAGAAGCAGUUUAGUCAUGCUGGCCACAUGACCCGGAAAGCUGUCUGUGGUCAAACGCCAGCUCCCUCGGCCUGAAGAGCAAGAUGAGCACCGCACCCCAUAGUUGCCUUUGACGAGACUUAACUGUCCAGGGGUCCUUAACCCUUUACCUUACCUAGUCCAAACCCCUGCGAUGCAAGAAUCUCACCUAAAGCAUCCAUGACUGAUGACCAUUCCACCCCGCUUAAAAACCUCAAAUGAAGGAGAAUCCAUGGUUUUCCAAGGGAGUCUGUACCGCUGUUGAACAACUAUUACCUAAAUGCCGCUCUUAAAUUCUUUUGGCCUAUUUCUAUUAAGUAUGCAAGCAUUCGUGUUACUCAGAACUUAAGCAGAUAGUUUUACCUGAAGCAUAGAAUGCCAAAAGUUAACUGGCAGAGGAUGUGGUGGACAAAGCAGUUGCUUAAAUGACUACAAAGGAAUGAAACAGAUUCAUGGAGGAGAAGUCUGUUAGUGACUCUUAGUCAUGUUAGCUACAUAGAAACUCCAUGUUCAGAACCGUAUGCUCAAGAUUUCCCGUUGCUGUGGAACGGUGGUGGCAGAGGACUAUGAACUUUGUGAUACUGUUCUAUUAUUUUUAUGUUGUAUAUUUGGAUAUCACUUAUGGUAUAUGUUUUUUAAAAUAUCAAGCAACCUAGAAAUGCUUUAAAAUAAAUAAUGUAAUAAACAGGAAGUAUGCUUUUCCCCGCAGGGGUGGCACCCAUCCAUUGCAAUACCCUCCCGCUUUUUUAUGGCUUUGGCAUUUUCUUAUGGUGGUUUAGUGCAUUUCAUGGAGUUCUUUUCAUUAUAUGUAUAUUUUAGUACUGCAAGCCAUUUUUUAGGGGAGGUGGACAUGGGGGACGGGAGCGGGACAAGUUUCUACAUAAACAGAUAAAAUGAGUGUCCAUCAUUAAAGUGUUUUAAAACUUUGCUGUGCUAGUUUCCCCCCCUUUUUUUGGUUUUUGUUUUAACUCAGAACAUUAACCUCAUGGCAGAUGCCCGCUCUGCUCGGGCCUAUAGAGAUGAACUGGAUUCCUUAAGAGAAAAAGCAAACAGAGUGGAGAGGCUUGAAAUGGAGCUGGUCCGGUGUAAAGAGAAACUGCACGAUGUGGAUUUCUACAAAGCACGGAUGGAGGCAAGUCAGGUUUUUAACCAGGAGUUUAUGUAUUUAGAUAUAUUUUAAAAAUGUAUAGUGGUACCUCAGGUUAAGAACUUAAUUCGUUCUGGAGGUCUGUUCUUAACCUGAAACUGUUCUUAACCUGAAGCGCCACUUUAGCUAAUGGGGCCUCCUGCUGCCGCUGCACGAUUUGUGUUCUCAUCCUGAAGCAAAGUUCUUAACCCGAGGUACUAUUUCUGGGUUAGCGGAGUCUGUAACCUGAAGCGUAUGUAACCUGAGGUACCACUUAAUAUAAUAAACGAUCUCAAAAAUAUGUAAUAAAGGUGCAUUCUGUUUCCCUCAAUGGUCAGCCAAAUGCCUACAGGAAGCCCACAAGCAGGUCCAACGUGCAAUGCCUUCUCCUGCUCACCAUCCCCAACAGCUGGUAUGCCUCUCCUUCAACCCCAGUAUGUGCCUCACCCUUGAAAUGGUCCCUAGGAAAACAUGGCGGCAAAUAGCAUUAGGGAGGAGUGAGUCCUCUGCCAGCCUGCUCAAACUACACCCCCAGUUGCUGCCUCUUCUACUCCACAGCAUGUUCCGACAAGCAGGAAGAACUGAGGGGACAAGAUGGCAGAGUCAUCGCUCUAGCCAUCGCUUCAGCCCAGGGUUGCCUCCCCUUAAAGCUGCAGAAAUCUUAAAUCUCCCUUGUCUCCAUAUGACUGCCUAUACCAGCCUGACAGCAGAGGACAUUUACGUUUGUGUUUUCACGGGUAAUAGUUGGAAUUGUGAGGCAUUAGUGUUGAGCCUGUCAGAAUUCGAGGGUGCUUCUCUCACCUGUAGAAAAGUCUGUGGCCCUCACUCCUCUUCAUAAAAUUGAAUGCUAAAGGAGCGUGUUUCUCUCAAAACAGUGCUAUGCUUCAGCCCAUGAGCGCUGCUUUUGCCAUCCAUUGUUGCUUCAUUUUGAGAAAGUAACUGAGUGUUGUUUUAAUUUGACAAGCCUUCCAGGAAGCAGCAAGGUGCAUGUGGUCUGUAGGCUGCCCUGCUGUGUAAUCCCAAUGUAGUGUGUGUUAACAAUGCACAAAAGAGCAGUGUUAGUGCAUUUCCUCUGAGGAGGAGAUUCCAGCCCGUCAUAAAUAUGCCCUGACAUUCCUCUGCAUUGAGUACCAUGCUGCUCCUGGAGACUGGAUUCUUUCAGAAGCUAGGGAAUCUCUGCUUGAGUCCCCUGCUGCAAACACCAGUCAAGAUUCCCCAGAAGAAAAUGAGAAGUGAGUGGAAUAAAAAUGAAUACCAGUAUGCAGUUUUUAAAAAUGCACACAGAGAGUGGUGUUUUAAUACUAAACUGUAAUAUUCAGACACACACACCCCAUCUCCCAAGCUAUGAAGUCAUCUGUGCAGUUGUUUUAGUUAGUUACCAAAGAAAUUGUGAUUAAUGGCUUUUUUGUUAAUUAAAGUAGAGAAUAAAUCUCUAGGCAGGCAUUGUUUGUCUUUUAUUGCUUACCUAACACAAAUAUGAUUUGCAGCUAAGUGCCCGUUGAGGUCAAUGCCACAGGGGACAUUUUCCAGGCUCUGACUUGCAGCUUUAUAGUUUUGUGGAGUAAUUAUUUCAAUUAAAAUGUUGCUUGGAGGCAUAGUUUGAACAAUGGUUUCACUGUGUGAACUGCGGCCGAGUCAGCUUUAAACUAUGCUUUAUUAAGCUGGCUUGUUGCAAUCAGCUGUAGUUAGGAUUAAGCACAGUUUAGGUUUAUAUUAACUUCUGACAUGAUAAACCAUGGUGCAUCAUGUCAAGAAUAAGGCACAUCAAACCUCAGGCUCAUGCUUUCACCUUCCUUUUUAUCAUACUGGAGGGGGGGGGCAUGAGCCCAAGACUUGCUGUGACUUUCUUGACACAGUAAACCAUGAUUUAUUACCAUGAUGUCCAAGCUGACCUAUUGAUUUGACCAACCAUUAAACCUUCAACACAUUCACUGAUUCCUUUCAGAACUAAUUAAGGAUUAGAUAUGUGCUGUUCUUUCAAGUACUUUCACCUGUUUAAUACUAUGUAAAACAAGUAUCAGACUGCAGCUCUGUGCAGACUUACUUGGGAGUAAGGCCCAUUGAACUUUCUUCCAAGUACGUGUGUUUAGGGUUACGCUGCAAAUACAGAGCUAAAUAUUGCACUACAGCCUCAUGUAAGCUUAGGCUGACCUGCCUCCUUGUUGCAAAGUUCCCUUAAAAGAGGUUCUAAACACAUGUUGACAUUGCAAAGACGAGUCUGAAGGGAAGCAGAGCAUUUCUGUAAUAUAUUUGAGCAGGGAAAGCAACCUGCGGGCCUCUGUCCCUUCCUCACAGCAAAGCCUCUCCUCCUAAGGGCACCAAGCUAUUGCAUAUGGCUGCUGUAUAACAUAUAUUUUGGUGCUAAGUCAUGGUAGUUGUUUUGUCUUCAUCUUUCUCAUGAAAAUGAGAUGGAAGGAUUUUAAUAUUGGUUCAUUCUUUUGAAGGAUGCCAGUUAACUUUAGCAUUUCAUUUGUUAUCUAGUUAAUGGCUUUAACAUAUUUAUUUUUGCUGAUCUGAGUAAAUUUCCUGCUCUGCAAGUUAUUUCUGUCUUUCUACAAUUUCCAUAUCAAAAGUGGCCUGGUCUUGUGAUUCUCGAAAGUCAAACUUCUGCUAGGAAAACAAAAGUAUUUUAAUUCAAGAAUGAUGUUGCCGCACACGAAGAUUAAAUUUCAGUACAUUAAAAUUACCUGCCAUUUGAAAUCUCAAUGAAACCAUCCUUUACUUUGUGAAUUUGCCAUUUUCAGGAGCUUAGAGAAGACAACAUCAUAUUAAUGGAAACAAAGACAAUGCUGGAAGAGCAGCUGAUGAUCGCAAGAGCUCGUGGUGAUAAAUUGCAUGAAGCUGAAAAGGAAAACUUGCAGCUGAAAUCCAAGCUUCAUGACAUAGAGCUGGUAUGGUUAUCAACGGGAAUUUUCUUUUAAAAACUAAUUAUUAUCAUUUUUGAGUGAGAGCUACGAUAAUACACGUCUUUCCUCCAGAAUGAAAUGCCCAGUUCUUCAGCCCUGAGGGCCAAAUAUUCUCCCGCCAAUGAUAUCAUGGUCAUGCUGGGGAUUCUCCCCGUGAUCAGUUUGGCUGGAGAGACUAUAGCUCCCCACAUGCAGCAGGAUGAAAAAAUUGCCCAUCGUUGUCUUUAGUACAUAGCAGCCUUUGUUAGGUAUAAAUGCUAAGUCUCCAAGCUGGAUUAUUGUUAUGUCUUUCUGUGUUGCCCCUUCUCCACUAGGACAGGGAUACGGACAAGAAGAGGAUUGAGGAGCUGCUGGAAGAGAAUAUGGUGCUGGAAAUUGCACAGAAGCAAAGCAUGAAUGAGUCUGCCCACCUGGGCAGGGAACUGGAGCAGCUGUCAAAGAGCACAGAUCUCUCUGAUAGUAAGUGACAUGGGGUGGUUUGGCACAUUGCUGCCGGCCCAUUUUUUGUUUUUAUUCUGGUUUAGAUACACAUAAUGGAGGCUUCCCCAGUCUCUGUUUGUAUCUAGGUCCUCUCUCAUACAUCUUUUCCUUUUCAAUAUUUUUUUUAAAAAAAACCAGGCCAUCUCUGGCAUUGGGCAAGGUGAAGCAGCUUCCCCCAGGUGGCAAAUUCUGAGCUUCUGUAAAGACUAGCUAAUUGGCAAUUAUGAUGCUCAUUAUCUUUUACCAGCUUGGGUGAGGCACUAUUUGAAUCUUCUGCCUUGAGCACCAAAACAUAUCAGGCCAUGUCUGCUUGAAAGGGCGACCAGAAGCACACCUUACAGUGUCUUGCCAGUUUUUCAGCAUUUUACAGUAACACAUCUUGCUGCUGGCAGAAGCACUGACUAUUUAAUUAAUAACUUUCUGAAUGAUGGAUCUUCUUGGAUGAUGGCCUAAUAGAAAUGCCUCUGGUUCUGUAGGUAGCCAGAUGCAAACAUCUGUGCGUGAUUUAUAAAGCAGUUAAUUUCAGGUGCUGUUAAUAUAAUAUUAAAUGGGGGAAUCUGUUCUUUUAUACCCAUAGUUUCUCACUAGCUUUCUCUUCUGCUAGUGAUCCAGUGGGCUGAUUACAUAUGUAAUGCUGAUUCCCUUGAAACCACUGUGCAUAAAUUUUGUUAAAUAACAAUUAUCUAAGGAGGUAAUGAGCCAUUGGGAGGGUGUGCCCCCACCUGAGGCGAUUCUUCUGCUGUGAAAUUUCCCAACGUUUGAGACAAAAUGAUUGUGGAUGUUAUUACUGUGAAAUUCCUUUGAGAUACUUUAUUGGAUUGUGAUUCAUAAAUGGAAUUUUAAAGGCAAAUAAAAUAGUGAGUCAAUAAUGCUGCAUAAAGAUAUACAUGAUCACCAGUAUCCUUAAUAACAAAUCAUAGUAAAUAGUAAUAUGUAUCUUGCUAGGAUUUAUUUGUUUUUAAGGAUAUUGAUGACAAUGUGUUUGACUUAAAAAUAUAUUAAAGGAAUAAUUAUCUUCCUUUAAAUCAAUUCCAUUUAAAUUACAUCUUCUGUACUCAGCUGAUCAGUUGGUUAUAGUAAUCAAUUAAAAAACUGUUUUUAUGAAUGAAAAGAUGAAAUAAUUUUGCAUGGUGUUUUAGAAUGAAAGGGCACAUAAUUCUCAGAAGUGAUAGAGCUCAUCUUUUGAGGAGAAGGUGCUUCUCCUUUCCCCUCUUGUUUUUAAAGAGUUGAGUAUUGAUACAAGUCAGCUGAUUACACAUGGGGUUAAUCCUGGAUAUAGAUGCAGGCGUACAAAUGUGCUACAGUCUUGUAUUCUGAAUGUUAUAUUUCAACAGCAAGGAAGUCUUUUGUCUUUGAACUGAACGAAUGUGCAUCAAGUCGCAUCUUGAAGCUCGAAAAGGAUAACCAGAGUCUGCAAAAUAUUAUCCAAGAGCUCAGGGAUGCAUCGGUAACCUCUGAAGAGAGUAGCCUUAAAUUUGUGGAGCUACAAAAUGAGAACCAGCAGCUUGGCCAAAAGGUAAUUAACAAAACAUUAACUGAGCGUACCAGGGGCUGUUUGCCACCUUCUCCUUUUUUGUUCUUAAAGGGAUUGGUAUUGAUCCAUUCUCUCAUAGCAAGAUUAUUCAUUUUCCCUGCUAGGAAACCCAGUACGGUGCUAGUGUGAGCAAGGAAAGAGUCUUAUCUUGGACCUUGAAGAGCAGCUGCCAAUCAGAGAAGACAUUAUCAGACAAGGUGGAUUAGUAGUCCUGACUUGGUUUAAGGGAGUUUCAUUCAUGUUCGCACGAGUAGCACAAAACUCUCCGCUAGAUAGAUGUACAGUAUUUAAGACGUUAUGGGGCUGAUGAUGAAUCCUUGAUAGUCUCUGGCUGGUAAGGUAAAGGGGUAAAGGGGCCCCUGACCAUUAGGUCCAGUCAUCACCGACUCUGGGGUUACGGCGCUCAUCUCGCUUUAUUGGCCGAGGGUGGCAUACAGCUUCUGGGUCAUGUGGCCAGCAUGAUUAAGCCGCUUCUGGCGAACCAGAGCAACACACGGAAACGCCGUUUACCUUCCCGCCGGAAGGUAAUCUACUUGCACUUUGAUGUGCUUUCGAACUGCUAGGUUGGCAGGAGCUCUGGCUGGUAGCUCUUGACAAUUUAACUUUCAUUAAUUCACUUAAGCCUUCACUAUAUGUCAGAGUUACAAACAAACCAUGGGUAUCGAGCCAAAUUGCUUUAAUUUUUCAACCCCAGUGUCUUCGAGAAGAAGCAAGCAGAUUAAACAGACAUUUCCAUUGAAUUUCUGGUCUCCCCAGUGGAAGAAUCUUGUUAUUGCAGUUAUUGCCACAACGGAUUUAUAUUCCAGCCUUUGGCAAAACAUCCCCCAGGGAGCCACUUCUAGAUGUUAAAUGAUCUUCUCUACAUACAAGGCAGGGCUGCUUUAUCUAGACAUUUCCUGCAAUAGUGGCUGAUACACAUUUGUAAUCUGCCAUCCCUUUGCCAAUUUCUUUUCUAUAACUGAGGGCUUCCCCUAGGCAUCUGUCUGGCUGCUGUGCAAACAAGAUGCUGGAUGAGCCACUGGCCUGAUCCAUCUAUCCGGCUGUUCUCAUGUUAGUCCAAGUCCAUUGGAGACAUCCAGACCUCUGUUCAGAUGGAGUAGAGAGAUUUUGUAUAAAACAUAAAAUCAUCUGAGGUUGACUCACCAGCUACAUUCAAACUUCACACUGAACUGUAGUUUAGUAGUUUGAUAUGAACAAGGCUCAUAUACUCUGCGUGGCCAUGAGAAGACAAGAAGCUUCCUCUUCCAUUUUUAACUGCAGUUUAGCAUUAGCAUCUAUUCUAUCUGUAAGCUGCCUUCAGUCCCUGUCUGGGGAAAAGACAGGAUAUAAAUCAAUAUAACAACAACAACAAUGUCCAAACCUAGACAAGCUGUGGUUAAUCAUAAGGAUGGUUUACUAAAACAAGUCUAUUUCAAACCAUGAUUUAUGAAAUUUGCUUGUUUCGGUAACUUCUAAUUAUGACCAGCAGUGGUUUAGGCAUAAUGCUAAACUGUGGAUAAUUGAUACAAAAGCAAAAAACUUCUGCUCUCCUCUUGCUGAGCCAGGGGAGGUGAGAGCACAUGAGCCAACAGCUUCUUCAUGUAACCACAUUAAGUCCAAACGUAGCCAUUAGCAGGGAAAAGGGGGAAAUGCUUUCAUUGCGUAGAGAUUACCUAAAUUAGCCAGAAGCUUGGCCAACCAUACCAGAUGGCAGCAGCUGUUUCCAGUGCUUAACAUUUUGCAUCCACAGACCUCUUCCUUAAAGAAUUCUGCUGGAUAUUCUACAGGACAAAAUCAAUUUAUUUUAAUUAUCCUAAAGGCUAUGGGUCCAAUGUGUUGAGAUAUUCCAGAACCUGGUCAGGCUGUAGUGAAUAUAAAAAAUAAUCCAUUUGUAAGGCUGAGUAGUUAUUUUGCCAGACAAAGCAGGUGGUGUUUGUUAUGUUGAUGCUGGAGUGAGCUGGUAAUGUUGGAUUGGCAAUUGGCUGGAUUAGAAUCAGAAAAAUUGGGGGGGGGGGGUUUCCUAUCUCUCUCUCCCCAUCCCAGUUUAUUUUAAUUUUACAUUAAUUAAUUGGAGAGGAUGGGGAGCAUUAGAAAAGAUGCAUUUUAAUUAAAACAUUAACAGCAGAAUUGUAUAAAAUGAACGAGAGCUUACUCUUUUAAAGCCCUUUGAGCAGGGGUUUCCAAUCUGUGGUCUUGUGGUCUGUGAGCUUCAUUCAGAUGGUCCCCACCAUGCCUGUGAAAUUGUGAAUGAAGAUAGGCAAGGGCACACCUAUCUCCUUAAAUAUUUGUAUUGAUUUUUAAUUGUUUUUACUGCUUCUUUUAUUGUAUUUUAUUGUUUUACAAUUUGCUUUCUAUGGAAUUACAGUUGAUACAACAGGCAAGACAUCAUUGUGUGGUCCACCAAGAUCUUCAACAAGUGCCUAUGGCAGGAGGUGGGGGAGUUUAGGGAACCCCUUGCCUCACAGUUAGAUAGAACAUUCUGUCACAGAAACCCUUCUUUACUUAUGCCAAUACCAUUGCAACAUUGCCUGGACUUCUUCUGCUACUUUAGCAGUGUGGGGAUGAGCUGGACCAUCCGAGUUCCCACAUGGCUGCCUUAAUAUGACAAAAGGGGGGCUACAGUUGUGCCGUCUAGAUUGUGUCCAGAGUAGAGGUGUAGAAUUUCUGGAAAUUUUGAAACCAUGGGAGGGUAAACAUGUUUUGUUUUGCUUUUAAAUCAGCUGUUGCUGUCGUGGAAAUAUAAAAACUGAAGGUUUGCCCUGAUUGAAACAAGCUUCUCUACCCUUUCACAAGCAAAGGAACCACUUCUUCCUUCUCUCGUGAGAAUGGCAAAAAUGCAUCUUGCUUGUGUUUGAGAGUUUCCAUCUCAGUUUUUUGGGUGAGGACUUGCCUGUCCUCAGUGUAACUGUAAAGGAAUUAAUUGUAAUCAUCGGACACUGUAUAUAGUCUUACAUAACAGUCUUCCUGUUACAUAGUUUUUAAGUAACAUUUUGAGGGAUAAUAAUAAUAAUAAUAAUAAUAAUAAUAUAUUUAUACCCCGCCCAUCUGGCUGAGUUUCCCCAGCCAUUCUGGGUGGCUCCCAACAGAAUUAAUGAUGAUAAUAAUAAUAAAAGAUAAAACAUCAGACAUUAAAAACUUCCCUAAACAGGGCUGCCUUCAGAUGUCUUCUAAAAGUCAGUUGUUUAUUUCCUUGACAUCUGAUGGGAGGACAUUCCACAGGGUGGGUGCCACUACCGAGAAGGCCCUCUGCGUGGUUCCCUCACUUAUCAAAGUGAGGGAACUGCCAGAAGGCCCUCGGCGCUGGACCUCAGUAUCCGGGCUGAACAAUGGGGGUGGAGAUGCUCCUUCAGGUAUACUGGGUCGAGGCUAUUUGGGACUUUAAAGGACAUCACCAACACUUUUAAUUGUGCUCAGAAACACACUGGGAGACAAUGUAGGUCUUUCAUUUUGUUUUGAACAUUUCAUUCACCAUUCUGAAAGAAAAUAUUCCAUAAUACAAAAAAAUUUCAAGGGGGGAGGGGAAAGGCUUGGGGAAAAAACUGUUUUUUUCUGGGUCUCCAGAUCUCCACACCAGAGCACUGAAUGGGGAACUCUGCUAAGGCAGUGACACAUUUGAGGCCUACCCCUUCUGUCCCUGAGAACUUGUGAUACAGUUCAAAGAGCUGCAAUUUUUCAAUAAGAGCAGACCCAAGAAUCCUGGUGCACACAAAAUGGGUAUUUUUGUCCAUUGUCCAUUGGAUAAUCCUGGUUUCUGUAUAUAACAUGUAACUUGGCUGAUAGGGAUGAAAACAUCUAGUUUGGGGCAUGACAGACACUUAAAGGUUAAAACAAUUUCAGUUUCCAGCACUGAAGUUCUACUGCAAACUGAAGUGAGACAUUCAGCAACCUUGCAGAAGUAAAAGGUUGCGUUGUUUAUAAAUACAGAGAUAGAGACCCAGUUUGUCGAAACUUGUUGCUUUAAAAAAAGUACCGUUGAGUGGACAAAUGUGCAAGUAUUUACAUUCUCAUAAUGUCUUUGCAUGUGAACAAUGUUUGUUCAGGCUUGCAUAUGAUAUAUUGUGGUAAUUUUCUCCCAUGCAGAUUGAAAAGCUGCAGAACCAGAUUGAACGGGAGAAGCAAAGUAAUCAAGACUUGGAAGCUUUAAGCGAGGAGCUGCUAAAGGAGAAGGAACAGCUUCAGGGCAAGAUGGAGACCUUGAAAGCUGACAAAGAGAGACAGGUGCUUGCAGAUGUAACCCAGAGGCAUGUUUGCUUGGUUGGUUGACUGGUUGGUUAUUUAGAAAGACUUCUUGGCCCACAAAUAUAAAAAGGCACCAAAACUUCUUCCUGCCAGGAAAUUAGGGCUCCGCAGGAUCAAAGCAUGAAGCAUUUCAACUUAUCCAUCACAGUCCACAUGGGUGUCUCCACACCUUCAGGUCACCUUGACUUGCCAGUUUAGAGGGAGUGUCAAGAGGAAGUAACUCAAUUUUCAUACUGCCAGAAGCAAAAUUGAGUUGCAUAAGCAGUUGUGUAUGGAUCAAAUUUAUAAAAAUGCUGAAAGAAUUGCAUCACCUUUGCUGCUGUUCUGAAUAGCUUCAAGAAUUCAUUGAAACAACGAAAACUGCCUUAUACCUUAUAUUGAUCCAUCUAACUCAGUUUUGCCUACCCUGACUCCCAUAACAGUCCACAGGAACUCUCUUGCAAAGUGACAAAACCGAAAUCCUAGGUAUACCUAAGUAAACAACUCCCAUUGUGCUUGCUUAAUCGCAUCGUCUGUUUGAGUAGCGUAAGUAUUUGGGCAGAAUAAGGAGUAAACACAACUCAGUUCAAGGUGGUGUGGAAAUUUCCACAGAAAACCGAAACACUCUGCUUCCCCAAGGUAGAUUGGGAUAUCCCAGACAGAUAUCUCAGGCCAUCUCCUCCACAACUUUAAUCCUGCAUUGGGAAUGUCUUGAUGCUGCCACUGCCAUGCUCUGGCACCCAGGGACCUCAUAGCACCUCCAGCCAAACCUAAAAUGUUUGGCCUACAGUACUCGUCACAGAGGUGCUAACUCCUUGCUAGCAGGACAGCGUGUCCAUAGUGCUAUGAGAUUUAUUUUUAUUUACUUAUUGAAUUUAUAUACCACCCUAUACCUGGAGGUCUCAGGGCAAUUGAAAUGACACAAAACAGAGCAAAAAGAUUAUUGAACCAGGUGUACAGUAUUUAUACUCAAGUAUGGGUGGCAUUGUGGUCUAAACCACGGAGCCUAGGGCUUGCUGAUCAGAAGGUCGGCGGUUUGAAUCCCCGCGAUGGGGUGAGCUCCCAUUGCUCGGUCCCAGCUCCUGCCAACCCAGCAGUUCAAAACCAUGUCAAAGUAUAAGUAGAUAAAUAGGUACCACUCCAGCGGGAAGGUAAACGGUGUUUCCGUGUGCUGCUCUGGUUCGCCAGAAGCGGCUUAGUCAUCCUGGCCACAUGACCCGGAAGCUGUCUGCGGACAAACACCGGCUCCCUCGGCCAGUAAAGUGAGAUGAGCGCCGCAACCCCAGUCAUUCGCAACUGGACUUCACGGUCAGGGGUCCCUUUACCUUUACCUUUGACUUCUUGAAAUAAUGCAACUUCAUCAUGCAUCUCAUCUGUUUGGUCUAGGUUGUGUUUCUUGAAAGGUGAAUUCCCAAGGGCUUGUUUGCAGCUUUCUGGUACUGAAUGCAUGGGAAGGUACCAUUACGUUCUUGUCCUUCUUGUGGACUUCACUUAGACAUCUUAUUAGCUACUGGGGGAGCAGAAUGCGAGACUACUUGAGCUUUGGGUUGGAUGCAGCAGGGCUUUUUGUGUUUGCCUAAUACACCAUCUUUUUUUGUUUCUGAAUGUAGAUAAAAGACCUAGAAAAGGAAACGGACCAUCUCAAUCAAGUGGUUUUGUCCCUGAGGCAGAGGUCUCAGGUCAGUAGUGAGGCCAGAGUGAAAGACAUUGAAGUGGAAAACAAAGUACUCCAUGAAACGGUUACAGAGACCAGUAGCAAGCUCAGCAAGCUGGAGUUUGAGAAGAAGCAACUGCAGAAGGACUUUGAGCAGGUUAAAGAAAAGGUGGAAAGAGUAGAGGAAAUGGACAAGGAGCUUCAUCGACUAGAGAGGGAGAACGAGCAGCUCACAAAGAAAGUUGCUGCCAUGAAGAUCACUACGGAGAAAGUUGAGGUUCUUGAGGAACAAAAUGGGAACUUGGAAGUGGAGAACAGGAAGCUGAAAAAAUCCCUGGACACCUUGCACAAUGUUUCUGUCCGGCUAGAAAGCCUAGAAAAGGACAACAAGGAGCUAGAUGAAGAGAACCUGGAACUCAGGAGAAUGGUGGAGACAAUGAAGUUUGCCAGCGCAAAAAUGGCCCAGAUAGAAGCAGAAAAUAAAGAACUGGAAAGAGAGAAAGAAGAGCUCAGGAAAAAUGUAGAGAUGUUAAAGAUUCUGAUCAAGAAAUCGGAACGGCUGGAGCUGAGUUACCAGAGUGUGAACACCGAGAACCAAAGACUUCAGCAGAUUAUAGAGAACAGCAGCAAGAAAAUCCAGCAGUUGGAGAAGGAACUGGAAGGCACUGAAAGUGAGAACCAAACCCUCCAGAAAAAUUUAGAGGAGCUGAAGAUCUCAAAUAAGCGGUUGGAGUGGCUGGAGAAGGAGAAGAAACUGUUGGAGCAAGAAGUGUCCCAGCUGGAUAAAGACAAGAAGAUACUGGAGAAGGAGACAAAAAGACUUUGGCAACAGGUGGAGCUGAAAGAUGCUAAUUUGGACGAGAACACUGCAGAACUGGCAGCAAUGGAGAAGGAAAAGAGAACACUAGAAAGAGAACUGGCUAGGUCCAGAGACUUGUCUCAUAAGAUGAAAGAAUUUGAAAAGGACAAUAAAGAUCUCCUAAAGCAACUUGCCAUUGACAAGAGAACACUAGCUACAUUGAGAGAGGUGAGUACAUGUAACAUUAGUGUCUUUGUCCGAAGUGUGCAUUUUAGCAUGUAGCAUAUUAGAACGUUUUAUACAGGGUGAGUCCUUUAAAAGGGGUCCCAUGGAUACAGAGUACAGUGGUACCUCGGCUUACAUACGCUUCAGGUUACAGACUCUGCUAACCCAGAAAUAUUACCUCGGGUUAAGAACUUUGUUUCAGGAUGAGAACAGAAAUCGUGCUCCGGCGGCGUGGCAGCAGCAGGAGGCCCCAUUAGCUAAAAUGGUGCUUCAGGUUAAGAACAGUUUCAGGUUAAGAACGGACCUCCGGAACGAAUUAAGUACUUAACCUGAGGUACCACUGUACACAUAUUCCAUGGGGCCUCUUUUAAAAGACUCACCCUGUAUAUAACGUAUAUCCAAUGCAACUGAGGGAAUUAGGGGGACACUAUGUGGCCAUUUGGAGCAUAACAUCUUGUCAUGGCCCAGAGAGGGGGCUGAAUUCUCAUUACCAUUUCUGUUGACCUCAGGCUUGUUGGAGCCACUUUUCAAAUUUUUUUACUAGAACCCCAAGGUCUGCCAACCAGAGCCGGGUAGAAAAGGCAUUAGACAACCCAAAAUAAUUGAAGAGCACCGUGACCCCUAGAAACUUGUUAUCUGCAACUGAGCUGAGCUGAGCUUAUAGUCCUUUCCCCCCAGUGUCUACUUUGGUUAGCUUUCUUCAUUGCAGCAGCCUAAUGUAAAUGAACAAAGUUCAUUUGUUGUUGUUCAUUUUUGAACUAAUGGAAGUUCAGAUCCUGAUCUGCCUUCUCCUCACCCCCACUAUAGGUGAUGUGCACUCUCCUCUGUGAUCCACAAUUUAGAUUUUGUAGAGUUAUUAGUAAAUCACUGCCUAGUGCCGACCUGAUUUCUGAAUCACAGAAGAGAGAGUCAUAUUUCGCAGGCAGGUUGUGAUUUCAAGAACACAGAACAUCGAAGUCGUAAAUCCUCAGCAAAGGCUUCUUCACAAAUUAAGGCCUGGUUCACACAGUUAAAAUAGGCUGGUUCCAGAGUGACUUUGCUCAAACACCUGCUAGGAUAUUAAGCCAAGUUAAACAUGAGCCUUUGGCUUGUACACAGAGCCUCUUUGAUUCCUCUUGUACUGUGGCCCACAAUUGAACUGGGAAGUUCCCAGUUAUCCAUAUCUGUUUGUUUCAUCCAAACUGACAAAUUUUAGAACAAGCCAAGAUACCAAACCAUACUUCAGAGUUCUUAUUAUAUCAACUGUUUCUGAAGCUGGUAUCCAUAGUCUGCCAGUGCAGACUAAAUGGGAAACUAUGGUUAUUUAAGGACUAUUUGGUUUAACUGUGGUUUAUCACAAAGGUGCCCUAUGUGUUCCAAAUGCAAUUCUUCAUCCAGUGCAAUUUUUUAUCUUGAGAAGUAUUGUACAGUAGAUGUCAUAGUUUUUCUUCCCAAUAGUGACAACUGUGCAAGAAAAGUCUUCUGUGAAGUGGCCCAGAGGGCUUCCCAAAUCUAAUAUUGUUGUAAAGAAAAGCAGUUAUGUUGUUGCUUUCACUGUUAGGCUACUAAUUAAGUUGGUCCUUAUUUGCAGGAUUUGGUUCUUGAGAAGUUGAAGAGCCAGAGAUUGUCUAGUGAGAUGGACAAGUUGGACCAGGAACUGGAGAAGAUUGGAUUAAAUAAGGAGCUGCUCCUAGAGACUGAUAAUGGCAACAAUGACAAGUGAGAAGAUCGCCUUUUUGUCUUGGAAGGAUUUCUGGCACAUUUUGCCUUAAUUUCCCCUCAUUACAAUUUCCCAGGUUCUUUGUGCUCAUGUCAAAAGUUUGUGGGAUUUCUCUGGUGCUCCUAUUUGUUUCUUCUAAAGGAACUAAAUUACCACAUUACUUGUUUCUAAAAGAAGCUUCUAUAGGUAGAUGAAAGUCCCCUAUCAGUCCUAAAGUUACUGUGAGGUUGACUUUCUCUUCAAACAAGGCUGUCAACAGCGAUGCCAGCUGCACAGAUGUAGGGACAUCUUGCAAGCCAUAGUGAAUUAAAUAUGAAGUUUUAGCUUCACUGAGUUUCAGUGUGAUCGGGGAUUUACUUACUGUAAAUAUUGCAAUUUUGCCUAGUAAUGGUUCUGCUUUCCACUUGCUAUUUGAAUUAUUCUCAGGAAGAUGUGGAUACAUGGCAUCUGCAAAAAUAUCUAUAAUGUAGUAGAAUGGCAUGAGCACAAGGAUUUCCCUUUAUUUUGCUCUCCCUGCUGAAGAGUCUCUUCCAACUGCACUGUUUACCAUAGGUGGCAGUACUACUGUAUGUUUAACCCAGUGUGGGGCCCAAGUAGGUCCUCCAGGUCUCCUUUUGUGGCCCACCAGACCAUUUGGGCCAAGGCAUGAACACCUGCCCUACAUGUGUAGCAUCGCGUAUCACAUCAAGUACCAUUGUGACUGGCCCCAAAGGGGUUUUCUCUGUGCUUUGCAGAUUGCCAGGGCUGACAGAGUGCUGUGUACAAGGGCUUCACAAGCCCCAACUAUCAGCUUGCACAGCACUUGAGAAGAGCUUGCAAACAGAGAUGCACAGGGGGUUGUAAGCCCCAGUGAUCAGCUGAUCACCAGGACUUGCAAAGGGCUAUGGCUUUGUCUACACGGUUUGAUUUCAAGCUUGACAUCAUUGUGAUGUCAGGAGAUUGAAAGGAGCAUAGCUUCACCCACCUGUCAAACUUGGCCCUGGGGGUUGUAAUGCAAGAGAUAAGGAUCUGGCCCACUGCCCAUACCCAGUUCUCUAUUCCUGGUCUAGCAGCAUGCAUCCAUGGAUGCCAGUAUACAAGCCCCCAGUAUACAAGUCCCCAUACAGCAUCCUUUUACGCAUGUCCGGAUGUUUUUAUUCUAAUUCUAACCCCAUAAGUAAAGGUAAAGGGACCCCUGGCCAUUAGGUCCAGUCGUGGCCGACUCUGGGGUUGCGGUGCUCAUCUCGUUUUACUGGCCGAGGGAGCUGGCGUACAGCUUCCGGGUCAUGUGACCAGCAUGACUAAGCUGCUUGUGGCGAACCAGAGCAACGCACGGAAACGCCGUUUACCUUCCUGCCGGAGCGGUACCUAUUUAUCUACUUACACUUUGAUGUGCUUUCGAACUGCUAGGUUGGCAGGAGCAGGGACCAAGCAACGGGAGCUCACCCCGUCAUGGGGAUUUAAACCGCCGACCUUCUGAUCGGCAAGUCUUAGGCUCUGUGGUUUAACCCACCACGCCACCCGCGUCCCUAACCCCAUAAGUACAUCUCUGCAAAUGAGAAAGUAGGAUACUGAUGGAAAGUCAGUGGUUCUGUGGGCUCUUUUCUAAUAUGCAGGAAGAAUGGUUGAAACGCCUUAAUAAGGCAGAAUUAGUUCCUUUCUCAUUACUGAUAUGGUCAUUGUCUCACAGGAAGUAUAAGAUACUGGAAAGCAAAACUGAAUGUGACCUAAAGACAACGCUAUGUGAUAAAGAAGAGAAAAUUGCUGUAUUGGAGGCCCAGCUGCAAGAGUUUCUCACCUUGAAUCAGCAGUUACAGAAUGAACUAAACACUGUAAGAGGGAAACCUUUGCUUCAUAAUAUAAAGGGUGAAACUGCAUGUUAUGAAAAAUUGAUUAUUUGAAAAGCAUGUGGGCCACUUUUUAUUCUGGAGAAAAGCAAACUGUUGAGCCCUCCUGUGGAAGGUCAUGAAAUUGUACCCAAUGCACACCAGUUAACUGCCUAUCAUGCCCCCACCCCUGGCUGCUCUUUGCCUUCAAACAUGCUGUGUGCAGGGGCAAAUAGCAGCUGUGUGUGUUUGUGUAGUUCCAUAGAAAACCCAUGUGGGGCCCUGACUGGAACACACCAUAGGUGAGUCUUCAAAAUAAAAGUGUGUAUCAACAAGAAGGUUGGUACAAAGUUUAGAUGUUUCAUUAACUUGCAUUAUAGGGUUUCUUCAAUCUCAACUCAAGAAAGAUGGCCUAAUUUAUGCCAGUGUAAGUUACACUGGCUUGAUUUACCCAGUUCCAAACUCCGUUCAGGAGGAAUUUCAUUUGCAUUGCCCUUUUUUGCCAGCUAAAUUAUGCUGAGAUGCUAGGUCAUAUGACUGAGCUGAAAGAGGUUUGGAAGGGGUGUAAGUCUCUCUUUGUCCUUUUCUGCCUGCAUCACGCCCCUGUAACCCACCUUUUUUUAAUACAUUGAGUUAAUUUUUGCAGUCUCAGUGAUUUACACUGGUAUAUCUUCAGCUUAGCUAGGAAAGCUCAAGAUCUGUUGAAUUCAAGCUCUCACAUCCCAACAGAUUUUGGGUUUGGAUCAUAAUAAUCCCCAAACUGUGUGCCGGGGUGCAUUAGUGUGUUUUGAAAUGGAUUAAAGGCUCCUGCAAGAUCAAAGCAUAUGCUCACAAAGGAGUGACUUCUGCUGAGGGUAACUAACUCUACUCAUAGCUGUCAACCAUCCCUUAUUUGGCGGGAAAGUCCCUUAUCCCAGCACUGUGUCCCGCUGCUGUCCCUUAUUGAUGAUGUCCCUUAAAUUUCCCAGGUUUCAAAGGAAGCAGCUCCUUUCCCUCCCUCCCUGCCAGCCAGGGAGGAGGGAGGCUCCAACUGUGUUGCUUGGCUGCGUUGCUCACCCAAUAAGGAGUCUAAGAACGACUGGGGGGGUGGAGCUUGCAUGCCUUGUGCCGAUAAAAUUGGCCGCAUUGCCUGGGGACUCGCCUUUGCUCAGCGCUUCCCAGCGGAGGGUUGACGGUGGUUUUCCUUGCUGCAUCCCCUUUGCCGGGUUGCUGCGCUGUGGGAACCACCGCUUGAGGCUUUGUUUGGCUGCUGGCUGGGCUUUCUGCCUUUGGCUCGGAGGGGCUCAGAAGUUGAACAUACCUGUGCUUGGAAAAUCCCUUAUUUUGGAUGCGGAUCCCUUAUUUUCAAGGCUGCUGGUCCCUUAUUUUCAAAUCUGUAAGUUGACAGCUAUGACUCUACUCCAUUUAUGAAUGAGAUGUGGUUGGAUCAUCUGAUCACUCCAAUACAGGGAGACCAAAUUACAUGUCCUCAGAGGAGAGUGCCCAUUGAUUUGCUGAAUGAGUCAAGUCCCUAGCUUGUUUCCUUUCCAUCAAGAAGUAUAGCAGUGGCUCAAAAAGGAAAGUGGGUUAGGCAUUUCUGAGGGCAAAUAAUUUUGGGUUCCAUCACUAAAGAAGUCUUGUUUUCAUCUUCAUACCUAAAAGUAAAGCUUUUGGGAUGUAAGAGCAAAGCGUCUCUCUUGUUUUAAUUUAUAAUAAAUGUUGCCUCUCCUAUAAGAAGUUUGGGAAAUACUGACCUAAUGAAGUCUUUAAAAACACAAAUUAUUCAAGAGAUAGAUUGCGGAAAUUCAAGACCCAGAAAGCAAUGACAGGUUGUUAUAUCCAAUGUACCAUCAGUGUAAAAACACUUGAAAACAGGUUUCCAUAUACAUUGCAAUGUUUGGGUUAAAAACCUCACAAAUAUUAAUAGAAAAAAGCAAUAUAAAGUAGUAGUUAAAGUGAUGAAUGCUGAAUGUUUUCAACAGAUAUAUAUGGUUGUGAUUAUCUGUUUUUUGAUAAUGGGUUUAGGGUUAGGCUAAGUUACUCCUGUAGACUUCACAGUUCUGUUUAUUGGCAUAUUUUACAAACAAUGUGUAUUACAGAUGAGGAGGGACUUUGAAGGUGUCAAGCAGAAGCAAGAGGAUGGAAUCCUUCUGCAGAAUUCAUUGAAGCAGCCCAAUGAAAAUUUGGUUUCCUGUCAUCAGACAAAGGAAAAGUGGGAAAAGGGACACAAAGAAGCAACAAUGGAGCUUCUGAAAGUAAAAGACAGAGCUAUAGAAUUGGAAAGGAAUGUAAGUUUUGUCCUUUACUGGGUUAGCUUAUUAUGUUCAUCCUAUGCGAUGCAGUGUAGCCAGUGUUGCACAAAGGUGAAUUCACUUAGUGGUAUACUUGUUCCAGCAAAACACUUUGCUGACGGUGGAACGUUGUUGCACAAGAGACAUGCAUAAGCAGGUUGCGGAUAGCUUUGUUUCACGAUGCAUCGCUCAAUCUGUUGUGCAACAAGUUUCUGCAAGUGCAGCUGUUGCAUUGGGUUCUUCUGUUGAGCAGCUUUAAAACUCACCUGUCCACGUUAGUGUAAGAGUCCUGGCACUAGCAGACAGAUAAUGUUGGGUACAGCCCUUUGAUGGUUGAUUUCUGUGUAUGUAUGCUGAGAGGGAACCACGUGCCAAUUACACAAGCCUGUGGCUCUGAAAGCUCUGACAUGUUUUCCUAUAUGGAACUUCUCUCUGUAGGAAAAUCAUAAUGUGUGGAGCAUCCCUUAUUUUAUUAAUCUGUUUAAAACAUGUAUCACUCCUCAUUAUGAUAGCAAUCCCAGAGUAGGUUACAUUAAAAAAUAAUAAUCAAAAUACAACGUGUACAAUGUAACAUCAUAAAUAAAUAUCCCACGUUACUCUCAGUAACCAAAACUAAAAUAUUAAUAGCAAAAAAGGCAGUAAUGUUCAGCAAAUUCCUGAGCAAAAAAAACUCAUGAGAUUUGGUACCAGCCAUAUCUCUGUGAGGAGCCAUAACUGAGGGGCUACCCCUGAGAAGGUCCUUCCUCUGGUAUGCAUUUUCAGAAUGCUUUCCCUUCAUACUUUAUGUCAGUCUUCUACAGUAUUACACCUUCUCCCAUACAGGGCUCAAUGAGUAUGCCUAAAUAAGAAAGGAAGAAAGCCCUCCUUUCUUUUGCAGACACUCAUUAUUAAGGCUGGUGGUUUCCAAGCUUCCACUUACAGGCAACCCCUUCCAUAUUGAAUGAAUUGCCAAGGCAUCCAUGCAUUUUGCAGAAAUUGCUAGUGCACAUUUGAUGAUGUUUGCGCACACUGUUGACACUGUAUCGGAAGAAUGAAAAUGUGCCAAAACAUACUCAGCACACCUUUGUUUGCAUAUUGGAGAUGAUCUGCAUUGGUGGGCAAUUCAAGAAACUGUCCUGACAUUAUAGACCUUGUUAUGAGGACAGCCCUGAUCAGCUUCCUAAGGGUCCCAGUUCUCUCUUGAACACAGUUUGAAACCAUUGAUUUGGGGGAAGAAGGAUGAAAGUCCACUACCAUUGCUGCUUCAUUACCUGUAUGAAAGUCUGGGAUGUGGGGUACUUGCAACCACUAUUUCCUGCUUCUUUCUUUAACAUAGGCAGUAUUGGCCCCACUUUAGGAUCUAUAACUUUAAGGGGCACUCAUGAGCUGUUUGCUUGUGAAACAUGGAAGACAGUGUCAGAGUUGCUCUGAAGAAUCUGUAGCUACUGAAUCUUUUUUUUGCCUUUUCAUUUCUGUUUCUCCUAUCAGAAUGCAGCCUUACAUGCAGAGAAGCAGCUUCUGAAGGAGCAGCUAAGACAUUUGGAAACCCAAAACACCUCCUUCAACAAUCAGAUCCUGACACUACAGAAGCAAAAUGCCUUCCUUCAAGAGCACAACACUUCCAUGCAAACACAAACAGCCAAGCUCCAGGUCAGGAAAAUCCCUACUGUGUACUUCUGCCAGAAACAUUUUAGGUGGCUCAGUUUAAAAUGGGAUGGAAUUAGCCAAUUUCUAGCAUCAGUCUUAUCAUUUUGAGUGUCAGUCUGAUGGAAAAGAAAGAUUACCCUCUCCUACAAGGUUGUGAGAUGAAUACAUUGGUGUAUGUUCAGGGAAAUUGAGGUGUGUUUUGAUUUUUAUGGGCGUGAUUCAGCUUAUGACUUCUGCUUAUGCAACAGGGCUUUCUCCCCUUUCCUCCCACCCCCGAAAUUGGCACCACGGUAGUCAGGAGAACCCCCAGAACGGGGGGAGGAGAGGGAGGAUCAUUCCCUCUAGCAAGCUGAAAUGUUUGUGCUAAUGGAACAAGUGGAAAAGCACAACAUUGGAUUUCACCCUUUAUUUGUUCUUGAUUUAGUGCUGUUAUGUAAUUUGGAAAACUUAAUGCAUAGGGGGAAAACCGGAUGUACUCCAAAUAUUGUUGGCCUCCAUCUCCCAUCAUUUUGUGUGAUACAGUUCUCGGCUCAAAAAACAAACAAACCCAAAUGUGCUUAAACGUGGGCUUGUUGGCUGUUGAGUCAAUCCAUUCCUUCCCAUUCCCACCAAAGGUAAACAUUGGAGAUCUGAGUUUGUUGUUAAUGGAUGUUAUAUUGCAUGUUCUAACAAUAUCUAACAACAAUAUUUAUUUUAAAAAUGCAUAUAUUAGGACAAGAUACAUUUAGAAAGACUUAUAUCGGGAUUAAAAUUUAUUUUAAAUAUCCAUUUUAUGGUUAAAAUACAUAUUUAAAUUUGAGUUUUCAUAUUGAUUUUUAAAAAAAUGAAAAUGAAGGACGGAAUGGACUUGUGAACACACACAUACAAGACUUGACACAAUCCAGAGAGACAAAUCCCUCCCUAGUAUGUGUUCCACGGGGGAUAGAAUCCUGCCCUCCCCCCCAAACUCCACUCCUUUAAUUUCCUCCCCAGCCCAGCUAGGAAGUAUAAAAUAUUUAACAACGAUUGCCAAAUCAGGGUACAGUACUGAUAAAAUGCAAUAAAAACCAUGCAAUCAGUAUCCAGUAAUCAAUAAAGCAAGCAAGAACACAUACAUAAUCAAAUGACUCAUUGCAAAGUGCAGCAAGACAAAGUCAACCAAAGGCUUGGGUGAAUAAGUAGGUCUUCAAUCGGCACUGAAAACUCAGAAAGGUCAACACAAAUCACACCUGAAAAGGAAGGAAAUUCCGCAGUCAGGGGGUGCCUGGGUCAUUAAUGCCUUUCUUCAGUUGCUCCAUAUUGAUUCCCCUGUCAAGAGGACAUUCACACUAGAUCUUUGCAUAUCAGUAGGUAGGUAUGAGAGAAAGGUUCUCUACCAGGCAUUCAGUUCCAAAGUGGUGUAGCAAUGCAAGCACCUUUUAUAUAAUUUACCCCUGUGUGCUGAUGAAACAUUUCUUGUUUCUCUGAGAAACUUUUAGGUGGAGAACUCAGCCCUAAAUUCCCAAAGUGCCUCCUUGAUGGCCCAAAAUGCUCUACUCCAAAACCAGCAGCUGACCAAGGAAAACGAAUGUGACAAUCUGUUGAAGCAGAAAGAUCAGCUCAAGGCAGAAUACGAGUCCCUCCUGCAAGACCAUGAGCACCUGGCCUCGCUGCAUGAGCGGCAGUCGACAGAAUAUGAAAUGCUGAUAAAACAGCACAGCUGCCUCAAAGCGCUCCACAAAAACUUGGAUCUGGAGCACAAAGAUCUGGGAGAAAGGUUAGCGGGUCUUGCAUAGCCUCUUGGAAUAAAUGGGUUAUUCACAUCUGACGCCCCCCGGGGGAUUUACCACAGGAUGGGGUUGUAAAAAGGGUUGCCAACUUUAAAAAAAAAACCCUCACAAAAACUGGUCUCAGCCUUUACUUAGCAGUUUGCUCUGCAGACAUUAGCAGAUGAUGUUUCCAUGUAAUGAAAAGCAUCACUUGCAGAUUUCAGCAGAUCAAGCAUCUGUUUAAAAGCACAACAACAGGCUGAUCUGCACGUUGCCCCCCUGAUGAGUUGGCAACCUUCUCAAGUUCCUUGUGUUGGAAGUAUUGUAUGUGCCAGUAGUUUCUCCUGUAUCAGAUGUUUGAAAAUGUGUGUGUGUAUAUAAAUUUCAAUGUAUAUGGUUUAAGUACAUGGACUAAACAAAAAAAAAUCGAUGUUAUCCAGCCAUAGAUAAGAACUUUCAGGUCCUAUCAAUUUGAAUCACAGAGAAUUAGGCAUGCAAGAGAGGUUCCUAACUUUGGUUGCAUUGUGGCUUAUGCAAAUACAUAAAUUUACAAUAGUCCACCAGAAUCUGUUGACACAGAGAAGAUAAAUCUCUGAAUCAUGUUUUAAUCGUGAGAAGCAUUAAGGCAGAAUAGCAGCCAUUCUUUUAUUUCUUUCCUGCAGAUAUAACGGCUUGAUACAACACAAAUCCAAACUGGAGGAGCUGGAAAUGGUUUUGAAAACAGAAAAAGAUGUUCUGCAGCAGGAAAAGAGAGCAAGUACACUAGUGACCGCGGAGAACCAGAAACUGAGAGAAGAGCUGGAAAGGUACACAUCCUCAGAAAUUAUGCCAGCCCCUUUUACAUGUUACUGGGCAGCGUGGUACAUUCCAGAUAAUAUUGGCCAGAUAGAGAUGCCUAGAGGGCUACAUUCAGCCCAUGGGAUAAGGUUCACCACCCCUGCUAUAUUGGCCUCCCACAGGUUGGAAUUCAUUAACAUUGGAGGACAGCACCUUAGCUUCCCCUGCUUUGGGAUGGCAUGGUUUAUCCUGUAUCAUUGCUGGGGUGUAUACAAACUUCUGCCCAAGUGAUUGAGCCCACCUCAUUGAAAACAACAACAACAACGGUAAUAAUUUUAUUUAUACUCCGCCCAUCUGGCUGAGUUGCCCCAGCUACUCUGGGCGGCUUCCAACACCCAUAAAAAUAACAAUAGAAUGUCAAACAUUAAUAGUAACAAUCAGAUCCUAUAUAAAAAGUCACAAUAAUUUCAAAAUAAACAGCCUACAUCAAAUAAAGCAAUAUUCAACAAUCCACUAGAAUCCAACAGUAAACAGCAAAAUCAAACAUCAGCAAAUAAAAAUUGAACAGUCCACACCCAUCAGCUACAAUAAAGAAUUACCAAUCUAUAAUCAAGAAAAAUAACAGCAAAUCACAAUGCAUAAAAUACCACAAAACAUACAAAGACCUUGCAAAAGGAUCAAAUUGAAAAACAAGGACACUCGACCCAUAAAACUAUCUUUAAAAACUAUCCCUGAGCUACUCUCUUCCCAGCUGCCUCUGCUGUUCUCAAAGUCAUGGUCUGGGAAUGGCUUCUGGGGCUGGAGGGUGGGGCAAGGCAGGUGGAAAAGCCAUUGCCUGCAGAAAGUCUCUCUCAUCUCAGUUCGAUAUAAAAGGUGAAGGAAUGCGGGUGGCGCUGUGGUCUAAACCACUGUGCCUCUUGGGCUCACCGAUCGGAAGGUCAGCAGUUUGAAUCCGCACAACGGUGGUGAGCUCCUGUUGCUCUGUCCUAGCUUCUGCCAACCUAGCAGUUUGAAAGCACACCAGUGCAAGUAGAUAAAUAGGUACCACUGAGGCGGGAAGGUAAACGGCGUUUCCACGCGCUCUGGUUUCCAUCACAGUGUUCCAUUGCACCAGAAGCGGUUUAGUCAUGCUGGCCACAUGACCCAGAAAAGCUGUCUGUGGACAAAUGCUGGCUCCCUCGGCCUGAAGCGAGAUGAGCGCUGCACCCCAUAGUCGCUUUUGACUGGACUUAACCGUCCAGGGGUCCUUUACCUUUUUACCUUUUACCUAUGUAAAAAACAUAGUGUUUGCAAAUACACUUCAUAUAGUUUAGGUAUGGAAUGUUUUGAUAGGCUUUCCAUUAUACCAUUGUCAUUUUAACAUGGAUGAUGAUACUUUCUGUGUCUAUGUUGUAAAUUUUUUUCACCCAGUAAUGUCCUCCUUCCCUAGUCAUAGGCAAAAGUUGGGGGACAUAAUGCAGGAUAUUAUAUAUCACAGGACUGAAUGAACAACUGAAAUUUGUGGGAGUAUGAGCCUAGAAAAUGCCAGUAUUAAAAACACACACCCUCAAAUGCUGCUCUGGUAAUUAUUUUGGGCAGGGCAUAAUUGUGCUUAAAUGGAGUAGGAUUAAGUUAAAACCUUGCUUUUGGAAAACAGAGGUACCAUUGAAACUUGUAAUCCCUCUCAGAUUUUACUAUUAGCAGAUCUAAUGCUUGACUAAUUAUUUGCUAAUAGAAAUAGACCUGCCUCUUUGUUUAGCUUUCAGAAACACUGUAUUCUUACCCUUCAGCAGGACCAAGGUUUUAACUGUUCAUUUCUGGUUUAAAUUGCUGUUGGAGAUCUGGACAGGGAAGCAGUGAGAUGUUUGGCUUUUCCCAUUUAGGGUUAAUUUCUUGCACAGCAAGCUCAAAGCAGAAUACGAGGGCCUUCACGUCCACACCAAGGAACUGAAAACCUCCUUGAAUAGCUCCCAGCUACAGCUUAACCACUGUCAAGCUCGCUAUGAUGAGCUGAAGGAGCAGUACCAGACCAUGGACAUUUCCUUGACUAAAUUGGACAACCACUGUGAGGUGAGAUCUAUGGACCAAUGAAAUACAGGUGGUUAUUGUAGGCUCAGGAAGACUUUGCCAGUCCAUAAAUAGAUGCUGCCUCAUUCACAGGGGACCGCAAGCCAUGGCAGAUCACUCCCACUUCACUGCUCCUCUAUGGUGCAAACAGGAGCAACAAACCACAAUUAAUGUCCAAUCUGGGAGUUAUGGCUUCUUUCACUCCAAGCGACUGGUAAGCCAAGAACAAACCUUGGCUUCGGAUUGUCCUUUGUUUGGAGUGAAGCAAACAACAAACCCUGGUUCAGAACAUACCGCGAAGCCCAGGAAGAUGGAUUGUUGCUAGCAAGGCAAAAUGAAGCGAGAGUUAUCUGCGUGUUUGUGGUAAAUCAUUUACCAUGGUUUACUGUCAUGUGAGAAUGCAGCUGAAGGGAGAAAAAUGUAGUGGCGUUGAUUUGCACUUAAAUGCCAGUAAUUUGAAGGAGAAGCCCUGGUGUUAGGCUUGGGUUGCUGCCAAAUCCUUAAAAAGUGAGAACAGAAUGGGGUUGGGGAGCUAACCUCUUCCAUGCCUUCAUCUUUUCCUGUCUCAUAACUGUUACUUGUUUUUUUUUAGCUUCUUUAUUCCAGCAGGGACUCAGCUCCACAAUGCACUUGAAAGCUCCCCCCACCUUGUUUUGUUAGGGUUUCAGCAUCAUCCAAGCUGGGUUAUGCAGCCUGUCAUACCUAGUUUCACUCCCAGUUAAAAUCAAUGAAUGAAUGGCAAUGAAAGCAAUAGGCUACCACAAUAUAAAUGAGGCAAACAACCAGUAAUUUAUUUGAGUGAGACAUACUUAUGCAUGUGCAUCUUAGCACUGGUGGCAGUGGUUUGGCACUCGGUUAUCUAACGGCCAAAGUAGCUGGUGAGCUUUGGGGUACAAAGGACCUUUGGCUCAGUGCUGUUUUAUUAAUGGUGAAUAGACAAGCACAGGUAGGGGAACUUCACCUGUGAUGUGUCUGUUGAAUAGCUUCUGGCUCGCCUAAAAGGAAACUUGGAAGAAGAGAAUCAUCAUCUCCUGAGUCAGAUCCAGAUGCUGAGUCAACAGAACCAAAUGCUGCUGGAGCAGAACAUGGAGAACAAGGAGCAAUAUCACGAGGAACAGAAGCAAUAUAUGUAAGACUUUCUCUCCCCCCAUUAUUUAUCAUGUGGUCAGUGAGACUGUUAUCAAAGCAUGGCAAUGAGGGUGCAUGGAGACAUCUAAGGGGAUAUCUGAGUCCCUUGGGACACAUUAGCACAGCCAAAAGUCAAUUUAAAAAGCUUAUGAGCAACUGGGUGAUCCCUUUACUCAGCUUUACACAGCUUACAGAGUAUUGCAUAGAUCCCUGCUCCUGCACUUGAACAACCUGAUGCUAGGGUGUGAAAGUAGAUGCAAGCUGCAGAGAGUUAUUUCCUGAAAGCACUUUACUGACUGCAGUGUGAGUUACCACACCCAGUUCAAGGUGUUGGUAUCAGUGUGCAAAGCCCUAAUGGCCUGGGAUGCCAAGUAGCUAGAAGAUAAACCAUCGCAGACCUCAGUGGUUGGCAGGCAAUGCCCUAUUGGUGCCAUCACCACUGGGUGCUGCCUGUCUGGUGUGAACUUGUAUCAGGGCGUUCUUGGUAGUGGCCUCUUGCUCAUGGAAUGCCCUCCCUGAUGAGGUGCACCUCUCCCCCUAAUUAUUAACAUUUAGGCAUUUAAAAAAAUGAUAAUAAUCCUGUUCACCUAGGCAUUCGAUGGGUGAAAGAUAUUGAUUUGUAUCAAACUCUGCACAAAUGGAUUUCCACUCAGUGGGACUUCCCCUUCCUCUUCUCCUCUUUUGCACCCCCAAAAUUUCUCUAACGGGCCCCCCAAACUCUCUGGAGCAGAUUUUGGGAUUGUGCUGGGGACUGCAGGCAGCACUAGAGGAAAGAGAAGUUUCACUGCACAUGCAGAAGUUUGUUAUGGUGCUGAAACUUGUGCUGGAUGCAACCCGUUGUUUCUGUCAACUUAAUUAUUUCUAUAAGGCUUGUUUUUAAUUGUUUUUUUAAAAGGGAUCUUUCUGCCAUCCUGGGUUUCUUUGGGAGGAAUGGUGCGAUUUAUCAUUAUUAUUUCCCAAUAUAUAGUCCAACUAUGCAGGACACACUGAUGCCAAGUAAUUGGUUUAAGAAGUGCAAGAUAUAAAUACUUAACUAGUGAUGUCGCCAAUUAUCACAGAUAAUCCAUAAUCCUCAUGAUGUGCUGUCUUGUAUUAGCCUCUGUGUAUAAUUCAGAUUUCCUCUGGACCAUGAAGAGCAGCCUCCCAAGCAUUGUCUCAACCUGUGCCUGAAACUUUGGAAAGUUGCAAAAGCAAUUUGCAACAAGACAUGGAGGGAAAUCAAGUCCUGAGACUUGCCUGGUGCACGUAAGCCUUUAAGUGCACCUGAAACAAACUUUGGGAGGGUGUCCCCAAGUACUCUUGAAUGAGUCAUAGCAGGCAACAGCUGGAGCAGCAGUCUUGUUUCAUUCACUCGUAGUGUAUAUAACAGGUUGAUGACAACAUGCAUACAUAUAGGUAGUUUUUGGGUUUCUUUUUAAGUGCCAAAUGUGCUUACCUGGUAUAUGGCAGAUUGAAUGAUGUGCCUGGUAAGUUAUGUAAAAUUUGUUGGGACAAGCUGCAGGUAUGAAGGUGUGAGGUUCUAUUUCACAUGGUACUUGCUGAUCCCUAAACUUUUAGCAGACAUGGUAACAGCCCUCUACUAUCCAGGCAUCCAACUACAUUGUCCAGAGGCCCAGACAUAUUCUGUGGUCAUUAAAUCCUGCCAUGAACUUGUCACGAUUGUAUUGAACUGAUUUUGACUUAAUCUACCUAGGUAGUUUAGCUCGCACGUUCCAAAAACAAAACAAAACCAGUACUUUUCUCCCCUCAAGGACUGCAAGCAUUUUAAAAUCCUCCUUGUUGUUUUCUUGUGCCUCAGCUUUUUGGUGGUGGUUGCCCUACCAACUAGACGGCUGACGUGCUUAAUCAUGAAGCUAAUUACUUCUGUGUGAUAGGUACUUUCUCAGAAGGGCUUUUCAUCGCUCAAAAUCCUGCCCUCGGGGACACAGGCUUCGUGAGAGUUGAAUUAUUAAUUAUACUCAAUUCCUAGCAAGUAGAACCCUCUAAGUGCUCAUGUGUUGUUGUUUUUCUUGCCGCUUUGGUUUUUCAACAGUGACAAACUGAAUGCAUUAAGGCGACACAAAGAAAAACUGGAGGAGAAAAUAAUGGAUCAGUAUAAGUUUUAUGAUCCGGCUCCAAAAAAGUAAGUUUUCUCAAGCUUAAAUGGCACACGGGCAGUCCUGUCCCAGGCAGAAAGAUGCCUCUUAAGUGUGCGAGGGCAACUUGUAUAUGACGCCUUUGUGUUUGGAAAGGCGGCCACUUACUGACAGUUCUUGCUGUUCUUACUGACAGUCUAGAAAUUCUGUUUAUUGAGGCACGGGCAUUUCCUCUUAGGGAAGAUAUUGGGGUUGGGGGGUUGGUCACACCUUGCAGGUUUCAUCAUGUCACUGUUGAUAAGGCAAGGGUGGGGGCGUUUUUCAGCCUGAGGCUGCAUGCCACUGAUGAGUAGGGUCAGAAGCAAAAGUGAGUGAAGCUACAGAUGCAACUCUUACUUUGUACAGUAAGCUACAUUUGCCACACAAAAGCCAAAGAUCUCUAGACACCACACAGACCACUUCUUUCCACCCUCCAUUCAGGCCAGCAAGAUACGCAGUUCAAGGACAUGCAACAGCCAGGCAAAAGCACUCGAGGAAGGUGCCAGUGAUGGGUAGUGACCUGGAGUGAGUCCCAAGGGCCAGAUAAAGAGGCCUAGAGGGCCACAUUCAGCCUGUGGGAUGAAGGUUCACCCCUGCUAUAUCAGGCUCAUAGAUAAGGGCACUGGUGUCUGUAUGUAUCUCAACAGUGAGCAAUUACAGUGUCCCCAUCUUUCUCCCAGAAGGGUUUUUAAUGAAUGGAAUCCGAAAAGGUCCUCAUAAGAGACAACAAAUAAAAAAAGCAUGGGAUGUUUGUUUAUGUGAAAACUCCAUGCAAGGUCUUUGCCCAGUGUUUGGUUUUUAAAUCCUCUGGCAAAACGCGGCCCAACUUUUAUUGAGUCGGGGAAUGUCAUCUUCCUGAUGCCAAGGCAGUUUCGCAGUACUCUUUUAUGGUGGAGAGAAAAGAUAAGCAUCGCACUAUGCUAAAAACACGAAACAAAAUGAUUGCUUCUCCUUCCCUCAAUAAUAGGAAAAACCACUGGAUAGGAGCUAGAGCCUUGGUUAAACUCAUGAAGCCAAAGAAAGAAGCUACAAGAGAACGGUUGAAAUCCUCAGUCGAGAGCCCUCCAUGGCACUCAGAAAGCACAGACACAGCUGGGUCACCAUCGCCUUCACAGCUGCCCAAGCAGCAGGAGAAUCUGGAGAACACCUCUGCAGAGUCUGGCUCAGUGGAAGGCAGAGAGCAGAAUAAUGGACCUGUGGGGAAAGGUAGGUGGUGUUGCACUUAAUGGAUAGUUAAUCAACUGCUGGUCUGUUGGUGCUGGCAAGCUUAGCUAGCUAAGAAAAAAAUAAAACAAAGGGGGCAAUUCAGCCACGGCUGAGCAUUUCUGAAUUCCACUGAACUCAAGUGGGAAAUUAGAGUGAAGUACAUCUCUUUUUAGAGGGCUAUUUUAAAUGCACUUUCAUGAGGAAGGGUAGACAAGGAGACCACCUUGUGGAGAUGGUAGGAAUCAAGAGAAUAGUGGUACCUUCUGGUUCCACAGAGGUGAUGAUCUCUCACCUGUUUCAUAGACAACAUGAUAGAGGAGUGGGUGUUGUGCUGAGAAGGUAGGUUUGAUCAUGUUGUUGCUUUCCAUUCACACAUUCAGUAAACAUGGGAUUCCUCAGUGGGGUCGCACCUACUGACCACUAUCUCUGCACAUUCAGUGGAAGGUUUCAAAAAGUGUGAGUAUACCUGGAUCUCUGUAGGUGCAUGAAGCUUGUAUGUGUGAUUAGGAAGUUCAUUGGUACAGGGUUCCCAGUUGGAGGCAAGAAUCUACAGAACAUCUAGCUCCUUCUUACUUUUUGCUGAGCACACUGGCAAAGCAGAGCCAGCAAACAUAAUCUUGAGCCUAUGCUUACUGAAAAGAAGGUGGGCAGCCGAGAGUCGCAUGAAGGGAAGAGGAGAUUGGGGUUAAUGGCUGAUGGGAGAACCUAGAGGGAUGGGGGAGGGCAGGAUUUGAGGUUUAGGUGAAAUGAGUACCUCUUUAUUCCCUGCCCCCCAAUACACACACACAAAUACACAACCAGCAGAAGCAGGAAAAAGUAUGCAGAGCAUACUUUCCCAUUCUAGAAUUAUGAGUCCUAUGGGAAGUGGACUCCUUUAACUGCAAACACAAAUGGAGAACUAUGUUGUGCUGCCUGGUGUUCUUGGGUGCUCCAUACAAAGUGAGGUUGGUUUUGCUGUUGCAGCGAUGUCCCAGUUCACCACUCUGGAGCUACCUCUGACAAUGAGUUCGUACUUAUUUAUACAGGAUUUCUAAACAGUUUUUUCUCGGGACUGAAUGUUGAUUUGCUUUUUAAGCACAGAUUAGAUUGAGGUUGCAGCCAUUGCUUAUCAAACUUCUGAGUUGCAACAGGGGUCAGUAUACGGAUGAUAAACCAUUUUCCAGCAUAUUAAGCUCUGCCAUUGAAGCCAUGACUACUGUGAGUUGUGGAUCCUCAACAAUGCAGAUACAGAACUCCCAUCACCCCUGACCAUUGGCCAUGAUGGCUAUGGGUCAUGGGAGCUGGAGUCCAAACAUGUCUGAAGAGCCACUGCUUCCCUAUCCCUGUUCAAUAAGGAGCAGAGUUUUUAGUUUGGGGACCUUUUUCUUUUUCUGAAACUCCCUACUAUUUGGUGGUUCAUCAGGCACAGUCUGUUUUCUGGGGAGGGCAGUGUGAAACAUUAAACUUUUUUACUGAGCUAUCAGCACAUAGAUGGAGCAAAGUUUUUCUUUUGCUGCUGUUUCUGUUUGAAGGUUUUGCUUAUUCUGAUGCUGUGAUUUGGUUGUCCUGCCAUUGCUGCUGCUAAACUAGACUUCUUUUCUAGUGGUUUUUAGAUUAUUAUUAUUUACUUCAUCUUCAAUUUUGUUCUUAUUUUAAACUGCUUUGGGAGGCAUUAUGACUGAAAGAUGGUUUAUAGUAAAUAAAUUUAUUUUGGAUUACUGAAUACUAAUAGUAUUACUGUCACAUGUUCUAUUAGACAUAGUAUUUCUCUGAAUUUAUCAGAUUCUUCCAAAUGUCUGCUUUUUUUAACGGCAUCUCAACUCAACAUGUUUUCUGAGCUGAUUGCGUGAGAUCUAUUAAGUACUGUUUCAAAAUUAAUGGAUGGGGAUUUUUUCACUUCGUGCUGUCCAAAAUAUAUAAAGAAUAUAUAAAGGUUCCGCCAUAUAGUGUAAUUUACUGUGACAUUUGAUACACUCUGAAGGUGUGGCCCAUCUCUUAACAGUAGAGGGAGUAAUUAGGAAAGAAAUGGUUGCACAGAAACAGAGUAAGAAAACUGGGAAAGGUUGGUAGUGAUUUCAAGAGACACAUGGUGUUGGUUGGUGCUUUUCAUUUUAUAACCAGCUGUUUGUCAGUAAGAAAGCAGAGUAUGUUACACUAAAAUGCAUCUAAUAAUCAUUGACUUAGAGGUAAAAGCAAUUUUCAGGAUUAUUGGGGAAAAACUGGCAUUUAUUAAAGAGCAGGAAGAAAACAUGUGAAAUUCUUAUGAAAAUUUUUCACAACUUUUCUUUAUUCUGUACAAAUAUUUUCUAAAGAAACUACUGGGAGAGAUGAAAGAGUAUGCUCAUAACUACUUUACUUCUCCCUGGUUUCUCUCACUCUUGUACCAUGCUGAACUAAGCCAUGAUUUGGCUUAGUGUGUUGUCUGUGCCUGGGCUUGUGGGCUCACUAACCACAAGCUGCAGCCAGAGCUGAACCACAAGCCAUUAAUAGGCAUCUCUCCUGGAUCAAGAACCACUUAGAUGCAGCUCAUGAAAUGGGGAAUGCUCUGUGUCCUUUCUCAUUUACAAAUUCUGUAAGAGAUGCUACACAAAGUAAAAGCAUAUGCCCCCAAAUGAUUAAGAAAUGCAGGCUUGGUCUGCAGUUAUGCAGCGAUAUUUCUAAACUACAGUACAGUGGUACCUCAGGUUACAUACGCUUCAGGUUACAGACUCCGCUAACCCAGAUAUAGUACCUUGGGUUAAGAACUUUGCUUCAGGAUGAGAACAGAAAUCGUGCUCUGGCGGAGCGGCAGCAGCAGGAGGCCCCAUUAGCUAAAGUGGUGCUUCAGGUUAAGAACAGUUUCAGGUUAAGAAUGGACCUCCGGAACAAAUUAAGUACUUAACCCGAGGUAUCACUUGGUUCUCAUACUGAAUCCAUUCCGGAAGUCCGUUCCAAAACCAAAGCAUUCCAAAACCAAGGCCCGCUUUCCCAUAGAAAGUAAUGCAAAAUGGAUUACUCCGUUCCAGACUUUUAAAAACCACCUCUAAAAACAGUAAUUUAACAUGAAUUUUACUAUCUAACGAGACCAUUGAUCCAUAAAAUGAAAGCAAUAAUCAAUGUACUGUACUAUAAAAUAAAUAAGGUAGUAUUGUAGAUGAUAAAAAUUAAAAUUAAUUUUUUUUCUUACCUGCACUGAUGAUAGUCAUUGUUUGGAUUGCGGGGGGUGUGGUGGGGGGCUUUAAUCCAUUUCCACAGUCACACAAUCAAUCAAUCAGUAGAUGAACUGGGUUCCACACAGACACAAAAACAAAUUUACCGGAAAAGCCUCAAAAACACAAAAUAAAUGGCAAAAACAAAAGCGCCAAACUUAAGCUGCUCCAGAGGUCCGUUUGACUUCUCAAAUGUUCGAAAACCAAGGCACAGCUUCUGAUUGGUGCUGGUGCCUUCGGCAUUUGAGAACCAAGGUACCACUGUACAGAGAAAAACAGCAGAUGUGUCUAUUGCAUGUGUGAUUUUACUAUGUAUGUAUAAUCGUAGAUACUAUUGGCUGUGGCUGCACCAUUUUCUCAUCUAAUCCCUCACCUGAUUUAGUAGUUGCUGUAGAAUAAAUAAUUGGUCCAUUUUCAUGUUUAGCUGGUCUCUUGGUUGUUUGAAGUACAUUUUAGUUAUUUCUGUUACUUUUUUUUCUUCCUUUCUUCUUCCUCUUGGGAUCUCUGGGUGAUAACACUUAGCUGCUCAACGCAAAAAGAUUCCCUUUUUGAGAAGCACAAGCAAGCCCAAAGAAAAGUCUCCCAAGUCUCCAUCGAAUCAUCCGUCUCUCUCUAACCGCUUCCGGUUCUGGCCGUCUUCUGACAUCCCACCCUCUCCUAAUGAGCCACUUUCUUUCUCGGAAACGGGAGAUCUCUAACACCUUCUCUUACCAUUUAUUUUCAACGCAUUUCUGAAUAGAUAUAUAUACCAGACUCAUAACUUCUCUACAUACACAAAUUAUAGACGUUCAGCAUAUCAUUGACACAAACCAAAUCCAAGCUCAGAUCAAGUCAACAUGGACUACAUUUCCCCCUCAGUAAGAUGAAGAAUCUUUUCUUGCACAAUCUGGAUCGUUUCUUCACUACAGUACACUCUAAAGGAACACACAGUGCCCAUUUCUUUACAGGUGAUGGUGCACAUCUUAAGUAAGUGGGUUUGCUGUGUGCUUCACUGGUGUGCCUCAUGUCCCGUCCAAAUGCGGAGAUGAGCUGCUGUCGCUGUGUUGCCAAUGAUGCAUCCUCUUUAACUGCCUCUGCAUAUUCUGUGUUAAAGAUUCCUUUUAUCUAACAGACCCUUUGCAGCACUCUCCCCUUCCCAAUAUGCUGUUUGUCUGUUCUGUGAUAAUAUUGCAAUGUAGACAUCGAAAUAUAGACUUAACCAUUGGCAAAGGUAGCUGAAUGUUAUAAUACUUUAGCCCAGGCAUUGCCGUGUGGAAAAACCUACAGAUCUUUGCUGAGCUCCCGUCACUCUGCUCUUCUCAGGAAGAAGGAUAGAAACUGUAGCCCAGCAACAUGGGGCAAGCACCAUGUCAGCUACUCCUGCUGUAACCUAUUCCUCUCAUUUUUAGAAAGUGCAAAAUACUACUAUCCUCAAAACGUCCAAUUUUGUAGUGAAGAAAUGCCAUUGCAUUUUGUCUCCUUUUUACAUUAAAAAAAAUUGUCCAAAGCAAGAGGUGGGUGAUUUAAAAAUGUUUAUUAAGUAAGAGCAACUGUUCUGAAAGGUAAAGGUAAAGGGACCCCUGACCAUUAGGUCCAGUUGUGGCCGACUCUGGGGUUGCUUCGCUCAUCUCGCUUUAUUGGCUGAGGGAGCCGGCAUACAGCUUCCGGGUCAUGUGGCCAGCAUGACUAAGCUGCUUCUGGCAAACCAGAGCAGUGCACGGAAACGAUGUUUACCUUCCUGCCGGAGCAGUACCUAUUUAUCUACUUGCACUUUGACAUGCUUUCGAACUGCUAGGUUGGCAGGAGCAGGGACCGAGCAACGGGAGCUCACCCUGUCACGGGGAUUCAAACCACCAACCUUCUGAUCGGCAAGUCCUAGGCUCUGUGGUUUAACCCACAGCGCCACCCGCAUCCCGUUCUGAGAGAGCUGACCCUAAAUAGGAUGUGCAUCACAUCAGAAUGUGCAGCAUAAGUCACUUUUGUAUUGCAACAAAUGCCUGUCCUUUUUUUACAUGUAGAUGACUAGGAGGCAGCAUUAUAAAUCAGCCCUAAAGUUGCUUUUCCUCUUACUUCCCAAGUUCCAUGAGCUUCUAGAAUGUGGGACACAUCAGAUUUGAGUGUUUGCUGCCAGUAUUAUGAUGACAUUUUCAUAUUUCGAUUGCACCUUAUGCACAGCUUCCAGGCACUUUUCUCAGGCUUACUUUGCAAUUUUUAACUCACCUGUGUCUUUUGUGCUAAUUUAAUUUGUCGCUGUUGUUUGUUGUCUAUGCCAGCCAUUUGUUACUUGCGCCUUAUCCUAUUCAUUUUUCAGGAAUUCAGUGAUAUCGUUUGCAGAGAAUAACUCUGGAAAACAAUUGUAACGUGCACUUCUUGGGCAUUUGAAAGUAUACAAGACCCUUAUUAUUUAAUGAAUACUAACUCACCUUUACAAGUAAAUAAUUUUGGCGUUUAGUACUCCAAUGGACAAUUUAAAUUCAUAACCGAGUAUCCCAGCCUAACUAAGACCAUAUUCAAAACUAUGGUGUUGAAAAAUGAAUUAUUCCCUAGGAACAAUAUGUUGCAUAGGGCAUCAAACAUUAAUUACCUUUUUUAUUGUAAUGCUAAAGGGAAAAAGCAUUUGUGAAACCUGAUCCUAUUCUUGAAAUAGAUCCCUCUAGGUUCAUUGGGGCUUACUCCCAAGUAAGGGUUAAUAGCUUUCCAGCCUUAGAGGAUUUUCAGUGCUCUCACCCCAUCCAGUGUUUGUGUGUGGCCCUUCCUUCCCCAUAAUAUCGAUAAAAGAUUCUCCCUGCUACUCAGGACACUCAUUAGGUUCUCCCUGAGCUAGCAUACGGUUGCAAAACUGAAUGCAAAUAUAAUCUGAUAAUAAACUUCAGUGAUACAGCUUGCAUAAUCAGCGCAUCUUUUGUGCCACUGCUUUUGUGCCUGCUUGCUGCAUUUACAGGGCGGUGGGUGGGUAAACUUGUGCCUAGUUUUGGUGUGCUUUAUUCUCUCUCUCUCUCUCUCUCUCUCUCUCUCUCUCUCUCUCUGUCUUUCGUUGUUCUGCCUUUCCUACUCAAUAUUAGUGGAUUCAAAGCCGAAGAGAAAUUCUCAUUAUGGAGGCAGCAGUGACCACAUUGAAAGUGCAACGGACUCUGCUCUUAAGCAGUGCUACGUGGAGCCGAGUUCCAGGACUUGCUCUGCCUCAGCCGCCUACCUGGCUGCUCCUGGUUCUACCUCCACUUCUAGACAACAAAACAGACCCAGAGGUAUGUGCCAUGGCUGACUUGACUUCAGGUUAGCAAUGGAGGCCUUGGCUUUGGGGAAGUUCAGCAAACACUUUCCAAGUUCAAACGAAUAAAAAGCCUCAAUGUGCAGGCAUUGCUUCAUUUACCAUCUCCCCUUUCAUAGAACUGGCUUUGGUGCAUAAGUCCUCAUGUGUUAACGCUAGCGAAUUGUGUACAUCAUUUGUGUGGGGGGAGAAGAAGAUAGAGGAAACAAGUAAAAAAACCAACCCAAAAAAACAAUUUGGCCUUUAAUGUGGCAGAAACCUUUAAAGGUGUAGACAUGUGGUGGUUAGACAGUACAUUUUACAGGCAUUCUGUUUGUAAGUAUGUCACAUGUUCUACCGUUGGCAUUAAAUUCACAUGUUCUACGUCACGUGUUAUACAGUUGGCGUUAAAACUGAAAACAGGUUUGUGCCAUGGAAUAUGGGACUUAGUUCCUCUGCUCCUCCCAAUGUGUAUCUACAGUGAUUUGCUACCUUUGGGGCACUUUGCAGCCGAAACAUUGGCCCUUGCACAUUAUUGGUGCUGCACAGCAGAGAAUAGAUUUUUGGAGACCAUAUAUUGGGAAGCAUCCCUUGCUAAGUCUGGAGAGUUCCAGGCAGCCCUUUUCUCCAUGCUUCCAGCCUAGCCCUCCCUAGUGUGUGGUCUUCACUCCCAUGACCAGACCUAGCAUUUGCACCUAGUUCAGACUUGACAGGUUGCAUUAGACGCCUGUUUAUGCAACGCACCUUCACAUCCCCCUAUAUUGACCUGUACCAUUUCAAAAGUUAAAUUACAUUGGCUGGACAUGUCUGCUGGUUUUGUUCAUCUCUGUUGAACAUUACGUUCUGAUAUCUUGCAUUCUUCUAUCCAGGCCAUAAUUCAGAGGGUGACCUGUAUGAAAACUUCCUUGAGGUAGAGCUUUCAAGCAGGCAGCACAGUAAGUGAUUAGUCGUUCCCCCUUUGUCAUUGAUACUAAACACUGUUCAGGGAGGAAGGGUGUCCCCAGACCUCUAUACGUGCCUUCUUGGGGUCAGGAGGCUGAAAUGGGAGGUGGGGAAAACCCGAUUCCAUGAGCAAAGUUCCAUUCACAGUUCUUAGGAUGCAAGGCAUUAUCACUGGAAAGAAUUUGUAGUCGCUGCCGCCGCAUGAUUUCUUGGAGCAUCAUGAGAGACUUUUCUGGUCUCCAGUGAGUGGAAAUGUUGACUUCUUUUCUUCCUAAUUUGAUGCAACUCUGGAGGUGGGACUCACCUUAGGCUCUCUUGUGCCUCUUCUCCCUUCCAGUAUCAAGGCCGAACAGCUUAGAGAACAGUGAAAAUGCAUCCUCCAGCAGCUCCCCUCUGAACUUCAAAGGUAAGAUAUAUUCCCAAAUAUAUGGUGGUUUGAGUCCUGGCAUUUUCACCUAAAAGCUGCACUGGAAUUCCAAUGCAUAAAGUUUUAAUUUCAUAGGGUAAUGCCCUCUUAUUAAAAUGGGAUGGAUUGAUAGAGGACAAAGGCUAAUAUUCAUGAUGAAUAUAUUACCUCUAUUAUCCAAGGCCAUAUCCAUAUGAAUACCAGUGGCUGGGAAUUAUGAGGGGGAAGAGUUCUGUUGUACUCAUGUCCUGUUUGGCCACAGUGGGAGCAGAAUGCUGGAACAGUUCGGUGUUUGGCCUGAUAUAAGCAGGCCUUUUCUCAUGAUCACAUUACUAAUUGUGCUGUUGGUUGGUGUGUUUAUCAGAUUUAUAGAUGGCUUAAUAAUAACAACAAAUCUAAAUGGCUUACAUAAAAUACAGAUGUGUUUAACAUGGUUGGUUUUAAAUCAGUGCUUCAUCAUCAUCUGUUGAUUUCUAGGACACCUUUUUCAGAAAACUAACCCAAGUCCAAAUGUUGUUUUACAAUUAAAAAUACAUAUAUUAGAAGCAAUUGUAAAUAAUGAUAUCCAUAUUUAAGUACAAAAGAAUAAAUCCACACAACGUUAUAUGAAACAAUACAAAUAAACUAACCUGGUUUUGGGAACAUAUGGCCAAGCGUGUCUCUUAUUCUUUGGUAUGGACGCUUUGGGUGGCGUUGUGGUCUAAAUCAUUUAGCCUCUUCGGCUUGCUGGUUGGAAGGUCAGCAGUUUGAAUCCGCACGACAAGGUGAGCUCCCUAGGAGUUCAAAAGCACACCAGUGCAAGUAGAUAAAUAGGUAACGCUGCGGUGGGAAGGUAAAUGGCAUUUCCGUGUGCCCUGGCUUCCAUCACAGUGUUCCGUUGCACCAGAAGCGGUUUAGUCAUGCUGGCCACAUGACCCAGAAAGCUCUCUGUGGACAAACACUGGCUUCCUCAGCCUGAAAGCGAGAUGAGCGCCGCAAUCCCAUAGUCGCCUUUGACUGGACUUAACUGCCCAGGGGUCCUUCAUCUUUGGGUGGUGCUCAGAGAAAGCUUCUUCACAGAGUGAAAGGGAAACAAGAUGGUAACUUUGAUAUGUCUUAAUCUCCUGGCACAGGUUCUUUUGACCGUAUUCAUGGCAGAUCAGAGAGUCUCAGUAGUGAAGACACGGUGCUGACUAAAGACACACCUGGCUCACCUAGAGAUGGCCUUUUUUGUCCUACCUCUUCUGCUCCUGGGGGCUCAAACACUAAGCACAAUGCCUCCCUUACCAGGAACUCUGCGUUUUCGUAUGAUAUAUCUCAGAAAAGUAACCCAGCCCAUGCACAGUCUGCUAGGCAUCGACCUGCUUCUCCGGGCAGCGAGUUGGUGACUUUGGAAGAAUUUCUGAAAGAAAGCCACAGAUCAACGCCACUUAAUGUAAGCACCCAGAACUCCAUUUAUGAUUUGAAAUUAUUUAUUCAGUGAUUGACUGGUUGUGGUUUAUUCAAUGAAAUGAAUACAUUGACGUGUACACAGUAAGCUAGUGUUGGAACUGAGGUGGAAUUUCUUUCACCUCAUGUAUGAGAUGAGCCAACAGGUGCAAGGUCAGCCAAGCCAGUUGCUAUGGCAACGGCCCAGUGGCAUCUUUAUAAGUGAUUAAGGCAUGUCAGCACAUUCGUCAGUCAGUGAUUCUGCCACUGAGUUUGAGUCUGUGUUACAUCUUGAAUUGCUGGGGCAACAAGAUUGCUUUCUACUUGUAUAUAUCUGUAUCUGUAAAGCCUACAAGCCGUAUUCAUAUAUCCAUAUCUGGAACUGUAUUAGAAGCCUGAUCUUCUGCAGCAGCAAAGGCACCAAGUUGCACCCAACAUUGGGGGGGGCCCUGUCAUGUGCCCCCUCACCCAGCCAGGCCAACGACCCGCCACCACCCACCCACCGCCUUACUUUUCAAAAGGCGCCCUGGCAAUCAUGAAAGGGGGUAUGCUGGGGUGAAGACGCUUCGCCCUCCUGCAGCCCUGGCAGAGAUUGCCAGCACACCUUUCCGGAGGGCUCCCUGGUGAUCCUAAGAAGGAUUAAGUUUAUCCAUAUGUUAAUCAAAGCAUAGAAAUUGGGUGGCAUCUUUGUGUAUCCAUAUUCAGAUAGUGAUUUUAUUAGCUCCAUGUUCAUUCAGUUUCUUUGUUUUCUCAGGACGCAUCCAGCAGAGAUGACUUCCUGAGUGACUAUUUCAGAAAAGCAAAUGAGCCUCCAUCUAUUGGAAGUCAACUUUCUCAGGCAAAUAGGAAGGAGGCAGCCAAGAUGCCCACCAUCUACGUCACACCAACUGUAAAGAUGUCUGGUGCUAAUGAAGACGGAAGGCUGGCCAAGCCAGGACACUAUGUCAAACCAAACCUUCGGCCAACAGAAUCUGAGUUUGCAGCAAACUCCACCAGUUACUGCAAGCUUCCUCCUGCAUCUCAAAGGGGAUCGAGGCAGGUGGCACAGUCUUCUCAGCAGGGCAGUAACAUGAGCAAGCAGAGCGCAUCGUUGAACCGUGCAUUUAGCUUGGCUUCCGCAGACCUCCUCAGAGCCACUGGUCCAGAGGCAUACAGACGCUACGACAGCCUUCCGAAGCCUGGGACUGCCGAUCUCCAGCUGGGCAAGGACUCAGAUAUCCAGACCUCUCCACUUCCUGUAGCGGGAGGCUCCCAGGUCUUGCUGAGAGAGAGGCCGCAGUCUGCAAAGGUGGCGGGUUCUCUGCAGAGCGUUAAUUCUCGCUGUCGGCAGCUUGAUGUCAGGCGGCUCUCUCUUGCGCCUCCAAAAGAUGAGAAGUCCCUCUUGUUCCCCCCGUUUUCUUCCUCCCCAACCACUUCCAAGGAUGACCUGAACUCUCAGCCACAGGAGCAAGCCAAGCCAGGUUUGGAGCAGCACUGCUCCCCUCCACAAUAUGCUGCUUCUAAGAUCAAAUCCAAGCCGGUGCUGCGGUCUGGGGAAGUGGCCACAGUGACUCCUGUCAGAAUUGUCUCUGGCAGCACGGAAGGGAGCAGCCCCCAGGGGCCGAGCCCGAGUGAGGCCUCUCUUACCAAAGGUCGAUCCCCAGAAAAUAAAAUUCCAGCAGGAGGCACUGAAGAAGCAAACAGAGGGGGCAGCUCCAAGAACCCUCCAUCAUCACCAGAUUCUCAUGCUGAUCAGCAGACUGUUUGGUAUGAAUAUGGCUGUGUGUGAUGCCCUUACCUUCCUGCCCUCAUCCCCAAAAAGAGAUGUACAAUAUGUGCUUCACUACUGAAAAUUUGGUGGCGUCAGGAGUGAUGGUGUCUCUAAAUUCAGAGCCACCUGCCAGUUGUCUUAACUCUCUUUUAGAUGCUAACGUACAGCCUUGCUCGGCCUGACGCCUUCCAGGUGUUUUGGACUACCAGCUCCCAUCAUUCCUUGCCAGCCUCAGUGGCCAGGGAUGAUGGGAUUUUUAAUCCAAAAUAAUCUGGAGGACUCUGGGUUGGGGAAAGCGAGUGUAAUGGAAUGAAAUGCAUUGGUGUACCCUCGAGGUGAAAGAUUGAAUUGCCAAAUGCAGCUGCUGCUCUUGUGCCUAGAUGACUAUGUGGACAGAUCAGGUGUCUCCAUUUCUUCCUGCUCUCCCUCAAACCCAGAAAUUAAGCUGAACUCCUGGAAGCACAGAGUGCUUGCAGUUUUGCUUCCCUGUAACUCUCCUGCUGGCCGUGUUGCUCUUCAUUAAUUGGAAAACUGCAUAUGUGUGUGUGUUUGCCUACUGAGGUCAAGCCUUAAUAAAACAUCGCCCAAUAAAACAGGCACCUCACUCCUAUUUUAAAAUAGCAGGCAAUUUUUACUAAGCUGUAAGUCUCUUAUUGGGUCUGGGUUGGAGCAGCUGCUGUUUUAAAAACGAGGUGACUAAAACGUAGAGGUUUCUGUCUCAACCCUUCCCUCUGAUGGCGUGUAUAUUAAGAGGCGUGUUCAAUGUCCUGGGGUUGUGUGUUGUUGUUUUACUGCACCUGCAUUGUGGUGCAGUGGAGGUGCUGCCUUUUUUUAUAUAUGGCUAACGUUUUCUGAAAAACACUGGAAUGGAUGCACUGUUCUUGUGGGGUAAUGCCUCCUUUAAACAGUGACUCCAUGCACUAGACUUAUGUGUUCACUACUGCAAAUGUUGUAUUUCUGUGUGGUUCUGCUGGGAGCCACGGGGAAAUGAACAGAUACUGCAAUUCUGCUUUCCUCCUAAUGUGUACAGUUGCUUGUAUCGUAAAUGAUACGUAGCAGAUUCUUUCAAUGACUUUAUGACUGCUGCAAUCUAUUUUUUUCCACCGGAGCCAGUCAUUUUAAGUAGUUGAUAUUUGCAGGCCCAGAUUCUAACACUGUUAACUGGAACUGUGUAGAAACCAAAACACCUUUCUAUGCACAUGAAAUAAAUGCUUUUUUUAUUAAAUCAUAUUUAUGCCCAGCUGAAAGACUUUUACAUUUCGGGAGCUUCAUUGAGUGCUUAUGUAUAUCUUGAGUGUUUUGUGUGUUUCUGCUGUUUUUCUUGUAAAGAUGCUUCCCCUCCCCCUCUGUGUGUGACAGAUUACCUUACAACAGAAUUGUAAAAGUUCUCCUGAUUUGUGAUUUACUAUAGUGAGAGAACACACAAAUCUGUAACAAUUGCACAUAACCGGUGACUAGUGUGUAGCGGAUCAUAUUGUAAGAAGAGUGAGAUUGUUUAUAAUAAAGCUUUUUUAAAAUACA